UGGAGAGGAGGCAGCUGCUGCGUGAGCUCGUCCACUUCUCAGAUCUGCUGAGCAGGUAGAGAGAGAGGGAGAGAGAGAGAGAAAGGGAGGGAGGAAGUCUGUCUUUUCACCUGAAGAUUACUUUGUCUCACACUUCUCUCACCCACAGCGCUGCGAGGAAGGAGCAGCGAGCACGGAGCGCAGUUGAUCAGAUCAGGAGGUGCCGGCUCUUCUUGCUCCUUUUUGUUUUUUUCCUUUUUCUUUUCUGCACGGGAGGUCAGCUGGAAAGCUGCGCAAGAUAACAGAUGAACAUCUUCAGCUGGGAAGACUGAGAAUUAAAGAAAAAGAGAGUGACACGUCAAAGAGAGGGGGAAAAAAGUGAGAGAACUGCAGCAGAAGCUUCGGCUACAAGGGGAGAAAAGUUGUACAGGAAAUCUGCACCUGAGAGGUAGGAUUUAGUUUCACUUUUGACUCUUUCUUUCUUUCAUAUGCAUCUGAUAAAAGAUGCAUCACUUCAACUAUCUGCAAAUAUUGUGUUUGCAUAAAUCUUAAUGAUGCAAAGUCCCUCAAACAUGUUUUUGUUGCACACAUUGCUUUUAACGGCUUGUUGCGAGGGAAGUCUUGCUUUUAUGUGCUUGCAGACGGAGCACAAAUCAAGAUUUGAGGGAGCAGAGACUGUGUCAUUUGUUAAGUUGUUGAGGUGUGACCGAAAGAUAAAGAGGAGCAGAGUUUGACAGGAGGAAAAAGCACUGAUCUGUUGCUGUUUAUCAUCCUCAACUAAACUGAGAAUAAAAGGGAGAAAUCUGGAUGAAAGAGGGAGCGAGAGUGGGAGGAAGAAAGGGAGUUUAAGUGGGCAGAGGGGAGGUAGAGAUGGAGAAACUCAAGUGUGAAGGAGAGUUGGAUGGAGAGACAGAAACAGAGAGUAAAAGAGGAGUCUGGGGAGGAGAAGAGGAGGAGGGAUGGAGGGCUGGAGUGGCCGUGGGGGGCUCGCUGGCAGCCAGCUCAGUAACCAAGGCAGCUGACAUGAGGGAGAGCCAACAGGGGACAGUGGGAUUUCUAUUUUUCACCCUCGCUGAGAUGCACCAGGGCUCUGCCAAGUCCCCUGCCUCAUCCCCCUGCGGAUAAAGAUUUCAUUGUGCCGAGCCGUGACCAAAUUCAUUAAGCAUCAACAUGUACUCUCCCCUGGCCGCUCUCUCUUCUCUCUACUCUCUCCCUGAACCCCAUCUCAGCGCUGAUACUCCGUCUCCUGUCGUCUGCUCCUCCCCUCGCGCCUUCAUUACUGUCUCAAUUGGCUCCUUAAUCAGCUCCACUCCUGUUCAACAGUUGCAAUUUGUCAAGGCUCAGCAGAGAAUAAUAGACAAAUAUGGCUGGGUUUCUUAGAGAGUCUUUCCAUUAGGUAGAGGAUACUUCAGACCAGACUGGGUUAGUUUAUCUACACUAGAUUUGGUGUUCAACAUGGGCACACUUUGUGAGCUGUUUUGGAGGUUCUGGAGGAUUUCAACCUUAAACUCUGCUGGGUUUGGAGGUGAAGUCCAGGAAGUGAUCCUCUCCACUUGAUCUGAAAUGUAAAGGUUUCACACAUCAGUGUAAAUAAAUGUAAAGAUUUAGCUUUCUGCUGCAUUGAUUUAAAAACAUUUUGAGGGUAAUAACACAGAAAAGUCAUAGAUGGAAAAAUAACAUCCAGCAAAUCUUAAUUGGGUUUAUCAGGUUAAUUAAAUGCAUCAUCAUAUUAUCAUUAUAUUAUGGUACAGUAAAUUUCUCCACAGGGACAAUAACAUAGUUUGAGUAAAGUUAAGUAUUUAGUUUCAGUGUUUUGAGAACAAUAUACAGACUAGAAAAAAUAAAUUAACCAGCACAGCUAUGAUGGUUUAAACACAUUUCUCAAUCGUAUUGUAUCUGGUUGUAUCGUAUCGUAUCUGGUUGUAUUGUAUCGUAUCGGAUCUGAUUGUAUUGUAUCGUAUCUUAUCAUACCGUAUCGCAUUGUAUCGUAUCAUAUCGUAUCAUAUCAUAUCGUAUCGUAUUGUAUUGUAUCGUAUUGUAUCGUAUCUGAUUGUAUUGUAUCGUAUCAUAUCGUAUUGGAUUGUAUUGUAUCGUAUCAUAUCGUAUCGGAUCGGAUUGUGUCGUAUCGUAUCAUACCGUAUCGCAUUGUAUCAUAUCGGAUUGUAUUGUAUCGUACCAUUAUAUAUUGUAACAUACCAUUUUACAUCUUAGUGUAUCAUAUCCUAACAUAACAUAUCAUAUAACUCAACACGAUGUGAUGCUAGGUGAGGUAAUGCGAGGUACUGCAACGUAAAGUAGGAUAACAUCACUUAACGUAACAUAGGGUAACAUGGCGUAACAGCGUGGUGUCAUAACUUGGCGUAAUAUAACUUGGCGUAACAUAACGUGACAUAACAUAAUACAGGGUUGAAUGACGUAACGUAACAGAUGACUGACAGCUUCAACAAAUUAAGCAAGUCAAUUAACAAAAUAGCGGGGGUUUUUGUUGUUGUUGUUGUUGUGUUUGUGGGCUCAAACCAAGAACUUAUCUGUACUAAAGCUAUCAGAUUAACAUGAGGACUACUUUAAUUUGUUUUUAACAUUUUUUAAGGAGUUUUUUGUGGUAAACUUAAAAAAUAUUUGAACAGGUCAUUUGCCAUUUUAGUGUCUUUCAGCGGUUGGUUUUGGUUGAGUACAGGUUGGCUUCUUUUUCCAAUUUCAGGCAGGUGCUUUAAGUGAAUGAGCCCUGAAAAAAACAGUAAGCUAGUAAAAUCUAUGAGCCAAUGUUGGCAACUUUUGAGAACUUAAGAGUCACUGUGGGUGUUUAGCUGCUGAUUUUUUUAGAAACUGAAGCUGUUUUAGAGCCAAAGAUGGAAGCAAAAUUGGACUUACAUUCAGGUAGUUGUGCAGUUACUGUGAUAAAUAGCAUAUCUGUUUUCAAAAUGGUGGGCCACUGUAUCAUCCUGAUGUUUUGGCCACUUUGAAGCUGCAAAAAUUACUUGUAAAGGCCAGUUUACAAACUUUAUCCAAAGACUAUAAGGCUACUAGUGUUUGAUUUAUCUAACUUUUAUUUGAGCAGCAGGAAGGACCGCAAAGCCAGAACGUUGUUUGAAAUUUGGUGCCCUGUUUUUUUUAAUUUGUACCUGCUGGUUGUUAGUCGGGCAGUAUGAACCAUCAAUCAGCAUCACCAUCCGUCCCUCACCUGUUCAGGUUUAUUUAUCCUCCAGUAAUUAGCAAGUUUGCUGAUCUCACAUAUUUCAUUAUGCUGGAUUUCUGUAAGAUGGCAUUUCUUCAACCGCAGCAACUCAGUUUAAAUGGCUAGCAGUCAGUUUUCACCAUGCCUAACACCAAGGAUCUGUCAUGUCUUGGACAAAACAUGAAAAGUUUGUGAUGGAGCGCCGGUCUCCCAGGUCCCACUAAAGUCAAGACAUACAUGUAUUUUCACUUCUCCAUGCUAGAGAGCCACUUUCUCUGAGCUUAAAUCAGAUUUAUCUGACCAUUCUCCUCUGCAACGGACUUUUAAUUUUAAUUUGACUUUUUGAACAGUUUAUAAUCAGAACAUUAUGAUCCAUGAUAAUGCGGCCAGAGAUGUUUUUGAGAUGGAUUGACACAUGCUUAUCAUCAUCUGGCGACAGCGGAAAGUCAACAACCACGGCCUUCUCAUGCUUUACUCUGCAACUGUUACACAUGUAUGAAAGUCAGACAAGUAUUUUUCUUAAAGUAAAGAGAAAUGGAAAAGUAAUAGUCACAAAACUUGGCAGAUAAAUCUGAUGGUGGUGUGUCGGGUUUAAAGGACGCCUCAUAAAGGUUAUAAGUUAUUUGCAGUUGGACUAUUCCCAUAAAACAAGCUGAUUUUGAAGGUUUUAUUUGGUGAGACAUCCCCCGUUUGUCUGAAGAGCUCUCCUCCAAACCACAGCAUGUGUUUGAAAGCAGGGUGGCCCAAAUUCAAAGGUUCAGUUUAGCUUCUCAAUCUACAGAUCAAGACUCAGGAAAAUUGGCCCAAAAGUCUACACUGCAAUCUUGUGCUUGUGUUGAAGUGAAAACAGAGGUCAUCCAAUCCAUCUUGAGCUCAGACAGAUCAGUUACAGCUCCGGCAAAAGAAGAGACUCUGCUACAAAGUACUACGAGGGAGUUUGGUGUACUGAAAACAUCUAUGUAACCCUCCAUUUCAACUUUCUACCCCCAAACCCUGAGGAGGAUUUUCUGCCUUUGUUAACCUGGAUGACAUCUAACAAACCUCUCCCUGGUGUCGAAUAACGCUGAGGAAACACAGGCUGUGUGAUGAUCAAAUGAGCCAAAAAAAAGAGUUUUGAAAGGGAACAAAAGCCUGAUGGAGGUCAUACGACACCGGGCGCAGCUCAUGCGUUACAUGGCAGGUGUACAAGCGCUAACGCACUCCCACCGCCGCCGUGGCUGCCAGGCUGAGCUGAUUGACACGAAUGUUUCCCAGACCACAACAAUGCCAGCAGGGUCCUUGUCAUUCCUCGUGCUCUCAAAGGGGCCGUCUGGUGGGCCAUAAAGCACCAUCAGGCUCCGAGCCCCGCAGUCAUUCAAUUAAGAAUUUACUGGGCUAUUGAUUCCACCACAAGCAAAGUGUCUCACGUCUUGGAAACAAUACAGAGCCUUUUACCAGCCUUUUAGCUAAAGGGGUGAGUCUGUCUUCAGAGUGUAGAGAGGCAUGAAAAGACUUGAGCGUGAUGGAUACACUUAACACGAGCUCACUCCCACCUCAGUAAUUCACUUCUUUCUAAUGGUACCUUUUAGUUGAAUAUAAUCGUAGAGUAAGCUGUAGUUAUUAAAGAGGAUCUAUCAGGAAAAUACCUGAUAAAGAGCCGUACCUAAUCCUGUCUACGGAAGAAUUUCUGUCAAAUUGACCACGAGAGUUCAAACUGAAGGGUUUUUCCAAAAAAUGUCUUAGAAAAUGAAAACAGUGUGAUAGCUCCACAAAAUAAAAAAAAGUUUAGGAAGGGUGUUAGAGUUGGAAAUUUAUAAAAUGAAGCUAUUUGUAGUAGAAAUACUCUAAUCAGCAAGACUCAUAUAGUUAAUUUGACAAUGUUAAUUAAACCACAGUCACCCCAAAGUUUAGCUUAAUUUUGCCCAGCAGUGUAGUGGUUAGGCUAAGAAAGUAGGAAUCAUACUUGGAUGUAUUCAACAGAAACUUAACCCCAGGAGUCAUGGAGGGCAAAUUGAAGUGUGUAUGUUCAUUGACUUAAAACCAAAAGUUCAUCCAAGACUGAUCCCAGUCUAAUUAGAUGGAAAAUGUACAAAGUCUGGGACAAGUGUUUUCAUUUUUUUUACUUGUAAUCACUGUUGACAAACAGUUUAUCUGCAUGUAAAUAUAGAUUUUGAGGUAAAGAACUUAAUUUUUUAAGAUUCAAGAAUUCUGAUUUCAAUAUUUUGUCCACUAAGUUACAAAGAAUUUCUCCAGCUUUGCUUGUCUUAAGGUUCAGCUAGCUCUGAUUAUUGGAGAGAAGCUGCUGCAUUCACCAAAAUACCACCUCAGAAGUCCUCCACUCUAGUCCUUCAGCUUCUUAUCAUGAUCCAUAAAGACAUAUCUGCAGACGACAUAAAUACAGUCAUUCAAACUCAUUCACAGUGGCCGAGCUUUUGAGUUCCCACAAAUUACUUAACUGUAAUAAACCGCCCUGUAGAAACCGGGUGCUGGGUUUGAGACCCUGCAGAGGCCUUUCCAAGCAUGAGGGAAAUAUUUGGGCGUCCUCAAUCCAGAUUAGCAACCAUGCUUUUGAACUACCAUGAACCCCUGGACAGAACAUAAUCCUCAUAAGGAGAGAGCUCCCAGGGUAGCCCUUGGUAGAGCUGCUAGGGUAGCCCACAGAUCCACACUGCCUUAAAGGUACAGAAGAAACUAAAUGUAAACAUUCUUUGCCAUAUGCAUACUGCCAUAUUCAAAGGGUAUCCAACUUUAUUUGUGGAAAAUGUGUACAGUGGCUGUUGUCACCAUCAUGUCACUCGGCAGGUUAGCUCUGGUCAUUGAGUUAUUCCAUUCUCCAAGUCCAAUUGUAUGAGGAGAUCAGUGUUAUUUAGAUCUUUAGAAUCAAUUGCCUAGGAGCAUCUGUAAUUGUAUUUAUUAUUAAUUAAUUGUUGAAAUGUAAUUGUAUCGUGACUUAAAAUUUUUGGACCCCAGGAAGACUCGCAACCACUUUGUAGAAGUUUUCUCGCUGUUUUCUGUCUGUGCAUGUUCAAUAUCUUGAUGUUCAGUCAUCUUUUCCACUUGCAGAAAGAGUUUUUGGUAGAAGAACUCAGAGAACUGAUCCUGAUGCCACGCUCAGACAGCAGGGCCAGAAUAACCUGCAUGAACCCGGGAUAGACAGGAGGGUCAAGUUAUUAUGGGCUCACCAACAACAACUGAAGGGAUGGUGGAUUACGGUAUCCAUCUUCAGCCUCUACAACAGUGGUUCUAGCAAACAUCGUGUUGCACCUUAGUGUAGUCUUUCACAGUCGGAUAUAAGGUCAUUCCAAAUCAUGUGAAAAAAGGAGGAUUGGACAUUUUUGUAUAUUUAAGUCUUAUUUUUGUCUGAUUUUAAACCGUGUCUUGACAGUUUUAGUCAUUUGAUACCAGUUGUUGAACAAAGCCGCCCACACACCGCCUGUUUCUCACCCGGGAAGUAGACAGUGAUUCAUUAACAUCUGUCAGUCUGGUGUGAUUUAUGUUUUAUUUCCUGAUCAUUACAGUGUGCAGACAGAUGAUGAAAAUCUUUGUGGACCUUGGGCGAACUGAAGCACCACUAAAUAAAGUAAACUCGGACAGAGUUGUGUUUCCCGGUAAAGCAUUGAUUGUUCCGGAGCACAAAGGAGCUCUCCGGUUAGUUUCCAUGCAACAGUUGGUCCAGGCUCGCUAUGUGCUCGUACUUCUCUUCUGUCCACUGUGAGGACCGCUGAGACAGACAGUUCUUCCCUCCCGUCAGCUCCAUUCUUAAAUUGAUUUCUACAUGUGGCCUUGGACGUUUCAAAUUUCCUCCUGAAAACCUCACUAGAGCAGCGGGAAAGAAACUGGGGAGAAUCAAUUCAAAUUAAUUUCAGAGAUGAGGCGUUUCUGUCUAUUACUUUAAGCAACUCUCUUUUUCAAAAGAUCCAUUGCCUGAGAGUCAGUUGAGGGGGGGGGAAGAAAAGGAGUGAAAACAUGAUUACUUUCUUCAAGCCAAGAGGGGAUGAAAUAAUUCACUGUCUGAGCUCGGAGGGAGUCGCAGGAGCAGCUUAAUGAAAUGAAAACCUGCGUCUUCUGCUGCAUGAUCAGGCCGCGGAGAUGAGGAGUCUGUUCAGGCUAACACACAAACAAUGACUCGUGCACACGCAUAAAUUACACACUGACAAACAUUAUUGUACUGUACAUACACUGAGGGGAAAGUGGAAGUGUUGCCUUUGUUUAAAAACCCAGAGCCCCUCAGGAAUGAACUUAUUACUUGCUGUAGGUGUUCUUUAAGGUUGCCUUGUUCUCGCUGGGUUGCUGCUGACAGUUUAAAUUACAGUUGUAUUUUUAGCUGCUGCGCUUUAUUUGCCCACUGUGCCUCUUUUUUAACUUGAAGCACUGAAAAGAUUCCUCUGGAAAACUGCUCGUAGGAACUACUUUUCUCUCAGAGACUACAAAUCUCUUUCAAGUGCAGACUUCUUUUUGCAAGAACCGGGAAAAGUUUGGAUCCUUGCCGGAGUUUGGGGGAAAAGUGUGCGCUGAAAGAAAAAGUGGGGGAAAUGUGUCUUUAACUCUCAACUAAAGAUUAGCAGGAUGAGUUUUACGUUAUGCAGCAAAAAAAAAAAGGAAGUUGGAAGAAAUAAUACAUCAGCCAUCCCACAUCCUGAUGUGAAUGGAGCGUCGCAACAAUCUCCCCAUAAUGGCUGCUGUUUUCUUCACUUUUGGAGCCAGCCCCAAGUGGAUAGUCAAGGAACUGCAGUUUUUUUGCACAUGUGUGCUUUGGCUUCACUUUUCAGCUCUAGAGGUCGGCGCUUCAUAUUAACCUGUUUCCUUUCAAACUCAGGGAGCUUAUUCUGUCCUCAGUGUGUGUGUCUACACAAAUUGACAGAUAGUGAACAAGCUCCAAGAGAAACUCAGAGUCGGGAGAAAAGUUAAAGGUCCUUUACUGAGAUCUUUUUUGUAAAACUGAAAUGAUAUAAAGACAUAACCACUAAUCACUGCAUUGUCAUCAAGAUAAUGACAAAUGACAACGCAAACAGCCACAAUUGUCUACUUAGCAUUAACACAAUUUACAUGUAAAUAAAGUAAACAUUAGUCCAACAAUCCAAAAAUAUACUCUGGGAAUCUGUGUAAGAACAGAAUCAACUAUAAAUGUAAACAACACUCACAAGAGAUAAUUUCCUCGGCAAAAACAGCAGGAGGAAACAAGACAACAGCUGGAGCUGCAAGCAGACCACAUGGCAUGUAGAAGCUUUCCUGAUCAGACUGUCAUGUGACACUGUCAUGUGAUUAAAACUACCUUUCAAAAUAAAAGCGUUAAAUAAACACAAAAACAAAUACAGGCAAAGCUCACAUAGAACAUGACAGAGCUUAACAUCGAUGGUAGUUGACAAAGUCGUACGCAGAUGACACUGCGAUCAUCGCUCUUCAAUAACAAAUGGUUGUAACAGUCGAGAGUUUAUGCUACUAGAUACAUCCAGUUUUGACCAACACUUGAAGGACAUCCAUCCUCUAUUUUCUCCUUCUGCUCUACUGUUCCCUUUUCUUCCACGUUCUCGCUGUCAAGAGCCGGACCAAACUCACACAAAUAACCAACACUACCGCCAAGGUCUACCCACUCCCAGCCUCUCAGGGCUAAACAGCAAGGCCAUAACAUGAAGUGCAAACAGCGCUAUACAGGGACCCCACUCACCCUCUUAACUGCCACUUCACUGUCAUUGGCUCAGGGACGAGGUCCAGAGUCCCAAUGUGCAAGAGGGUCUGUCACAAACAAAGGCUGAUACCCUGUCAUGUGCACAGGUUCUAUAUAACUUUACAAGUAACUUUUCCUCAGAUGUUAUCGUAUUUGCUGCUGCUCUCCCUGCCUUAACUUUGCCUCUAUGCAUACGAAAUUGCAGAACCAUAAGAUCUGCAGAAAAGUGAGCUCUCAGAACUUAGCCAUACCCAACAAUGUCCUGAUUUACCUGCAGUAGAAGAGCUUCACCUUUACCAAACUAAGAGACUGGAUACUCAAGAAGGCUGUUUCUCCCUCUGAAAUACCACCAAAUAUGCUGAUGUGCAACCACCGCGCUUACCACUCUCUGGAUUACAAUUCAGAGAAGGCACCUCAAAUAUAUUCAUAAACUACGAGCUGCAAUUACCUCAAAAUCAACCAGCCCUUUAUUGAUUUUUUUUUUUAACAAUCCGUCUCUGAGGCCCAGGCGAAAAAUAAACAGCUCAUCGACCUUCAUCCAAGGCCAGAAUAAGCAUCACAUUGCAUAAAGAAAACAGUGUGACCUUGGUCCUGGCAGACAGUCAUUAUGUUUUAUUGGCCCAAAAAAGGAGCCCAAUACUCACCGAUGUACUCAGAGCGAAUAAAACGGAGCACAGCCAGAAAUGAAUUAUGGUCUCUGGAGUCUGUGAGCUCCAGUCAACUUUUUCUCUCCUUUAGCAAUAGAGGGGAUGAGCUGCUAUAAAUCUGAGCCGCAGAUCCAUUAAGUUUCUGUACUCUGCAGCAGCACACAGUAUCAGACUAUCCUCCCUUUACUCGCCCCAUCUAUUGAGUUUAAGUCCAGCCCUGACAUUAAAAACCUGUAAUACCAAAUCAUACUUUGAAUUUAAACAUUUGUUUGCAUCUUAAAUAUGUGCUGUUAAUGCCAGUGUUGGAAAAGAGAAGCCCUUAUUAGCACUGGAGAAAAUCAGCUUUAUUUCUGAAACAAUGUAAGGGUGAAAAGUUAAACACAUGACCAAAUAUGGUGGCUGAUCAAGAAUAUUUUUUAACUUGGACUAAAAAAGAGAGAUGUUUGCUGAGCUUGUGGACCAAUUUGACCCAGUGUGACUUUGCAAAGGUACUUAAAACCCUUUUAGACUAAGGCGGCCCAACCUAAGCAAUGGUGGCAUGAAAUAUGUAAGUCCACACUCAAAUAAACAGAGUUUAUUAUGGCAGCUGUAUUAUUGAAUUGGCUCGAUAGUUAAUUCUAAUGUUAGUCGUGUCUCUUUCAAGGCAAAUAACUAAAUUCGAUGACGUUUACACCACAGACUGUAUAUAGAAUGGACGGCGUCUGCCUCCUUGCUGGGUGAAGCCACUCUGAGAACAGCACCCUCUGUUGACGGGCUGCAGUAUAGGUUAUAAAUCCCGCCUCCUCCAGCAAUCCCUAUGGAGCUGUGGACAAACUUUAAAAAUUUAUAACAGAAUAUACAUUUUUCUCCACCCUGCUUGCAAUGUUGACAUGUAGUUAUUUUUUUUAAGUUAUUAGGGGGUUCAUGUUUGCUAUGAUUGACACUUGAUAACGGCCUAUGGGCGUACAAAGUUUGCGUUACUCACCUGGGGGAUACACUGUUUGAGCCGAGCGUCAUCACAGCAACUCUCCCGCCAAGUGUGUACAAUGCUACUGCACAAGUGGUGGUUCCAGGAAGUGGAGAAAAUCCCAGAAAUACCUUGAGCGAUUCAGCUUCAAAUUCGUAUAAUGACGGAAGGCGGAGCCAAGUUGUCCAUCAUAUACACAGUCUAUGGUUUACACGUUGUUUGGGGAUCUGUCCUCUAAAAAGAACGAAACACAACACUUAAAAAAAAUGAGAAAUGAACUCGACUGUUGGCAUUUUGAUCAAACAUUAAACUAAACAAGGAAUCCAACCUUGAAACUAAACUGAAUUGUCAUAAAAAUAAAAAUUAAUGGAAGUUUUAGAACUAUGUAACACUUUACAAUCACUAUAGUUUAUAAACGGUAAAUAGAUAGUUUAUUAAUGUUUAAUCAUCAUUUAAAAACAGCAUUCAGACCAACUAUAAAUGGCAAAUCGAUCGUUUAUUAAUGUAAGUUAAUGAUAUUUAUCUUUACCAUUAACAAGCAAUGACAUUAUGAUUAAUAAUUUUCAUUAAUUAAUAAUGGACUAUUUAUUAAAGGUUUAUAGAGGGUUUAAAUAUUGGUUGUAAAACAUCUAGACUAAAAUGUGUGUCAGUAGCACUUUGUAAAUGAUUAAUAUUUGGUUUAUAAACUAUCUAUAAACAUUACUUAGAUGGUUAUUGUCAAGUUAAGGUUAGGUUUUAAAAUUGUAAAAUUUUCAAUUUAUGGUCUAUAUGGUAUUUAUAAAUGAUGAUUAAACAUUAUUAAACUACUUGCUUACCAUUACCAUAAAUGGUCUAUUUACCAUUUAUAAGUUAUUGUUAUUGUAAAGUGUUUCCUAGAACUUUAAUGCUAUUACCUUGGUUGAGAGGAACUUUUUUUAUGAAGUACUCUGUAUGCUUCAGUUUCCUCUGCCUUUGUUUUGACCCGGUGCUUUUAUUUUGAAGGGGCAUCCUGAACAGUUAUCAAGUGAUUGAAGAAACCUGCAGAGCUCUUAGUGAACUCUCUUAUCCUUCCUCCUUUAAGAAUAAAAUGGUGUAAUGACGGGACACUUGAUGAACAAUCUCAGGAUUACUUUCGAUAAUAGAGUAUAAUUUGAAAAUUAGGAAUCAUUAAGUCUGGGGUUGUAGAUGAAGGCUGACAAAAACAUCUGUUAUUGUUGCAGUGCCUUAAAUUGGGUAAAUGCUGGGCUAUAGUUAAAAGUUUUGGCAAACUUUCACUCUCCACUUUUACUCUCCGCUGAAUGAAAUGAAUCUGUUUUACAGAAAAGGCCGUGACCUCUGCUGAUACAUUUGUACCACACAGCUCUCAGCGUCAAAAGAACUUUGUUAGCAGAGUUCAGCAGGUGAGAGUUAAUAAAGUAGUGUUUGUUAAAAAAAAUAUAAAAAAUAGCCUCUUAACAAAAAAAAGCAAUCUGUUCCUUCUUGGCUCAUGGCCGAUUUUUCCAUUAAAUUUAGAAAAAGAAAAACAUAUUACACCUCUUUUCCCUGAGAUCCUCUCUGUAACCAAAGCUGGUUUCUGCUCCUUUUCAUGUCCAGGCUUGAUGUGAAAGCUGCUACUAGAGGAUUGUAUUAGUGUGUCUGUGUGUGUUUUCCUUUGUCCACAACCUGUGAAUACAAGCGUGGGUGUGUGUGGGUGAGUGUUUGCAUCAGCGCAGAUUGCUUAUGAAAUCCGACCUCUGGAAAAGUUUCCUGUCCGCGUCCUCCUCCUUGAACUCCAAUCCAUUAACUUCAGGUAUCAUAUUCACGCCAACAGGUGUAGUGUGUGAAAUGAUACGGGCCUGUGGCAGCCUGCCACAGACGCCGGGGAUGAAAGGGAGGCUGGAGAUCAAGUGCUCCGCUCGUACACACAUACACCCCACAUAGCUAACACAUUUCACAGGGGCCCCAUGCCGCAGAUAUCACCCGCAUCAUCUGCAGCUGUGAGGGAAGUGAAGGCGUCACGCGACGACAGCCAUAUGACGGAGGUUCAGAGCCUUCCUCCGCUCCCUGACUUUGAGGAGAUGUGACUCAAGUUGUGAAAAACAUGUUUUAUUGUAAUGUACAGUUGGCUGUGUGAUUGGCUGGGGAGGCUUUUAUCUGCGCCUUCCUCAAACAUCAUUUUUCCUCCGCAUCCCGGAGCAGCCGAUCGAUAGAGCGAGAGUCAUGAAGACAAAGAAGACAAAGUCAGAAGAAAAAGCUCUCAUAUCUGUUUCUAUAAUAUAUCUUUGCCGGCUCUUUAUCUGGCAGUGCUGGAGUAAAAUACUUUAGAUUCAUCCAGGACGGCUGAGCUGAUGCAACCACAAAAAAAGAAAACACAGCUGCAACCUCACAACCUCCUACAGAUCAUUGUGAAUGAAGAUGUGGGUGAAAAUGUCUUUUUAGUUUAAGUCACAUUUAACUCAUUUUUGCCUUGAACAGUUUUAGUGUGUUUAACGUCGAUAAAACUUAAAAGAUUUUCGUCACUUCUUCUUUCUCUUGUUAAACUUUUUCAAUUAGCUAUCGGUCAAGGAUGUCCCAAGUGCGUUAAUCUGCAGUUUCUGUCUCAUCACUUAAAAAUGCAUCAUUUCUUGGGUCUUGAGAAAUUAAGCCAAUGCAACUGCAUUUCCCUGGGUGUCCACAAGAGGCAGGCUGCAGAAGAACUGGAAACCAAAAGGAAAAAAAGUGAUUUCUUUUUAACGUCUUUGUUUUGAAGUUAUUAAAGUCACAAAUUUGGCAAAUCAGAGCCUCGCUCACUUGACUGUUGGGCGGGUCCACUGAAAACCCAUGCGCGAGCAAAAACUAACUAAUGGGUUGACUGAUAGAUCUGACGAUGCCAGUCCUCUACUCAGAACAACUGCAAUAAAAGUCUCUUUCAUACUGCCAGUUCAAAGCAGGGUACUUAAAGCUCUCAUGAGGUACUUUUGUGUCUACUCUGGCGCCCCCUGUGGACAAAGCAGUCUUUGCUAAUCUUGCUCUCUAAUCUGUCAGAUUUUAGCAGCCAAAUGUGUCUUUUUUUGCUGAUACUUGGUGUAAAAAAUGUGAAAACAUGAAGGCUGUUUCUGCUGCUCGCCUGACACCUGCCCACCUCCAACAAGAAAAAAACUACAACAUAAAAAUCACCGGUCUAGUUGCUCGUGGCCUUGUUUGCUUUUGGACGUGAUAAAUAGGCAUCAAAAACUCCUAACUAGAGCUUUAAUAGUAAACUUUAGUAAUAAAUAUAGUGUUUUAUCAAUAAGUGAAAAUGUAUGCCAUGUUUGGUAUUCGUAAAUGACACUAUUCGACAAUAAAUGCUGGCUAAAAGUUUCAACGACAAAAAUACAGAUUUUUGCUGUUGGAAACACAAACAAACUUUGGUUUACCUCCAAGGACUCAAUUAUUUAGAAGCACAACAAGUAAAAAUACUAAAAGAUGGUUUCAAAAUAAAAAAAAUGGGUUUCUUUCUGAGCCUAAAGUUCAGUUAGUUUUACCUUUUCAGAAAAGUCUCAGUUCAGUUUCAAGGUCUCGACUUUUGUUUCUUUUAAUCUUUCCUUCUCGGAAUUUUUUAUCCAAUCAGUGUUCACAUUUAAAUAAAGGUCUUAUGGUUUUUAAAGGAUUUUUAGUUUUCUCUAAAGCAACAUUAACUGCUUUAAAUUGGUUAUCUUCACCUUCUUAUACUUUUGAACCACGCUUUCACAGAGGUAAACCAGGUGAUCAUAAAGCGCUGCUCUUCAUUAAUUUCUAUGUGUAAUAAACUCAGCAGCUCUGAAAAGAGUAGGUCAAAGUAAAACUCUAUUUAUCUUAAACUCAAAUGUCAGAGUCAAAACUCGCAGCACAUUGAAGUAAUGAGUGUGUAAGCAGAGAUUUAUCGUAGUGGGGUUUAUUCAAAUGAGCUCAGCGCGGUAAAUGUCAACAUAAACAACAUGAGAUUGAUUGUUAGGAAGAUAAAUAUCAAGUUAAGAUAAUUAAUGUGUCUGCGUAUCGUAAAUUUGAGGUGUUGAAUCACAUGUAAACCUACAUUUCUGCUGAAUUUUUGCUUGUUCUGUCAGAAGAAUCAGCAUCAUGGUGGAAUAACAGCGAACAUGCUGCUGAUCCACUCAGAAAGUAUUUAUUUGCUCACGCUGAGCUUUAAUCCCUCGUGUGUUGUGUUCACGCUCUCUGUUUGAUGAGGCCGACACCUCGAUCUCCUUGUUGCAGCGAUGGGUGGGAGUGGUGGGGCGGGGCACCCACAUACAUACACCCCCCCCUUCCUCUCCGCUCAAACACAGACGAGCCGUUUGAUCUCGCUCUACGCCACUUUCAAAAGAGAUCUACGCCUCAUCCGCAGUCAUCAGCCCCCCUCCCCUCCAACACACCUCCUCCCUCUUCCCCACCCACUCCCCCGCCCCUCCUGUAUCUCCCUUUGAAAUCAUAUUACCUGUGUCCUCUCUUCAAACCGAGCUGUGUAUGGGAGUAGAUGAGAGAGAAUAGGAGAUGCAGAGGGGGAGUGAACUGAGGAAACAGCUUCGGUUAGAGCUCAGUGUCGGCUGUCUGCAGGAAUCCUGGUCAGACAGGAGGAUCCGUUUCUCUUCCUGCUGUAUGAAAAGUCUCCAGAGGACUUUUAGGUGUCUCCUGUAGUAGCUAGAACAUCAGUCAGUCUACCAGGAAGCACGGCAGAUAAAGACAGUGAUAUUCAGACUGUUUUUGACGACUACUUCUGACUUUUUUAAUAAGAAAACGUAAACUUUUGGAGCAGCUGAGCAGGCUUGUCAUUAGUUUCCUCCCUUUUCUGUUGUUUGUACCAUUUCAAGCAGUAUAAAGAUGUCAGAAUAAUAUUUUUAUAUUUCUAAAAACUUAAUAUUGUAUGAAAAUUUGAUAAAAAUCUACAAGAUUAGACUUCAGGAGGCUUUGCAGAGACAGUUUACGAAGUUUCAACCAACUGCAGGCAAGAAGAGAGUAAAUCACGGGGCCCAUGCUAUCAGCUAUCAGCUUAGCAGAAAUGAUGUAAUGAGCAGCUAAAAUGAGCUGCCAGUGGUGGAAACAGGCCCUAAGAAAUGAAGAAGACUUUAAAGUUCAUAAUUGCCUGUUUAUAGUAGAUUAUGCAAUGCAACACAGUAUGAUAUAAUAAAAUAAAAUACUACACAAUUCAAUAAGAUGUGAUACAAUAUGUGAGGGUGCAAUAUGUUAUUCUAUAUGAUGCAAUAAGUAUGAUACGAUGGGAUACAAUAAAAUGAGAUACAGGGGAUAUGAUAGGAUGCAAAAAAAGAUGCUUCUUUAACGGAAUCCUGCCUACCCCACCUUUAAGUGUGACAUGCAAAACAGUAUACUGCAAAGCAAUACAAUAGGAUGGGAUAUGAAAGUACACUAUAGGAUAUGGUGCAAAAUGAUUCGAUAAGAGAAGAUAUGACGUGAUACAAUGUGAUACAACUAAGAUAUAUUCAGUUCAGAUACAGUAAACUUCACUUUCCCAUGCAGAAAUAUGACUUUUACUCAAGGGCUGCACACGCUCAACUGUUUAACAAUAAAAUAGAUAAAACAAUAUUUAAAACCCACAACAACAAUCAUGCAAACAGAGAACAGAUGCCAAGGAGACAAGCGACAAACAACACUAGCUGCAUAUGAAAAAAGUAAGGAGCAUCGGUUUGGUCUGUCUUCAUUUUCCUGUAAAGCUCUAGUGAGGAGUUUUCAGCUGAUUAUAAGGGACUGAAAUCUACACUGAUGUUGCUUUAUGAGCUACAAGAGCAAACAAGACUGUAUUGUAUACAAGAUGCUUUUUUCCCCACUCUUAUGUAUUUAUUUUUAAUGCCUGAAAACGCCGCCAAGGAGAGGGGGAGGUGUCCGAUCAAGUGCUGCCAACACAUUUCGCCUUUUUCCGACAUUUUCCAUAGACGCGACUCCUGAUGAGUGAAACAUAUGGCGAUUUAUAACAAUAUACAGCCUUUUUGUUCAAACUGUUUGGCUCUAUUAUAAUAAGGAAGACAUGCAUAAGGUAUAUAGAUGUUUAGGGGGGACAGUCAGUUUUAAAAGGAGCGGUUAUGUAGAGGAGCUUAACUAGAACUUAUGUUGAAUAUCCAAAAGUGCAGACCCCAGACAAUGAGCUCUUUGAGACCAUCUUUUCUCACUAAUGGAGGAACGUCAGUCCGGGACAUGAGCACAACGCUCCGGCUCCCCUUCUUACCUUGAGUGGCCGGCUCUUGUGGCCAUAUGUUUGAGUAAGUGCCUGUCUUGUACAACAACCCAGCCGGCCUUGUCAAGUGGGCCCUGGGAUCCAUGUUUGCAGUCACUCCAAUUCUUAAAUCCUACCUUUCAAUAUUUGAAGAGGCAGAACUCUAGAACGAGGAGGGGACAGGCUGCACAGCACAUGCAAGAAUAGGAGCGCAUUUAUAAUGAAUGCGUCUCAGCUCCCCCCUCUUGAUUUAUUUCAAGACCAGUGAGCUUACGAAGGAGAGUGAAAUUAACUUGUUUUACACUCCUAACAUGUGCCAGGGACUGGGAUUGUUUCUCCUGACUUUGUUUUACAUGAUUGUAAUGUUUAUUUGAACAGAAACAGCAAAUCUUCUCUGUCAGGUAUCAGUUUAAGAAGUCAAGAGCAUCCCGGGUAAAAAAUAAGUCUUUUAUUUUGGGGCUUAAACUCAUUUCCCCUCUCUCUGGCUCGUGUACGUCGACUUGAGUUAGUCAUUUCUGACAUUUCCAAAGCUGUGUUUUUGAAAAGUGUCAGACAACAUCCUGUAUGCAACUGCGGGUAACACAGGAGCGACUGUCAGGAAUAAAAUGGGAGUCUUGUAGUGCACCCAUGUCUUGUAGCAUCACGGUCUGCUGAACCUGCUGUUGUUGGAGAAAUUGCUCUCUGUCUAACACUGUCUCUGUAUGAAGCUGCAGAUAGAUGAAAAUGUUGACUUGCCUCCACAUGUCACUUUACUCCGAUUAUUUUUAUGCACUACAACAUCUGGAUACUCUUCUUUUCAGGCUAACAGCUAGUAUUUGAAUCUGCACAUUUAUUAGAUCAAAUUUAAUAAAAACAUUUUCUACAAAAACACAGAUUAAAUGUUUUCAAACUAUCAAAAAAUCUGAAAUAAUUUAAUGAAUCCUGUUGUUUCUGAAAAGCAAAAACUAAGCUUCGUGCACGGCCAUAAAACCAAAUAAAGAGACAGAAAAGGAAACAGAAUCACUGAUGCCUGCUCUGAAAUUCUUUGCUGCUGCUCUGCCUGCAUUAGCUUUUAUGUCUGCACAUGAAACUGAUGGGAAGUGUGCUCUCCUCACCGUCAAUUUGGCAUUCCAUGGAAGAAGAUUUAUCAGUGUUAAAUGACUUAUUACUGAUGCAUGCUCUUUUUUGUACUCUGGGUGUCUUCGCUGCUGCUCUACCUGCGAUAGUUUGUUUUCUGUCUGCAUGUGAAGCUGAGGGGAAAUUUUGUCUUCCCACCUUAAACUUGAAAUUUCCAAGAAAUUUACCAGCACCAAAUAUAUUAUAACUGACACUCUGCUUUGUUCUGCUUCCUUUAAGUCUUUGCUGCUGCUCUGCCUGCAUUAGCUUUUAUGUCGGCACAUAAAACCGAUGGGAAGUGUGCUCUGCUUACCUUUGAUUUGGCGUUCCUUGGAAGAGGAUUUAUUAGUGUUGAAUGAAUUAUUACUGAUCCAUGCUCUUUUCUGUACUCUGGGUGUCUUUGCUGCUGCUCUACCUGCCAUAGCUUGUUUUCUGUCUGCAUGUGAAACUGAGGACAAAUGAUUUCUCCCAUCCUUAAACUUGGAAUUUACCAGAAAUUCACCAGCAUCACAUAUACAAUCACUGAUACUCUGCUUUGUUCUGCUUCCUUUAAGUCUUUGCUGCUGCUCUACCCACCCCUGCUUUUUGUACUUUGCCCACUUUAGGCAUUUCCAUUAUUUUAUGGAGGGUUUAACAAAUAUAUCAUGACUGAUUUGGUCUCUACUCUUAGAGUCAUUGCUGCUGCUUCUCUGCCUGCAUUAGCUUUUUAUUUAUGCACAUGAAACUUAAGGAAGGUGUGCUCUGCCCGCCUCAGGCAUGUGGAACCUCUCAGAACAGAGCCAAACUACCAAAUAUAACUUUUUGCAUAGAAAUUAUUACAUUUUUAGGGUUAUAGUUCACUUAACUGAGCAGUUUUAUCACUGUUUUUGACUGAUUAGCAUUAGCCAAGCUUGUAUUUGUUGGCUAAUUAAAAAAGGAAGAACAGAAAAACUGAAGUAAAUUGUAAACAAACUUUUUCUUAUUGUGUCUAUAUAUUCCAUUCAAUAACCCCUUUUUUUCACUGUUUCAAGUCAUUUUGGUGUUUGGAGGAAUUUCACGUCCAAAAGCCUUUGAAUAUAAAAUGCUCUCCAGGAGGCCUUCACUGAAAACCUAAUAGAUGUUUCUUAUUCAUUAUAAAUAAGCUGACUGUGGAGCUCUGACCAACCAUACUGGGAAACCUAAAUCGCCAUAUCUUGAACCUUAUGUCGUAAACUUGUCCCAAAGUUUAGCGGAUGGACUUCUCUUGUUAAAAAACAAAAAUAUGAUUUGGAAGAUUAGAUAUAAUCAGUCAAACAGCUGCAGACAGAGAGCAGGCUGGUGGGUUUAAGAUUCCCGACUACGCUUCAACUAAACUCUGAGUCCCAUCCUGUUCGCUCUCUGGUGGGCGGACCAACCGCACGCUGAAAAACUAAUAAUCAUUUUUUCAUCGCUUUGUUUUGCGAUGGGAAUUGGAAGCAAACAUAUUCACCAGAGAAGGCGUAUUUGAGAAGCAUUUUCAAACCUUCAGAGCCGUGUUUUAUUUGCUUAGUGGAUACUCUAAUCUGUCAUUUCAACACCGACAGCUUUACACGUUCUGCGCUGCCGGAUGGAUUUGUUUUUAUGGCUGAAUGUUUAUUAGAGCAGCUGAAGCAAAUGACUUCUCUUGAGGAAAACACUACUGCAUGCUUGAUUCCCGGCUCCUACAAUUACACAGCUUCAUAAAAGCACAACACUUUUUUUUGUUGACUACACUUUGAGGUGACUAUUUGGAAGUUUACUCCUCUGUGUCCAAGACUUGUAAGAAAAUCUAGAUCCAAAAAGGAGAGGAGUGUGUAAAUCUGUUUCCAGACAUCCGUGUGAAUUUGUGCCAAGCUUAAACGAGAGAGAGGAGGGGAAAAAAAACGCAGAACGCUGAAGAAAAGCGAGACAUAGACAGACGUACAUAAACAAAGCCGGCAGAGAAAAGCGAGGUGGAAGCCUGCUGAGUGUUGGACUGUGGAUUUGUCUCCUCGGCUGCUGGCUAAGUCUGUCAUCUGUUCAACGGUUGAAUCAACAUCUGGUGAAAGUCUACAUAAACACGAUAGAGAGGGAGACGCUUAUACACUCGACUGGGUGUCACAAAUGUAAUACUCCUGUAGAGAGAGGCAGAUACAGCUUUUUCAGCACACCUUAAGUCAAUUCUGGAGGAAGUAAUGCAUCAGAAAGCCGCACUAACAACAUUACCGCUCCCUCUAAUUGAAUAAAACAGGAUAUCAGAGUCUAAUUUUAGUCAUCACAUCACAUUUCCUGAUCCUAUCAACAGGUCAUGACUCGUGGUGCACGCAGAGGAAAAUAAAUAAUUCAGAAACGUCAUACCUGUUAGAGUCUGAUCUACUUAGUCUGUUUCUGCGUUUCAACAAGAAGAGCGAGCGCAGAGGUGGGUGAAAGGAUGCGUGCAGGAAAGAUGAGCUGAAGCAGAGAGGAAGGAGAGAUCAGACGUGAUGGAGGAAGACGCUCCUGAGAGCCGGAGGAGCAGAUUCGGUUUUUGUUAUCGUCAUCUGGGGAGGUUGAAGUUUUCACCCAACCGUAGAUUCAUGUCUGUUCAGAGCGUCUUUGAUAGUAGAUGUGAUUUACUGAGACAGUCCGACCAGGUUUGGGGUAAUCACUACGUUUACAUGACACUCGAGAAAAAACAAAUUAUUGCUUUACUCCGAUUAAGACCGAACAACUGAAGUGCAUGUAAACACCUUAGUCCAGAGCCGACCCAAGCCUUAAUGGGGCCCUAAGCAAAAUUUGAUUUUGGGGCCCUUGGUAAACAUUCCAUGACAUGCAAACAGACCUUUAUCGUGGCGUUUUUUCUCUUCUUUCUCUUUCUUUUCUCUGCUCCUGAAGGAUAUGUCCUUUUUUGCGACACUGUUUUGCCCCACAACUCUCUGAGCCUUGGAUGCUCAGUGCACACCGUACAGCAGGAGAUACAUAACGGUAGCAGAGCUUUGACAUAUCAGCAGUAAGAACCAUAGGCCUACAUCAGCAGCAGCACUAAAAUGUUUUUAUUUUAUUUUUAUAAUAAUUUAUCUUUGAUCAUACAGAAAGCAUCACUCAUACAUGCAAAAAAUAAAAAAAAUAUUUAAUUAUUAUUUUUAUUUUGAUUGCUCUUGAGGGUCCCCUAUUGGCCGCAGGGGCCCGAAGCAGAGGCUUAGUUUGCUUAUGCCUUUGCUCUGCCUUAGUCCAACUAUGAUCGAAGUUUGAGAACUCUGAUUGGAGUCAGAGAUGUAACCAGCGUAGUCGGGGUAUGAUCGGACAAUGCAUGUGCAUUAUGCCUCCGUAACCCCGGAACAAAAACACCAGAAAAGAAGUGGCGCUAUCAAUUAAAGAACUUUCCACUCAGAAGCAACUGCAACAUGGCUGAAGCAUGAAAGAAUGUCCACUUUUUUGUAAUGAUGAGGAGAGCGCCGCUAUGCUUUCCGUCCUGACAGAAAUGGAUAUUUUAAAGUAUAAGGACAGUCGCAAAACGAGGAACAGAGACAUCUUUAAAUAAGGUCCAGAAACAGCGCCGCUGAAAAGACCCAUAUCGCCCCUAGUUUUGGGGAGGAGGACACGUUCACGUCAGUAAUUCGAUUUUCUCAGCUGCAUGUAUACGCGAACAAGGAGAGAAGUCCGAUUCAGUGGAAAAAUGAAUUAUCCUAGUCCGAUUUAGCUGUGCAUGUAAGCGUACUAAGUGUUGAUCACCUGGACAUCCCUAUGAAAGUCCGUUUGGUGCAGUUUGUUUAGUUUGCAUGUCUUAUGAAAUCAUUCUUCUAAAUGGACUUCUUAAUUUUGUUGCGUUUGUGUUUUAGAUGCUGUUAACAAGCUAACAUCAAGCAGACAGAGAGUGAAAACAGGUUGAGUUGGUUUCCUUUAAAAAUCAUCAGGUCAAAGCGGUUCUUGGUAUGAAUUACUACGAGGCUUCGGGGUUUAAUCUGCGGUUUCAGACCAGAGGGGACCUUUGGUGUGAGGUCUGGGUUUAGUCAACACUGUAGGUGGUUUGUACAACCUUGGCUACAGAAGGUGAUAAAUGGGUUUUCACACUUUUGGCGGCAGAAACAUCAGUCUGGGAUAAACAGCAGACAUGCAGAGGAUCACUAUAGAAAACACAUCUAUAUCAGUGGAAAUUUUAACACCACAGUAACCCAGAUGGAGGAUUUAUGGGUUAAACAGAGCAGCAUGUCUUCAAAUAUGGCGCCACAGCUCAGAUGACCACGUUAAAAGCGAGAGCAGGCAGUGUUUCAGUCAGCCGUCACAGGCCAUCCUCGAUGCGUCAAGCUGUCGUUCUAUUUCUGGGCAGCGGGAUGGAGACGUCCUAUAUCAGCGCCUGCUCAGGCCCGCUUUAUGAGAGACCUCCUCCUCAUGCAGUUCAAGUCAAUUGUCAACAUGAUUUAUGGAGAUGUGAGCUAUCUCUAGACCGGCUCCUCAAUCUUCCCCUGACGAAUUGGUACCAUCAGCCCGUGUAACCAUCAUUUGUUUUCUUCACUGGACCAUUUUCAUCCACGCUAACAAAUUAAACCUGCCAUGUUUUUGAGGAAGCUAUUUUUUCCCUCCCUUCGUCUUUCUUCAUGUAUGACCUGUUCGACAAUUACCAGAGAUGUGGAUCUGACACCCAGGAGUGAACUUCUCUGAACUGUUUGCCUUGUCUCUCCUCCCUCCUGCGAGGCUCGGUAUGAGUAAUAACCGGGUUUUUUAAUGGAGGCAGAGAGUCGUAACAUUUAAUGGCUGGGAACUGGGUUUGAUGACACAUUCUGAGUGUCACAUCUCCCAAAGACACGCACCACUUAUUGUCCCAAUCAUCUCAUAUAGCUCACCAAUACCAAUACAACGUGAUUAAUGUGACUGACUUUUAUGAGCGGGAUAAAAGGCUCUGCAUAUUACACAGGCAAUUAUAAUACCCUAGGAAACUCUGGAAAAACAAUGGAAAGCUCAUGCAAUCAGCCUAAGUGGAGGUAACUUUUUAAAGUUCGACUAUUUAAGUUUUUAAUUGACUCCUUUCCACCAGAGCUGUAAGGAAAUGAAGGUCCGGUGAGCAAUCAGCCGUAUCUUCGUUCAGGAAGUUUGUUGCCCUGCUCUGACCUGACCUGCCUGCAGAUUAAAGGAAAUUAACAGCCGAUGGCAAGGUGUAGGAAAGGUUGGAGAGAAGUUAAAAAGGGCCCUUUGCACAGACUGUGAUGUGUCUCUGAAGUUCUGUAUAAAACAAGAAAAAUACUUGACUUUUCUACACGAAUAUGAUGGAGACCAGCUCCAAAUGGGCCCCUAUGACUGUGCAGCCCCUACAUAACAAUUCUAGCAGUAUUUUGUUUCCUAUUGACACCAUCUCAGCUGCUCUACAGGCCGGGUUCACUGUUGGGAUAUAAUUAAAUUCCCGGACCACUAAGAAAGCGAAGAAAUGAACGGAUGCGACGCUCAUACAGUUAACAUGAACUCAGGCCUUAUUUUAGGUGACAUAUUGACUCUUAUGACAAACUGAAGCCUUUUGGUAUAAAGUCACCAACAUUUGUCAGCAUCAUAAAAAUAUGUAUGAAAUUUAAUGCUACACAACAAUACAAUAAAAAUGAUACAUUGAGACAGAAAAAGUUACAAAACAAUUUUUACAUUACAAAAAUAUAGAACAAUAUGUCACAAAACAACAUGUUACAAUACAAAACGAUAUAAUACGAAACAUUAUGAUACAAAACAAUGUUAGAAAACAAAACAAUAUGUUCCAGAAUAAAACAAUACAACAAAAAACAAAAUUAUUCAGAACACUACAAUACAAACAAUGAAAGGAUACAGAACAAAAUUAUACAAAACAAAACAAAAAAUGUGUUACGAUACGGAAUGGUAUGUAAUGAUAAAAAUGAUACAAUACAGAAUAAAAUGAUAAGGAACAAUGUUACAAAACAAAAUGUCACGAUAUAAAAUACAAUAUAAAACAAUGUGAUACGAAAGAUGAUAGAAGACAAUGUUACAAAAACUAAAAAAAAGUAUGAAACAAUACGAUAAAAAAAAAUUAUUGAGAACGCUACAAUACAAACAAAACGACACAAAACCAUUGUUUGAUAACAAAAUGUUACAAACUAUGAUAUGAAAGGAUACAAAACAAAACAACACAAAACAAAAACAAAUAUAUGUUACGAUACAAUGAUGAAAUGGUGAGUAACAAUAGAAAUUAUACAAAGCAGAACAAAAUGAUGUGCCUCCAUGAAAAAGGAUAUGAUACAAAAAGAUACGUUAGAAAACGAUAUGUCACAAUCCAAAUUAUACACUUAAAAAAAUGUUAAAAAAUGAAACAUUACAAACAACGCAAUGCCACACAAAGAACAAAAUGGUGUGCAGUGAUAAAAAAUGAUAUGAAACAAAUGAUGUUACAAAACAAAACUUAUCGAAAUAACAUAAAAUGAUGUGCGGUUCUGGAAAAUGAUGCAAUAAGAUUAAAAAAAUGUGACACACUUUAAUGUUUUCGAGUCCUGCACUUGUUACACUAAAUCUUAUGUAGAAAAAAAACACUUAAAAAAAAUGGUGAUCCAUCUAAACAGAAACACAAUCAUCAUCUACUGCAACUGACAUUUAUAUUCUGUGAGCAGAGGACAAUAUUCAAGAACAACAAGUUGAAUUUGUAAUAAACAAAACAGUAAUAUCACUUUUCAACUUGAACAAUGGCAGCACAGAUUUCUGUAAAGAGGAGAAUAACCAACUGAAUAACUAACAUGGACCUGAUUGGUUGGAAUUAAAAUGCUCAUUAUGUUAGCAUUUAUAUAAAUUAUAUCCAGGAGCAAACUCUCUCCAAUUUAGGUGAAACAGACAGCAGUCGUCUUAAAUUUUCAGUCAUUGAUCCGGAGAAUUAAACAAACUGAAACGCUGAAAGAAAAUUACUCAGGCCGGAAAAAAGCAGUGAUGGUGAUUCAUGGAGGAUGUGGACUCCAGGAGACAAGGAGCAAAGCUUUAAAGACUCUUCAUCAACCUCUCUCUUUCUACACAACAACACACACACACACACACACACACACACAGAAGGGUGCACACAUCCUCGCACAAUCACACUCUCAAGUAUCCCCACACACGGAGCCAGCUGAGAGAGAAAGAUGGAUGGGCCGGCGGUGGUUUCUGAUUUAGUCUGCACAAUGAGGCUGAGUGAUUUUCCCUGUGGAGCCUGUCUCGCCUCUUUAAAUCCCACGAAGAAGAAACUUGCCCCCCCCCCCCCCCCCCAAACCCAGCUCUGCUCCUCGAACCCACCUUACUCCAAAGAUUGCCUCCUUGUUCCUGGUGUGAUCAGGGAGAUAACCACUAAUGGAUGACGCCCGGGGCACAUUUAGGAGGGGAAAUGUUGGUGAAUGUUGAAUCACCUUGGUAAUAAACAGGAAAUGCUCAGAGACAUGUUAACCCGUGUGUUUUAUAGUCUGGAUCAGGAAAGUCUGAUAAAAGAAGACAAGGUUGGGUAAACGCUGACUUUAUCAGCUGUGGGAGAUUUUUUUCUCCUCCCAUUCAUUAACGCCGAGACCUUGAAGGAAGUGAAGCUGUUUACUCCUGAAGAUUUUCUAUAGAGAACCCUUUAACAAGCUGGAUAGAUAACCACACAGCAGAGGUAAACACAGAGCCCUGAAAAACGACUCCAGUAGCAGGGUAAACACAUCUGCUAACAAAGAAACCCUGUCGCAAAUAAAAAGAUUAUAUAACAACUUUUUUUAAAAAUUCACAUGUUCAAGAUGAGUUUCACGAUCUUUACUCCAACAAUAACUAGCUCAACCUCACAAAUUUUCGGCAUUACAAAGCAGCAUUUGUCGUCCAACAGUCGUAAGUAAAGGUAUUUCAUUGGAAGAUGUUAAAUCCUACCCAGCAUGCUCAAUUUAUUAUGUUUGUUCUGAUGGUCGUGUUUCGAACCCUUGCCUAGGGCUGGGCAAUAAUACUGAGUUCACCUGGGUAACAAUAAAUGGACGAUAACUACUCCAUGAGCUGCUCACCCCCUCCCACAUUAACUUCAUUUACUGAAUGGGGUGGAUUCACGUCUCUGAUGUAGGACAGAGCCUUAGAGGGACAUGAGACCAUAGCCUACCUACACACAUCCAAAACCAACUUUCAUCCAUUGUUUUUUUUGACACCGAUUAUACUGACAUGAGCAAAAUGACAUUGGUUACUGUCGUAAAUUUCCAUAUCGGUAAAUUUUCGGUUUAUCGUACAAUAUGGUAGUGUGUCACAUGACAUUGUAUCCCAUAUAUUGCAUUUUAUUAAAGGGCUUCGUAAUGUAUCAUGUCGUACUAUCUUAUAUCACGCCGUAUCGUUACCUAACUUAUCACGAUGUUGCAUUUUACUUUACCUCAUUAUAUCUUACAGUCGUACUUUAUUCUGUUUUGGAACUUUUUUGCAACGUCCCUUAAAAGGGACAUGAGACCAUAACCUACCUACACAUGUCCAAAACCAACUUUAACCAACCAAUGUAUUUUUUUUUAUACCGACUAUAUUGACAUGUGCCAAAUGACGUUGGUUACUGUCAUAAAUUCGGUGUCGGUAAAUUUUCGGGUUUAUCGCCCAGCCCUACCCACGCCCGCUGAAGGAUUAUGCUAAUGGCUGUUUUAAACUGGAAACUUUGUUAGGACUGUUUUAAUCACCAGAGAUGAAGAUAGUUCGACAAAUAUUAGGUUAUCUACAAGAGAGGAAAAUCGUGACCAAAUUCUGACUUCCCAAAAAACAGAACAUGACUAUGCGGGGGUGGAGUCAGGGAGUUGCACCAAGUUAAUUUUGAAAGUUUUUCAGGUUGGAUUGAGUGUCUUUUACGUGCUUCUAACUCAGUAAGUCCAUGUGACAUGAACUCGAAACUUUUGUACAAAACCGCAUAAAUUCAAAGGAUUUUAUAAACUUCCCCGGACAAACACGGACAGCCCCCAGAAAAGAGGAUAUGUCCGGGUAAAAGAGGUCAUGUGGUCACCCUAGUCUCUAGAGCGAGUAAACACCAUGAGCGUACGAAACCAAAAAAACGUCUAAUUUCAGCAUGUUUUAGAGUUUUUUGAGUCUCUUGGUUCACUUAAGUGGAACAAUCAUCUAAAACCCUCCUAUAGCUGUGCAUCUCAUCCUCUAUUAUCCACAUUUGUUCUUUUAGGAGCUCAGUUUCAGUUUUUCCUGCUCUCGGCUACGCUUCCAACAACACGGCAGCUCUCUCAUUCGAUUCUCUGUCAUUUACUUAAAAAGGGAAAAGUGGCGUGUCAGCAUCUUGUUGCUGUACAAUGAGGGAGAAAUGUUGCUGAAUCUGUUAGUAAUCAGAAAAAUGCUUGGAAGACAUGUUGGCCCACUUUUAAAUUGUCUGUAUGAUAGAAAAACUCCUUCCUCAUUGUAUAUUGGCUGAGGAAGGACUCGUCCUCUUCCAUUAAUAGAUGCCAAGACCUUGGCGGAAGCUGAAUUAAGUAGUGUUUUUCUCUUUCUGCACAAAACCCUUGAAUGAGCAAGAUAAACAAGAACCCAGCUAAGGGAAAAUAAUGCUUAAGAAUCAUAAAUUCAUACAUGCGGCCACAUACAAAUGUGUACAAACACUGCAGGGCUGGCACAGCAUGAUCUGUGUUCUGGCGUCUGUUUGCUCGCCUCAGGGUGGGCAACCCUUAUUGUCAUGUCGAACAAAUGUGCCGUCAAAGCUGCACUUUAAAGAUGGGACGUGUCACAGGGGGCACGCAAGAAGCCCACUCCCCUAGAGGCAACAUGGACGAACGGUUCGAGACAGAAGGGGAGGGAGGAAGAAGUAAACACAACAGGCGGCAGCAACAAUCCUUGACAUUUCACUAUGAGCGCUUGUCUUAACGGCUGCUGAAUGCGUCGUCUGAGGAGAGGAAUGAUAAAUAUCUCGACGGGUGAGGAGGGAAAGCUUGAGCCAGGCCUCCGCGGGGAAGAGUUAUUGGGUUUGAGGUGAGGAGUCUGAGACACACGGGGAGUCCAUUUGACUUUCAUCCAAACAGAGACAAAUCAGAUGGUGGCUAUGUGCUCCAGGGCGAAAAACUCCUGACUUCAUAAAAACACCAUCUGAGCACAGAGAGUCGCAUUCGAACGGCAAUAAAUGCCUCAUAGAGUUGGAGUUUUAUUUAUGUAAAAGUCCUCUAAACCUUAAAAAAGGAGGUUAUUUAUGUCAUCACAUAAUGUAGCUCUAAUAUCAGCAGCAUCACAUCCUCAUACUGUCAUGUCGAGGCGUCCGUUCACCCUGACCGCCUCUCUGCGGGCGAUGUUUCAAACCGAGCGCAGAAACAAAGUGUUUUAUUUGCACAAAUUCGCACCAUUCGUGCUCCAAACUUACUUCGCUUGAGUUUCUCUCACCUUCAAGUAGAAAAUCUGUAAAGCAGUACCACAACCCUAAAAGUUUCAUCGUCACAUUUUAUGUCUUUCACUUGACUCAGUCAAAGAGUGAGUCUUGCUGUCUUCGCCACUUGUCAUUUGACUUGUAUGCAGUCCUGAAGAAGUUCCACGCUUAUACUAAGAGGUUUUAUGGAGGUAGAUUGACUCCAUGGGCUCUAUUUUCGUGCUGCCGGCGAGGCGAAAGUCAGGUUCGCCACGCCAAUGAGGCAUGCCCAAGCACACUUUGGUAUUUUGGUGAGCGGUGCAGCCCGGCGUAAGUAUCCACCCUCCCUAACUCAGCUCCUCCCAGUGGCGUAAGUCGUAGGGAGGGAGAGGAUACGGCGUGGAGUGGGUUUAACACAGCCGUGACCUGUUUUCACCAAUCACAUCAGCUCCUCUCCUCACCUUUGAAUCCGGCAAGGCAUAUUACAAUUUUCAUGAAGUAGUCAAAGAGAUGACUGAAAACAGCAAUGCAGAAUCUGGCUGUGCACCACCCUCCACCGCGCAGCCGGCGGGCAUGAAAAUAGAGCCCCAUAUCUCCAUACGAGUGUCAAAAUUUUUGUGCGUAACUUUGGGAGGAUGAAACAAUCGUACCAACACUGUCACUUCUAUGUCUUAAAAAGUGGAAAGUAGAGUUUCUCGAAGCCUAAUUCAUGCUUCGGUCUCCUUGUAAAAAACCUUUUGUUGUUAAUUUAAAAGCCUGCGUAUCUUUUCCACAAAAAUGAUAAUGCAGGUCUGUCUUAAGAUCCUAUUUGGACACAGUUUUGGGAUCUGUUUUUGCCAUCUUCUUCAGUAUAAGUUCAGUUUUACAGACUUCGGUUUGUCCUGAGCCACCCUUGAAUGUCUGUAAAAAGACGGGGAUUGAGGAACACUUUGCUCUCUUGUGUAAGAUUUCUAAAAGGUAAUAAAACCUGCUUUAAGGUACCUCUUGAAGGUCUGUUUCUCUACUUUUGUAUCCAUUUUUAAUACCCCUUUUAGCUCCUGUCUGAAGUCUUGUACUUUUUAUACUCAAAAAACGACGAGGUUUGUUUGUGGGCACCCUCGGGUGUCUGUUAAAAACGUUGUAGACUCUUAAAUUUCCACUGUGGGUCACUUUAACAAACCGAAACUCCCACUGUGACCAGCUUGAUUCGUUUUUCUCUGCAGACUCAGACCUGAAAAAGGAGAAGAAUGCAACAAAGUUAGGAUAAGUCGCUGACACAAACACAAGACAAAGAAACGUCUUAAAUGGCAUCUGUGGGUGGGAGUCCGACAGUUACAGGAAACGGAGAAUGCUCUGUGACUCUGAGACGACUCCUUAAAUGAAAAGCUGGAAAAAUCUGCACUAUGCAAGGUCACGUCUGUAACAAUGUUUGAGAAGAUAGUUUUAUCAUAGUUUCCCCUGCAAAUAAAGGACAAAGAGCCGAGUAUGAGCUGGAUACAAGACAGACCAUCAGCACAUUUUGGAAAUUUCUUACUUUUGAUGUCUAACACAAACUUUAGUCUGUUUUCCCAAAGUCCUUUUUUUCUUUUUUGCAUAUAUCUCCAGUUUAUCACCUGUUAGUAUCGUUUUCAGACUGGUUAGACUGGUCGAUUUGGUCGACACAGUUCAGUUUUAAAAGCAACUUAAAGCAGGAAACAAAACUAAAUCAAUGUUUUCUUGUUCCUUCACAGGAGGCUCUUCUUUGUGGAUUUCCUGUAAAGUUUGAGCGGACCUUAUUGGGAUUUGUGCGACACCGCCGUCCACCACUGCAGGUAGGACAACCGAACUGGCUCACUUUUCUAUCUGUGGCUAUGAGAAAACACUUGAUGGUAUACGUAACUUAAUGUGUCUGAAUGAGAAAAUAUGGACAACAUGAUCUUGCAGGAAUAUCCCUGUAUCGAGGGGUGCAAUGCACAUUUUUCUGACAGCGCAUUUUUGUUUUGAGAUUACAAAUCCAAAAACUGCACCCAAAGAAAGACCGAAACCGUAAGAAAACGCCCGACUGUUAACCCUGGGCUUCUCUGGUUGUCGAACAUUCAUGCUACUGUGGUUAAAAAACUGUUUUUCUGCGUCUGUGAAAACUCGUUUCCUGUCAAAGUGAAGAAAUUUCUCCACUUUGAACAGACUACUUGAAGAAAUGUGCAAUCAAAGCUGGAAUGCAACAGGUUUUUGAUGAAGCACCUCUGAUAAUCAUGAAGACAGCUCCGGUUUGAUUAGUUUUUUGGGCUGGAAAAUAAAAUAUUCGUAACAUCUGUUGCCUCUAAUGAGGAACUCUCGAGAAUACAAGUUGGCAGGUGGAGAGUCACAAAUCUCAGCAACAUGCAGGGUACCUGUUGCUUUAUCAGAGAGCCAUUUUGGAUUGAAUUGUUAAGAAUAAGAUUCUCUUGGUUCUGGUCUUGCUGGUAACGCCUCGUUGUGGCCUCCAGAUUGCAUCAUAUGGUCCUCCGAGUGGUUUCUCUCCAAAUAUUUCAUUUCUAAAAUCAAAGUUUGAAGACAUAGGUAGUUUUCUCCUCCUGUUAUCCGUACGCCUCCUUUGCUCCACUCGUUUUCAAACACGUUUCCCCGAAGGGCUUUCAUGCUCCAGUGGGUGAACAUGGAGCUGCUUAAAUGAGCAGAUAGGUCCAACACCUACAGAAGCAGGAGUGGAGUUGAUGCUGAGUUCGGAGCUGGACAUACAGGCAGUCCAGCCAAUUAUUUCCUUCCCUUCUCCUUGUUCCGUUUUUUUUCUCUUCAUGUACAGCUACACUGAUAAGACCUGCGUUGGAGUGAAAAGCUCCUCUCUCUUGUUAGACACAUAAAAAGAACAAGUUGAAGGAGGAGUGAAAGGUGUGGAUGGAAAGAUUUCUGUGUGUCCUUAUCAGUCUCAUCCAUUUGGACACAUUUACCGGCUGUUUCAUAAAGUGCACUGGCAUCAGAGGAGGAAACAAACCCCGUGAAAAUCAAUGAUGUUGAGAUAAGCUCGGUAUCAGUCCUGACAUCUGCUCGGCCUCCUCUUCAUCUCCGUUCUCUGCAAAGAAAAGCAGCUAAAAACAUUGUGCUUUGUGCGCUCACGUCAGAUCAGGGUGAAGGUUGGAGGAGUCGGAGGACGUGAGACUAGCGAAGGCUCACAAAUUUUACUUUAAUUUUUCAAAAAGUCUAGGAUGGUAAGAUUUAUGAUGCUGAAAGUUUAGGGAUUUAAAGUUUAGGAUAUUUCAGAUCUACAUGGUUGAAUUUAACAGUUAAAGUCGAUAUAUUUUAGACACUUAGUAUGCAGAGUAAAUGGGACCUUCACACCAAGCGUGAGUCAAAUCAUUCGCAUAAAUGAAUUACAUGUUAUGUCAAUGCAAAGACGCAAUUAGACGCUCGAACUACUCUGGCGGCACGAAUGUUGUGAAUUGGGUGGCAUGAUUUGCGCAAAUUGAGAGGAUACAAAUUCAUGAGAGUUAAAAAAUACCUCAACUUGGGCGGAUAUUUGCAUUGCGAUAACCAAUCAGCAUGAGGAUUCCUGGGUGACAUAUGAAAACUGACCAGAAGAUGUUCGCUGGUGUGAAUAUGUAUAAAUACAAAUGCAGAAUCACAUUUUUCUCUUUAUGAAACGUAUUUUUUGUGUUUUUGUUUAUUUAAAACACGCCGUCCUUCUGUUGGAUUUGUUUCUUUGUUUGAAGGUGAUCAAAGAGAACCCCUCACUUUUACGAAAUCCAUAAAAAACUGCGACUCCAAACUGGCGAGGAGCGAUGAUUUGUGCUUCACCCUGCAGUGAAAACCAGUAAAUAUAUAAAUAAAUAGUUACAAGCAAAGUCAACAUAAAGUCGUGAUAUUAGCAGUGAUGCUAAUUGUGAUGUGUUCAGUGCACCACUCGCUUUGUUUGCUUUAUUAGCUUUAUUCAUGAACGUUGGUUAGCACACUAUCAAUAUAAUUUAUUAACCUUCCUCCCGUGUUAGCUUUUACUACACACCCACCAUGUUAAGGGUUGGUAUUGACCCGUGUCUUAAAUCUGCUGUAAAUUACACUGAAAGCAUGUCUCUAUCAUCCAAUUUGGUUCUCAUCUCCAGGUUACCUUGUUAGGCUUCAUUACCCAUGAGAAUUUUGCUUAUAAUGGUUUUUGUUGUGGGCCUCUCUACUUCACUAUACCCCUCAUACAGACAUCUAUACUGAACUGAUCUCACAUGUCUGGACAUGCUUGAAGUCGUUUUUUUGUGCAGGGAAAUACAAGCAAAAUGAGAAUUUACUCAAUCUCACAUGAUUGGAAGAGGAUCUGACUGACAGUGCACUUAUGAUUUCAGUUUUUGCACUGACUAUUAGAUAUCAAUCUAACCGGGUCAACAGCAACACUAACACAACAAGUGCCAUCAUUUUAAUAAGAGCAUUUUUUAAUUUAGUCUAUUUAAUGUUUUUAUUUUUAUUUGUUGAAAUCGAGGUUCCUGACAAAGUGAAAAAGUCUUGAUGAAAUAAAGCUCAUUUAAGUGGCUCUUUUAAGCUUUUAAAAACACAAACAGGUCGGUGCGGACCCUUACACAGGAGGAGGGAUAAAAAAGAUGGUUAUCCUCGAUUCCAAUAUGACAGUCUGGGUUCAGUUUCGCUGAUGGAGUUGCAAUUAAUAUUUUAAACAAGCUAACUUUUUUAACUAAUGGGAAAAACGAGUCAGGAUUAUCUCUGAUUUUUCUCACAGCUGAUGUUUUAAUUUGUCCAAGUUGAAAAUAACUAUUUUAAUUCACUAUCAGAGCAGAGUGACGGAAAAGUCACGUCUGCUCGUUAAUCACGGCUGAGGAUCGAGAACUGAUCGCGGCGCUCUGAUCCUUCGCCUUCUCUUUAUCCGUCCGCCAUCUCUUCAGCCUGACUCAAUUCCAGACGUGCUGUGAGGAGAGUGAGACCCAAUAUUCUCUCCCCCUCUCUCCUCCACUUACAGAGGCUAACAUGAGACAUGACAGGAGGCAGGAGAUGGAAGAUUCAGCUCCUCGGCCGCAGAGUAAGCCUCAAAUUACAGGCUAGAUUAGAGCCAGCAUCAGAGGCGCACAUCAGGCCUCUCAGGGCUCGGAAAUACCUGGUGUGAAGAGGUGCGGGUCAACAUCAGAGUGCGUCCUACAGCCACGGCUGCAUACGGGCCCUGUCGCCGGCAGCAGAUGGUUCAUGGAAUUACACAUAAUGAGAGGAGGAUCGCUCCGUACAGGCAGGAAGACCAGCUGUAGAGUUGGGGGUGAAGGAUCAGAAAGCGAGGCAGCGUACUCAUGUCUAAUUCAGAAAGCUCUGUGAAACAGGGAGGUAAGUUUCAGGAUGGGAGAUGGCGUCUUUUACACUACAAUGUGGAGGAUGUAGUUAUUAUAUGGCUGAGUGGAGCAGGGGGUGGAUGGAGAGACUGAAUGAGGUGUGAAGAUGUAAUCAUGGUCGGACAGCAGAGGAGGAUGUGAAGAGGGACACUGCAGCUGGACUGUUACAGAGUUUGGAUACAGGCUGUUUGUUGUUUCGCAGCCUCUCCACUGACAGAGCUUUUUCAAAAAGUUCACAAAACACAGAGUUUUUACUUUUUAGACAACAGAGUUCUGCGGAAAGUUUCUGACGGUGCAGAGAGGGAGCUGAGCCACGGGGUUGGACUGAUUUCAGACAUGUAAACAUAAUCCAGAGCUGGACAGACGUAUGAAAAAGGUUAACGUGGAUGUGAAAGGAAACUGGUUAGCACUGGAGGUGGGUCAACAUGCCUCAUUUUGUUGUUCAUUAGAGAGGUUAUCAUUUGGGAUAAUUAACUGAUGCUGUUUGCUUCCAUUUAAACUAAAUGCAGUUUAGCGUUUUUAGUUAGGGUGACUAUAUGUCCUCUUUUUUGGGGGCUGUCAGGCCUGACUGACUUUGUCCGGGAAGUUUCUAAAAUCCUUCAAAUGUCCGGGGUUUUGUUUGGAAGUUUUGAGUUUGUGUAGCGUGGACUUACUGAGUUAGAGGUGUGUAAAAAACACUCCAUCCGACCUGAAAAACUCUCAAAAUAGCUAUGCGCAACUCCGGGACACCACUCCCACAUGGCCGUGUCCUCUUUUUGGGGAUUCAGAAUAUAAUCACCCUACCUUAGUGCAAAAAUCACCCUUAGCUUUGAUCAUAUUUUGGUCGUCUGCACUCUCAGUUGAAAAUAGUUAAACUUUUAGAUCCCUGUUGUACUCAUUAAUGUCACUUUUCAAACACUGACCAAUCAGGAUCAGGCAAACCCACUAGUCCAAUGUUAUGCCAUCUUGAGCGUGCCUCCAGUUCUUCACAUUUCUAUGCCCUGAUGAGCGACCGAAAAACACGUCCUACAUCGUUCAGCCGUGCCCCUGACCAAUUAGGAUCAAGAAGGGGCGGGGCUACUGACAACAUCUGACUAUCGCUUUUUCCAAAGACAUAAUUUCCAGGUUGAGCUGCUCCUCAUAACAUGACAUGUUGACUUUUUAAGGUUUUCUUAGCAAAAUAAAAGCAAAUAUGAAGCAUGUGGUACAUUUAAAAACAGGCGAUGAUCACUAGGGGGCGUGUCUGUACAAUUCUUGUAACCAAUAAACAGGAAACACCGGUCAGAAACGCUCAAAAAUUAAGAUUGUGAGGAUUGCUGCUCUAUCGUGCAUCCGUCAUGAUCCUUAUUUCGCAUCUUUGUCGAAAUAUUGCGUCAAAAAUUCUCGCUGAGUUUUGAUCCAAUAAGGUUUCUCUCAAUGUUAGGAUCUCAAAAGUGGACGACCUUCUCAAAUCCACGAAUCUCUUGAAUCUGGAACCUGAGCCGGGAAUGAGAGGACUUAAAGUUACAAUAAAAGCAAAAGUUCAGAUAUAAGAAAGAGCUUAUCUGGAGUGGAGCAGAAAUAAGAAAAGAGGCGAUGGCACCCUUGGGUCUGUGGUCGUGUCAUUUUGUUCUUCUCUGUGCCAGUCCCCCGCUCCCUCUGGGCUCUAUUACAGCCUGAACCAACUCUCUCUGCCGGCCAGAUACAAACAUAAUCCCUCUGUGGUUUGGUGCAGCCAGGAGCUCAGGGCGGGGAGCAUGUUUAACAUCUCGAUUCUUCUUAUUCCACCGCGGGGGCGUGGGGGGGGGGGUCUUUGGCGCGAUCGUGCUCCAAGAUCAACACGAGGUUGACGGCCAUCUGGUCUACAGCGCUGAAAAUCCUCACACGGCAAAUACCACCCACAGCCUGGCCUCUGUCUCCCUGCAAACACGGCGACAACAGAACAGCGGCAGAGUCCAACAAUCAGUCAGGCGGGCCGGAGCAGCGGCCCCAGACCAAACGGCGGAGAUCAGAUCAAACAAACGAUCCUGUGUGUGGGAAGGUGGCACGUCUCUUUAAACAUGGAGGUGACUGGCUUUGUACUUCUUUCUUUUUUUUCCAUUUAUAGCAACGUUUAUCUGAGGGAGAAAUAGACUUUGUGAAGGCCAGGAGGCUCAGUCAUCCGAGGGGAGUGAAGUUUGUGAGGCAGUCAAGGCUCCAGGAGUUUGAAAAAGGAAGAUGUGCACAGGGGUACUAUUAUCCUCCUUCACUAACAUGACCCCUUUGGAUCAUCAUUUCUGUGAGAGCCGCUGUAAAUCACUUUUACUGCGAUGGAAACAUCUAUUGUGAUUGCCUGCCCUUCUAUUGGCAAAUGUCAUUGUCAUAAUAAUACCUGGGAGGGUUCGCUUUACUGAGAUUAUGAGCGCCACGCUGAUGCUGCCAGGUGGGCCGCACAGACGAGUGAUGUGAGUGCGGCGCAUCCUCAGGGGGAGGAUGACUUUUAUACAGCAGUUACCAACUUCUGUGUGCAUGAAAAGUUCUGCUUGGAAAGUUAAAUACUCCCCUAACAGAGCAAAAAGAGUCUGGAUCUCACAGUAUACAGUUGAAACCAGAAGUUUACAUACACUUUUUAAAAGGGCACAUAACCUUUUUUUUCUCACUGUCUAACAUUAAAUCAGAUUAAACUUUUCCUGUUUUUGGUCAAUUAGGAUUACCAAAAUUAUUUUUAUUUGCUAAAUGCCAAAAUAAGGAGAGAGAGAAUUUUUUAGAAAAUUUUUUAUUAUUUUCUCAAGAGUCAAAAGUUUACAUACAUUUCAUUAGCAUUUGGUAGCUGCCUUUUAAUCGUAUGACUUUGCAGGAAUUUUGGCCCAUUUCUCCUGACAGAACUGAUGUAACUGAGCCAUGUUUGUAGGCCGCCUUGUUCACUCAUGCCUUUUCAGUUCUGCCCAUAAUUUUUCAAUAGGAUUGAGAUCAGGGCUUUUUGAUGGCCGCUCCAAAACAUUGACUUUGUUAUCCUUACGCCACUUUGUAACCAGUUUGGCAGUAUGCUUAGGAUCACUAUCCAUUUCUGCCCAAGCUUUAACUUCCUGGCUGAUGUCUUGAGAUGUUGCUUCAGUAUUUCAACAUAAUAUGAUCUAUUUUGUGAAGUAUACCAGUCCCUCCUGCUGCAAAACAACAUGAUGCUGCCACCCCCAUAUUUCACAGUUGGGAUGGUGUUUUCAGGCUUGCAAGCUUUCCCUUUUUUUCCUCCAAAUGUAACAAUCAUCAUUAUGGCCAAAAAGUUCCUUUUAGUUUCAUCAGACCACAGGACAUGUCUUCAAAAAUUAAGGUCUUUGUCCCUGUGUGCAUUUGCAAACUGUAAUCUAGCUUUUUUUUUAGGUUUCUUUUGGAGUCAUGACUUCUUCCUGGAAGAGUGGCCACAGGUGUGCCUCCAAAGACAUGAUAUCAUCAUCUGGACUUUCCCAAAUUGUUAGAAGGCAUAGUCAUCUUCGUGUAUGUAAACUUUUGACUCUUGAGAAAGUAAUAAAAAAUGUCUAAAAAAUUCUCUCUCUCAUUAUUUUGGCAUUUAGCAAAUAAAAAUAAUUUUGGUCAUCCUAAUUGACCAAAAACAGGAAAAGUUUUAUCUGAUUUACUGUUAGAUGUCGAGAAAAAAAAGGUUAUGUGCCUUCUUAUACCGUGUUUGUAAACUUCUGAUUUCAACUGUCCCUCUGUCUCUUUCCAGAGUAAACAAACAUCAGUUCUCGACAGAGUAAAGGCGUCCAGGUAAUUACCGAAGAACUCUAUUUGCUUAAGAGCAUUGAGACGUAUGAAACAGGCAAAUCAAAAGAGCUGCAUGCAAACCUGAAACAAUUCAGUGUCUGGAUUCUGCAGCAUGUAGGGACAGGCUCCCAGCAGCUUUUUGUAAACAGUAUUUUUCCAGGACCCUAUAUGUCAAACAUUAGCAUGCAGAGCGGCUGACGCGCCCGCUGAAGAAUCCUGUUGUUUGGGACCUGGGAUGUGUCAUCCCCAGUUAGAGACAUGUCAGCUACGAGGGUGACUUCCUGCUUUCCCAUCACCCUCCACUGCACCCAAUCAAUCUACGCUUCUGCUUUUUUAAGCAGCUCAUCCUCCUCCAUCUUGAAACCUGUAAAAACUACAUUAGGUUUUCUUUAUUGUACCGCCCCCCCUGUAUCUCAGGUUAGCCGCGCGUAGAUCAAUCCUGGACGCGUUAAGCUAAUUGUAGGCAAUCGUGAGUGGUGUGUAAGUUUAGCUCCAUCAGACGAUCGAUGGUAUUGACGUGUAGCAGUCUCAGCGUCUCGAUGUGUGUUUAUCACAGCGCUGCAGAGAACACAUGCAGAGAGGGGCCGAUGCUAGUCAUGUUGAUGAAUGAGGAACAAUACAUUUCAGACGGCUGAAAACGACAAUCUGUGCGACUUCUCUCCGAUGGAAGGAUUUUAUUUGAUAACUGCUUGUUUGUAUUUCUUCCAGGCGGGGUCUGCUCAACUUUUAACAAAUGGUACUCACUGCUCAGAUUGAGUGUCUUUCUCUGUUGUUGUCAAAGCUGGUCCAACAACCCAAGUUUGAAAAAAAACAGUAAAUAUGUCGGCUGUUUGAUGGUGGUUUACCAAUGAGUCUAGUUCUGCUUGAGCUUUCUGGAUCAAUUGAUUGCCCAGUUGGUUGAUUGAUUGACCUAAAUGACCAUUUCUAGCUCCAGCUAUUUGGGAGCCAGCAAAAGGGGUUGAAACAGCACCAAUUUCUCAGACUAUUUCAGAUUUUCUCUGUUUACACGGCAUGUGAUUAAUUCUGGUCCGGUGUUCCCAUGUAUUUACAAAUUUAAUUGAAACAGUUAGACGCCAAAUCCAGUUGCCCACCUCUCAAUUAACGCUCAGCAAACAGGAAAGUAAAGCAGGUCCAGUUCUGAAAGACCCACUCCGAUGAAAAUCAUGUUUAUCUUGUUGUUUACAUGUUCAUAUGGCAUUUUUCUGACGCUACAGGACGUAUCGUGUAAAAAGAAAGUGUAGAAUUGCAUUUCUGAGUAAAAUACCCGGUUAAUUUUCAAAAUUAAAGAAAGUCAAUAUGUCGAACUCUUCUUAGCUUGAUAAUAGCAGAGGCCAGGGUUGUGUGAUGUGGGUGUUUUUACACACCGCCAUUUAUAUACACCGAUCGGCGGAUCUCAUUCAAUGUCUCACGGGGAAACACGCAAGAUCUCGUCCAGUAUUGCGAGAACUAUCAGUAAUAUCGCGAGUGCUUCUCGAUCGGUGGUGGAUCGGAUCCGGUGGGCGCUAUAUGCUUGCAUAUUUGAUCAUCUGGAGCUGUUCUGGAUCCAGUGGAAUUCCCGGGUCAGAGAAAUAGAGAGAACGAUCAUAAAACAAGCGUGACAUCAGUGUCUGAGAGCUGAAUAGCUCCUAUGUUACCUGCUACUUCUACUGCACCGGCAAUGUUAGCCUGCAAGCUAGCAUGAAGAGGAGAGUGCAGAGCAGCGCUGUCUUCGUCCACGACUCAGAGGCGAAUUUCUAAUGAGCUACUGGAGCUCUGCAGAAGAAAAGUCCUUGAAAAUAAUACAGGUAACGUGAUUUUGGCUAAAAACUUAAGAAUCACACUGGGAGCAUUUUAAGCAGUAAAAAAAAUGAUAUGAGUGGGACUUUAAAGGGUCAGCUCUCUGGUUUGGAAAAGUCAAAUUAAAUAAGUCUCCACCUUAGCUGGAAAUGUGCUCGAUAAAUGUUUCUUCUUCCAACAUGACUGAGGCGAUUACUUACUAUUGUACUAUCCUUGGUGUUAGACCUGAGGGUAACUGACUGCUGGGCCUUCAAAUCUCACUCUGAUUUUAGUCUGUCGGCCUGAUAAGUCCCGUGACGGUACAUUUUUGCUAUUUUAGCAUCAGUCAUCUGUGUGCUUUGAACGUACAGCUAAACAACUUAUGAUUUACAGCCAUCCAGAACCGCUCACACCCACAUCCUGACCAGUUCAUGCUAGGCAGCCAACCCAGUGCAAGCGUAGCCACCAAUAGAAAUACAUUCAAUUGCUUCUGGUUGGACCCCCUAACUUAUGUGACUGCGCAAAACAAACUCUUAGCCAUCGUGGGGUCUAACUUCUGUAAGUGGCGAAGACUCAUUCAUUACUAUUUAUGUCUGUUGAGACUUAGUUUGUGUGCCUUAAGAUUACAAUACGAUCAACAGGAGGCAGAUUUUAUUUUAAUGGGUUUAUGAAACAGUAAAUACCUCCAAAUGAAAUUCAACAAUCGCACUUUCAACAGUGAGUGAAUGACAGGAAGUGAGGCAGCAGCUGUGGUUGAUCGACAUCGAGAUAAAGCUGGUCAAGUGUGUUACGCUGCUUCUUUGAGUUUGAUGCGAUUAUAAAUAGACAAAUAAUUAAAGCUUUGACUGUUAGUUGUAAUUAUUCAUGAUGGAGCUCUUUAUCAAUGAUGAAAAUCCCAAGUUCCAGCUUCACUCAAAAGCUAAAUUGCUUUUAGCCUCAUCCUGCAAACACCAGCUGCACCUCACCUUUCCCAAUCGACACACAAGGCCUUUCAAAAACCUUGAGAUUCUUCCCAUUAUGUGAGUAAUAAACAGCAGGGCCAAGGACUCAGGAUUCGAAGGAGACAAAGAAAGAAGAGCAGGAAAGAUAUAGUAAGUUAAUAGGACAACACAAAAGCAGCUGUGACGCCAACCGACAACAAAGCUCAGAUCUGAGAGUCCAAGUCUGCGUGAGUACGGAGAUGGCAGCGCCUGCACUGGGUGACAGGCUCGAUCCAUUUGGCGCCGGCAAAGACACAAACACAAGCUGUCUGGAGGGAGUAAGGUAGACUUCAAUCAGCUAAAAGGUGAUAAAACAUAAUUAAUUCAAUCACCCACUCACUCUCACUCCCUAGCUCCUCUCCCCUUCUUCUCCCCCGUCCUCUGAGAGACAAGCAGAAAAAAUAAAAAACAGCAGUGCAUUCACAGUUCGGUUAGAAAAGCCUCCCUUUUUCUCUCUAUUUAUGCAGAACUCAAUAACAAGCCUGCAUUUGAUUCUCUGCAAGGUGGCUCACAAUGCAGCCCUUGCCAUUAAAAACACCCUCAAAAUAGAGGUUUUUAUUCGUACAAUGCGUGGCAAGACCCUCUUUACACUUCUGUCAUUAACUGUUAGACCUGGAAAAUGAAAAAUGACUAGCAGGAGAGAGAUAAAAGACUGUCUAGUGUGUGUGUGUGUGCGGGAUGCAAAGUAAACCACAGAGAGAGAGAGAGAGAGAGAGAGAGAGAGAGAACCAUUAGCGCUUUUCUGUACCUUCACACCCGAUGAUAGACCAUUAACACCCAAACCAGCCUGGCUUUGCGCUCGUCAGGGUCAAGUAGGCUGCGAUUACUCUACAACUCCACACUCCAAGUUGGCUCAGAAAAGAGGCUGAUAGGGAAACAAGCUUUUAGGAAUAAGAAAGGAGGAUGUGAUGGGACUGUAGCCUCCAAAACUAAGUUUACAUAAAUCCCUUUGUCAAGGAAAUGUUAUUUGUUUGUGGAGGCUGUAAAAACCUGAUGGGAGGUCAGUGGAGAUUAAGUAAACCUAGCUUUUUGUUCGUGAACCGACGCUUUAAGUCACUUAUCAGACUUUGAUAGAUCAGCAACACCUGAACCAGUCCAGGUGUCUGUAAAGUUUGGUAGAGAUGAAGCAGGGAUGUGUCUACAAGGGUCGCAAGGGGUGACACUGGCCCCCCUUGGAUUAGUCAGCGCAUGCAAAACCACCAAAUCAACCAUUAGGGUGUUCUCUAACAGUGAUUUUUUUUCUUCUUUUAUUGUAUUUUAAUGUCGCAAAUUUUUACUGAGACUUUGUACACCCGUCUUCUUUCUUAAAGGGAUAUUCCGGCGUAAAUUUAAUUUAGGGUCAAACACACUGUAACACCGAGUUAGACACUGCGUCGAGAGAUGAAUGUUGCUUCUCUAGUUAUACCAACUUUAGUAACGACCGCACGAUAGCAAUACACAGCGGUCUGAGGAGUCAUAGACAAACCUCAACCAAAACACCACUCUAUAGCCACAAAUAAUACUCAGAACAGCACCUAACUUCAUCAACAGGACAUAUAGGGUCACAGACAUAGUACUAGCCACCAAACAUCUUUUUAACUUUGCCUGAUUUCUUUAACAAAGAGACUAAACACAACUCACCUACUCUCUUCCAGCAGCCACUUGUUUGUAGCGAGACCUCAGGCCAGUCCAUUACGGACUACAGCGGGGUGACGCAGCUCAAGGAAGAACAUUUAUGAUCAUUUCUUCAUCAUUUCCCUGAAGUAAUAAUCAUCAUAUAAAUCAUUUUGCAGACGCGGUCGUUCUUCUGUCUUAGCGUCUCGGUCUGAUUGUAUUUCCAUUAAGAAAUUAUCAUAAAUGUUCUUCCUUGAGCUGCGUCACCCCGCUGUAGUCCGUAAUGGACUCACUUGAGGUCUUGCUACAAACAAGCGGCUGCUGGAAGAGAGUAGGUGAGUUGUUUUUCGUGUCUUUGCUAAAGAAAUCAGGCAAAGUUAAAAAGAUGUUUGGUGUCUAGUACUAUGGCUGUGACCCUAUAUGUACUGUUGAUGAAGUUAGGUGCUGUUCAGAGUAUUAUUUGUGGCUAUAGAGUGGCGUUUUGGUUGAGGUUUGUUUAUGGCUCCUCAGGCCGCUGUGUAUUGCUAUCGUGUGGUCGUUACUAAAGUUGGUAUAACUAGAGAAGCAAGUGGUGUGUUUGACCCUUAAUUAAUUUUACGCCGGAUUAUCCCUUUAAUAGAAAGUCCCACAAAAGUUACUGCUCUAUUUAGUCACUUUCUUUUCACUCUGGUGCAUUAUUACAUUUAUACUGAGGCCACCCCUGUCUGUGUCAAAGCCCCAGAUGGGCCAUUUCAUUAGUGCCAUGUCCCAUCUGUUUCCAUGGAGGAGGCAGGAUUGGGAGCUCCAGAAGGGGGAGCUCUGAGGGUUUUAGUUUCACUGUUAUGUCUCUGUUCUCUUGAGUUGGGUCUCCUCUGAGGAAGCGGCAGGAAAAUGAAGGAUCUGUGAAGAGGACCUGGCAGGAGAAAAUGUGACGCUGAAGUAGUGAAGCUUUAUUUUGCUCUCAGGGACUCAGGAGUGAGCAGGUAAAGUUUUAAAGUGCACCUGAGUGGGAGAGUAGAUGUUCAUUUCAAGCCAUACAGGCAGAAAACACAUAUAAAACCCUGAGAACUGGUGCACCUAGCGAAGCACCCCCCUGAGGCACUCAUCUCCCACAAGAGCAAGGUGUGAGAAAUGAGAACAAUAGCUGUUGAAGGCAGAGUCAUGUUUCAGCGCAAUCGCCGUAAUACAAGGCCGCUGUAUUCUGUCUCCCAUGACAACUGAGCCCUGCGCUUGAGGGAUCGGACAGUAUCACAGGAGAGGGUUUGUCCUUUUCAGCGCUAACCUGACCACGGUGCAGAGUAGCUCCUGGUGAUGUCAAGUGAGAAGAAUUUCUGAGGUAAACAACAGCGAGGCAGGAGAGGCUGCAGUGAAUCAAUAGGAGGCAGUGAGUUUUGGAGAAGGUGCUUAUUUACGCCUCUUUUUACCUUUAAGAGACUUUGAUCGUUCAGCUUUCAUUAGGCAGCACACGUACAAAAGACACGGCAGCUGUUAAUCCAGUAUCUUUUGAUUUGUCCGCUAGUUAUUAUUAACGUAAUGAGAGCGAUGUUUUCAAAUGAAAAGUCUAAUUUAAAGGAAGAGGCCUGCAGCGAACUUCACACAGACACAUUUAAAAACAUUUGAGAUACUUGUUUUCAGUGUCAAACCCAUUUAUUUUAUACUGGAUAAACCAACAUAUUAUUUCAGCUACCAGCCGAAGUUUGAGAUGCUAAACUUACAUUUGUUUUGAUAGGGCAUAUAUUUUAAACUGCCCUGAUCAGCGAUGGUUUUAUAUCCGUCAUGUGUCUGUGAAAAAGACGAGCAUCUACACAAAUUAAAACCCCAACAUGUAUCCAUGUAAAGUGGUGUUAAAAAGGUGAACAAGACUUUACAGGAAUAUUAAAUGUUGGCAUUUUCGUCUUGGUUCAGCUCUUCUCAUUUUUGGAUGAGGCAAAUAUGUGUCACAUGUGCGGUACACAAAACAAAGGAAAAGGACCCAAAAAUGUAGAACUGUGGAUUUAUUAAAGCAAAAGCAAAAAGUUAAAGUCCAACUAAAACUCAGUCUCAAAAAACACAAGAAGCAAAAUCCAAAAAAUCAAAGGAGCACUGGGGAAAAAAACACAAGGAAACAACUGGGGACACAAGCAUAUGCUGACAUCGACAUACACAGACACGAUGAACCAACAAGGACAGAGAGGAAGACAGGGACUUCGAGGAAACGAGCAACAGGUGAGGCGGAAGAUACACAGGUGAAACUCAUGAUGAACAAAGGAGGGAAAACUAGGGAAGUAAAACCAGACUAGAAAUACAAGGAAUCAACUACUUAAAAUAAAACAGGAAAUAAACACUGAAAACUGAUCUAAAUAACAACAACAAUAACAAUAAAAACUUUAUUUUUAAAGCACUUUUAAAAACAGAAGUUUACAAAGUGCUUUGACAAACAGUCGUAAAACACAGAACAUCAGCACAUGGACAUAAAAACAUAAAAAACAGAAGCUCAGUUAAGAACAAGGCCUCCGAAUUGAAGGCCAAUUUCAUUUGUCAUAAGAAACCCAGACAAUACAGGGACCCUACAACAUAAAAAAUGAGACCAUGAGGACCAAAAUAAAACAUGAAAUAGGUAAGAAAGAGAAAUGUCAUAAAAGAGGAAGAAAAAGCAGGAAACAGGAUAGUAAAUAUAAAAGGCAAUCUCAACAAUGAUAAUAAAAUCAUAACAAAAUAACGAUGGUAAUAGUAAUGGUAAAUGGAAUGACAAAAAUGAGCAGGAAAAAUCAAUAAAAACAAUCAAACAAGAGGCCUAAAAGGUUAAAUUAGAUUAUAAGAUUAUAAGUAAAACAAAAGCUAAAAGGACAGUAAGUGGAAAACAGUGAGAACAGGAGGGAAACAGGGUCCAACACAAACUGAAAACUCACAGGACUGGACUACAGGGGAACAGAAACACGAAGGAAAACACACAGAAAAUACACUUAUAUAACAAAACUAGGAGAAAACUAAAACAAAACAUAUCAAGACAAUAUGUUGUGAAUCAGCACCUUCGAAAUGCACUCUCUGGCUCUGCAGCUGUUGCACGGAUUGCAGGAUAGUCCUAACCCUGAUUAAAUAUUUCCAGCUAUUUAAAAUUAUAAAAGAAACUGACAUUUUGCCUCGGUGUCAACAGGCAGAGGUGAAAUAUAUAUAUCAUAGUUUUUUUACAUUAUUAAUCACUGAUCUGACCUUCAGAGUCAAAUAUUUAACACAACCUGGUUGCAUUUCAGUCACAGUAAACCCCCUCAUCCAUACUUGGGUAUAACUAACAUAGGCUAGGUUAGCAUAGGCGUAAAUGUUUGCGGCUAACAACUAGCAAAGAGAAGUCAACCGUCUAAAACAUAUUUAAAGCCUGGAUCCAUAGAAGACUAAACUCUGAACCUAAUUCACUUAUUUUAAUUUUGUAAGUGAUGAUAAUAUAAGUCUGAAAUACAUUUCUAGUUUUUAUUUUUGUUCACUGACUAAAGAUUUCUAGCUACUUAAAAUGCUAAAAGAAACCAAUGUUUAGUCAGAAGUUAAAUAUAUAUAUGUAUCGUAAUUUUUUACAAGAUUAAUCACUGAUCUGACCUUCAGAAUCAAAUAUUUAACACAACCUGGUUGCAUUUCAGUCGCUGUUAAAACCCUCAUCCUAACUUGGGUAUAAGUAAAAUACGCUAAAUUAGCAUAGGUGUAAAUGUUAGUGACUAACAGCUAGCGAAGAGAAGUCAACCGUCUAUGACAUAUUUAAAAGAAAACUUAAUUUACUUAUCUUAAUUGAGUUAGUUAUGAUAAUAUAUAACUCUCCUUGUAUAUUACCAGCUUGUUUGUCCAUUUUAUAGCAAAGAACCACAAAAACACCCAUUUAUUCUUAAAAAGAAAAACUCAGUCUGACUGAUUAACUUCAGCGUCGUUCUGCUUGUUUUGAAAGGUGAUGUCUUUCGCUGCUGGUUUGAAAGCUCAGCAUAUAGCUCUUUAAGAGAGUAUUGAGCGGACAAAUGGAAAAAAAAGAAGUCGUGUAAUGAAAACUUCAGCAGAUUGAUUUUGUGCCACAAAUGAUAAAUACUUCAUUUCAGCUCUCAUUAUCAUUCCAAACUCAUUUGACACAGAUUCCUUUCGACCGGAGAAGUUAGCGGAUGUAUUUUUGUUGAACUAAAAUAACACAUAAACCGUUUUUUGAUGGCUUUUUUUCUCCACCUGAUAACAUAACACUGCAUCAUAGUGUAAUGUAGCAUAGCAGGCAUGCAGGACAGCACAUUAUAAUCUCAUUAUGACUGAGUCAUUUAGUUUGAAUCGAGUCUUAUAAUCUUGUUUUCCAGAAACCAGGUCAAAAAUAUCUGCCAAUGGGGUGAUAUCAUUAUGAAUACAAUCAUGAUUUUGUCGUUGACCCGUUUCGCCUGUUAUGGGAUUUCCAAAGCUGCGGACUGGAGGCAGGUCACACGACACAGAAUCACCAGAAAUGAGGUUUGUUAAACAUGAAAAUGUUGAGAGAGAUGUUUUCCAAACCUCAGAUACAGUCUUUUGUUCCCUUCCUGUGCAGCAGUGGGUGAUUUUGCACAUCAGAAAAAGAGCUAUAGAGCCAGAGAGAAAGGGAGCAUAAUAGUUAGACAGACAGACAAUGAGACAGGGAGCGGAGGGAAAUACGGUCUCAGUGUGGAUAAUUACAUUUCUACCUUUCUCUGGCAGUUGCCUAGCCUUAAUGCUGGUAAUUAAUUUCAUUAUUUUGGGCCCUGGCUGUUGAGUGCAGAUUAGUUCUCUCUGAGUUGUGGGGAUAAACACACGGUAAUUGCUUAUUACUCUCAGAGCCCACAUUAGAUUAUACUAAAGCCAGCGAAUUAGAAAAUAUCCAAUCACCUUUAGCUAAAAUUCAAAACCUGCUGUUGUGGUCACGGCUUGUUUUCGUUUGUUGGGGACGUCUUUUCCUGCUUGCUGGACAGGAAAACUGCUCUGAACCGCUCCUGCUCUUACUGAACUGUUUACAACUUUUGGGUUUUUUUUUCUAAACAUGAAAAAAAGAAUCUUCCUCUUCAAAACAUUUGUCUUCUUCUUCUAUUUCAUUAAACUCACUGAGUCCUGGAGUCCAUCUUUCAAAUGUAGUACUUUUGUGAAGGUUAUCAGGGCAUCGCUGCCCUUUUUUCAGUCAGUGCAGGGUUAUAUUUAUACCCGAGGGUCGGUCACAGCGAACACAGUCCUCUCUUUCUGACUACUGAGCAGCAGCAGGCGGGGGAUUAAGUGCCAUGCUGAAGGGAACCUCAGUGGUAUUUGUUUAUCUGCAAAACCCAACUGAGAGUCGAGCAGCUGGACUCAAACCAGCAGCCCUCUGGCCACAACAAUGGUAACAAAAGGUGGCUAUUUAUUUUUAUUACCUGGUUGUUUACUGAGACCUCAUUGGAUGGAUGUUUCCAAUAUAUUUGAUCUAUAUCUAACUUUUUCCCGAACAUAGGUUUCCCAUCUCCUUAUUAUUACUUCUUGCAUAGCAGUCAGUCGAAGGCUAAUUAAGGAAAUUUACUGAUUGGUUUAAUGGGGAAAGUGCACAUUAAUGAAGGCGGGUAUGUAAAUGUGCCAGAUUGUGACCUGAGGCUGAUUUCAAUUGGUUGUCCAGGCGAGUUGAGGUUACAAAUAUGCAUAAAAAUCCAUAUUUACUGCAAAUACGGGGAGAAAGUCAAACAAUGAGUCAAAGAAGGUCAAAAAGUUUGCAUUAGGACCUCGGAGACAUGCAUGUACUGUCAGUUUCUAUGCAUCUAGCUCUAGCUCUUUUUAGGACUAAUUGUAAUCGCCAAUCAACAGAUAGAUAAGCUCAGCCUGUCAUUGUUCUGUAAUUGAGAAGUCUUUCCAAUCAAGCCAAACCUCCACAAGGUCUAUUUGCUGAAAAGUAAACCACCAAUCUGCUUUUCCCUGCGCCAUCUUCUGGGUAAAGUUGUGAAAUGCUCUUUUUUGUUUUACUCAAUAUUUAGAUACCAAAAAUGGCUUCUUGUCCACAAAAUUUCACGAUAAUUUGGAAUCGUGAACUUUACUCAAAUCCAAUUUUUUAGUUUUGGUCCCCAAUGCCAAUCAAAUGUCAGUGAUGGCCGUAACUUGUUUUAUAAAGUGGCGAAGCUUUAUAGAAAAAUAGUGCAAGAACCAAAAAGUAGGUGUCUGAAACUUGCACUGACUGCAAAUUUCUUGUUCCCUCUGUGAAAUGUAAUCAAAAGGCAACAUGAAGUUUCAGUGUAAUUUUUGUUUCGCCAUGUGAAGACCAAUCACUGAUCUAAACUUUGUUAGAAUCAGUCCAUCACUUGAACGCUCAAACACAACCAGAGAAAUCUUCAGUUCUCAGAUACAACAUUUAUUCAGGUCAUAUGAAAAGUAGUACAGUGCUGGACUCGGGAUGACAGAGCCCCUAGGAUUCUUGGGCAGGGAUUACCUUGGACAGAGGUUUGACUUAAACGCAACCGAGUGUCAUCAGCCAGUCAUCUCUGACCUGAACAGUCCAACAACUUUUCACGUGGUCUUACUAAAAUGUGAUAUGAAAUAUGUGUGUGUGUUGUUGACCUUGAGGCGUGUAACUACUGUAGCAGACCUGUCCAACAGAACAAAGAAAAGCUUUGUGGCUCAUCAGGUUCCUCCUUAUCAAGCUCGACGUCACAAUGUUCUGGCUAAAUAAAAAAAACAACCUGUAAGUUAAAUGAAAACACUCGUUGACUCGCAUGAAUUCAGUGAAAUCUAACACUAGCAAAAUAAAACACAAUUAUAACAUUUUUAUCUGCUUUUAUCAUCAUCUGUUUUUAAAAAAAGUCACUUUGAACUUGAGAUUUUGCAUCAGCCUGAAUAAGACAGCAGUGAACAUUUAAAAGCAUAACACACAGAAAAAUUAACCCUUCAGCUGCACUGACACACCUUUGAAACACGCUCACGCUUUGAUUUACAGUCGAGUGGUGACACACAUAUGUGAAAGAAAGUAGACCUGAAACCUGAGACUGUGCUCCAGGUUCGAGUUACACGGAUAUGUCAGUCAGGAGUCAGUUGAAAUGAGACCAUUUUAAAUCUGCACCACAGCUUGGUCUAACAUAAAAAUUAGAGCAUCAGGGUUAGGUUUACAGAGCGGAGGUACAUUUACUGUAAAACAAACCUCCUUUCGUCGCCAGGUAUCAAACUUUACACGUCUGUUGUGUUGUUUAACUCAAGUAUCCAUGUCAGGCCCGGGGCUCGAUGUGUUUUCACGUCUCGACCUCAAAGGCUGAAACCUGCAUGUCUGACACCAUAAGAACAGAAUCUACCAGAAAAGCACCUGAGAGCGCAGCCUGUCGUGAAUAGAUCAUAACUCAGGUGACGGGAUCUUCACACGAACACCUUUACAGGCCGAGGGCAGGACCCUAGACUUCGGAUCAGCAGAUUUUAAAAGAAGCAGAUUUUAGCCUGAGGGCUGCUACAGGCGAGAUAUCGGGGGUGUUGAUGUGCAGUUUUGUAAAAUUUUUAAAGCAAAACCUUAAAAAAACAAAAGUUAACCUGUAUUUGCAGUCUACUUGCUCCUGAACUCCAUGCAAAUUAUUCUCAGUAUUUCCCUCUAAUCACCUACGAGCUGAUGAAGCUAACGAAAGAAGCAUCUACCCACUAACUCUUGAAGACGCAGGUCAAGGUUUCAUAAAGCUUGACGCACUAAAGGGCGAAACCUACACAUGAGCUUAUAAGUGCACAUAACGUGACCUGACUCACAGAUCAAACACUCGCUUGUAAUUUCUUGCCGUCAGGUUCUCAUGGAAACGUAUGCAGAAUACAGCGUGUGUCCGUAGAGAUGCAGAGCGCUUUAGCAGCCUGACUAAAUUUCUUCUGAAGAAGUGGAGGAGCUCUCCCGGGAGGCAGCAGCCGGGCCCUGCCACUAAAGGUAAUAGGGUCAGACAGCUACACAUUAGCUGUGGAUCAUCUCCUUUGACACAGCCAGUGAUCUCACUGGCGGCAGAAGAGCAGAGCCCAUACCUGUACCUGCCAGGCAUAUCCAUGCUCACUGCAGAGAGAGGGAGGGUGGGGGGUGGGGAGUUGUUAAAGCAGCAGGAAGUGAGGGGAGCGCCUUUUCGAAUCCGAGGAUCCCAGGUACACUCCACACCUCAGGGACUUUUCAUGUGGUAUCACUGGCCCUGAAAGACGUCCUCGCACACUGGAACGGCACAAAUCUACAGAGCCGUGAGAGUCAUAGCAAAUGUGAUUUGCAGGACUUAAAGGAAUGGUUGAGGAUUGGAGAGAACGGUAAUUAGUAUGAACCUCGUUUCUAUGGUGAUCAUGGUCCUACAGCGCGAUCUCCACAAAGUGAAGAGAAAAAAGUACGGAAAAAAAACUGUUCAUCCUAGCAGGUGCAGGGGGCAAAAACAUUGACCAAUGGGAGCCAUCCGUCCCGGAGACCUUCUAUUGGUCGAUCUCCUGCUCCGGCUCCGUUUUUUUCAACUGCUUCUCAGAUCGUCAACCAGGACUUUAAAAUAGGGAGAGAAGAAAUUGGGAGAGAUUUUUUUUUUUAUGUUUACAAUUUUAAAAAAGAGAGAAAAAGAAAAAGUCAAUUAUAUCUGUUAAUAGAUUACUCAGCAACAUUUGCAAACAAAUGAAAAACAAACAAUCACAAAAACCUCAGAGAUGGAGAUCCUUCCAUCCAGUUUCUGCAGUAGUCUAAGCAGGCCAACUUAGACCUCCCUCCUCCCACCAACAUUUCCAACCUCCUCCUGUGGGAGUCAGAGGUAAUCUCAGGCCAGAUGGGCUGUAUAUAAUCCCUCUGGCAAGCUCUGGGUUUACCUCGAGGCCUUCACCUGAAACACCUCCAGAGGGAAGCAUCCAAGAGGCGUCUUUAUCAAUACCCAAACCACCUCAGCUGACGGGUCGACAGCGGGGUGACACAGCUCAAGGAAGAACAUUUAUGAUCAUUACUUUAUCAUUUCCUUGAAGAAAUAAUCAUAAUCUUUUUGCACUGCAGACGCAGUAGUUCUUCUACCUUAGCGUCUUGGUCUGAUUGUAUUUCCAUGAAGAAAUGAUCAUAAAUGUUCUUCCUUGAGCUGCAUCACCCCGCUGUAGUCCGUGAUGGACUGGCCCGAGAUCUCCAUACAAACAAGUGGCUGCUGGAAGAGAGUAGGUGAGUUGUGUUUAGUCUCUUUGCUAAAGAAAUUAGUCAAAGUUAAAAAGAUGUUUGGUGUCUAGUACUAUGGCUGGGACCCUAUAUGUCCUGUUGAUGAAGUUAGGUGCUGUUCUGAGCAUUAUUUGUGGCUAUAGAGUGGCGUUUUGGUUGAGGUUUGUUUAUGGCUCCUGAUACCGCUGUGUAUUACUAUCGUGCAAUAUCAUGCCAUCAACAGGGUGACUAACUCUUUGUUUUUGACCUUAAAUUAAUUUUACACCGGAAUAUCCCUUUAAAUCUGAGUAGCUUCUCUCAGAGAGAUGCUACUGCUAACUUGCUAGCUUCUGCUGCUUCUUCUCUGCUGUUAUCACUCAACCACACUCGUUAAUAUUACUUUAUCUACUUCUUGAACCACCGAGCCAGCAGUCAGCAUGCUCCAGGAGGGUCUUGGCACCACUUCCCCUCCUGCCACCUUCAUUUUUUAUUUAUUUUUUCACGGCAUUUAUGUGACUCCAUACAACUGACGAUUUAUGUUUUUGGCAAAGCAAGCGUAAACAGGCGCCUCGUCUUUCCCCGAACAUACCCACACUCGUGUUUUCCACCCGUGUAUUAUGUCAGAGGAGUUUGAGUCCUGGGAAGGCGGGUGGUCGGGCCAUUUCACUUCUCAGAAACAAGAACAGACCAGACUUAGAGAGCUGCCUCUCCCCAAGGCCCCUCAUUGGAACAAGACAAACACAAGGCCUGUAAUUAAAGAUGUAACAAAGGCUCUGUCAAUUGUCUCUCCUCUCUUCUCUGCCAGUGAGUCGGCUCACAUUGUUGCUCAAAGCUUAGUCUGGCGUGCUCCGUAUACAAGGCUAGGAGCGAAGGUUCAGCUGUCCUCACAUCCACUCGGCUCACCAACUCCUGAGAGAGGGAAAACAGCACUUGGGCUUCAGUGUCGUGCUUUUGUUUUAAGCUUCAUAAUAUCAGCCGCGGACAUAAUGAAAUCCUUCAAGCACGUAGUGAUUCAUAUUGCAUGAGUGAGCAGGUUGGGAUUUGGAGUCUCGCUCAAGGACACCCUGACGUUGAUGGACGUAUGCCGGCUGUAGAGGGAAUUGAACCUGUGAGCAGAUUUGAGUUUAUGCCACAAAAGAGACGGAGCUGCUUUUUAAGGCGGAAAUAAUCUCAUUGAUUAAGUCAAACCUCAGCGGGCAGAGCCAAAGAGCUGAUAUUUCACAGCGUGUUGAAGUACAUCUCAAAGACUCUGGUCAAAAUAUGAUUAUUUCUGACAGAUAUCUUUGGUUUUAUUCACGGUUGAGAGGAGAGCUCUUGAAAAGGAGAACCAUCAUCUCUUACCUUUGCAGGGAUACUUGGUGCAGAGCCAACUUGGGAAAUUUAGACAUUUUAUCGAUUAUCUUUAGAAACUUAGACUACGUUCACACUGCAGGUUAUGAUGCACAAUUCAGAUUUUUUGUUAAAUCCGAUCUUUUUGUGCGGUUGUUCACAUUACAACAACGAAUUCGGCAUCUAAUGUGAACAGAAUGCGUCCGUGAAGUGACCCGCAUGCGCACAAAGCACAAAUUGCUUUCUGUGCCCGUUUGUGUUGUCGAGGAAUGGUGGCGUUCGAAUGAAUGCACCUGAGCGUCCACACUGCAGUCACAUCGGAUACAUAUCUGAUUUAUAUCCACAUACAAAAGAGGCCUGUGUCGGAUUUGAAAAAAUCAGAAUUGCACUGUUCACACUUCCAUGAAAAAAUCAGAUAUGUCUCACAGAUGGUUAAAAAAUCUAAAUUGACCUGAACAUAGCCUUAGUGCCACAAAUGUUGGUCUCUAAUUUAUCAGAUUUCAGCUGAAUAAUGAAUUUAUUUUGACGUGUCUUUGCUGUGAGCUCUGGUUGUAAAUCAAAAUAUAAUCUUUGUUAACAAACUACCAAAAUAGUCGGGGUAGUUUCAUGCCAGACUAAUCAGAUUACUUUGCUGCAUUAACUUUUUAUACACUCUAAACGUUGGACAGGGUGACAAACUAGCCGUCGUGUUCAUCCAAUUGGACUCCUGACGUUUAAGCGUCGUCAUACCCGUCAGGUUGAGACUAAACAAACAAAGGUGACAAGUAAAAACACACCGUUUGCAGACGACUCUCUUGUUUGAUUUGCUUGACAUCUCAAGUACUUGAUGAUUAAAUUGUGCAAAACUUAAAAUGCUAAAUCUCCAAAAUUCACCAUUUAUCAGUCAGAGCCUUUAAAUAAUAUUGGUCUUAAAAGCAAAUCAAAACACAAGCUUUGAAAAUCAGACUUCCAGUUCUCGUGUGCUGCACGACAACAACACAUUAAGUCUCUGCGGUUUUGUUUACUGACAUUAAAACAGGAGUAUAAUUUGCAGGUUUGCAGCAUGCGUCACGGCUUACUCUGCUCUCUCGUUAAAAGACUCUGACACUUCCUGAUAUUCUGCCCCUAAUAUAACAUGUCACUCUGACUCUCUGGCUGCAGCAUCCCGGCUAAAUUUGCAGACGUCCCUUCGGUGAAUAUGGAGGUGUCACAUUAUCCCCGUUUUGUGCGAGGGGAAUGAAUUCUGGUUUAAUUUUCCCGCAGAUAAUGCCCAGAUCAGUCCUAGAAGUGUCACAUCUUCAAAAACUCAUUCAUCGCAGCGGUGGCGCUGACGACAAUUAAUUCUGACGUUAGGAGCUCUGGCCUGCUUUCUUCUACCUUCGCCAGUACCCGAUGUUUCCACAUUCUCGGGAUAGUUUCUGUCAGCUCCAUAAAUGAGGUAUUAAAAUUCUCCUUUGCUUUCUGUGGCUGUCUAUCCUGCUCACAAAUGACUCUCUUUGAGAAGUAACUGAUGGCGACGUUUCUCAGACGCCUCCGGAUUCUGCUUCAGUGUGGGGUUGAGCUCAGCGGCAGUCAUUAGAGCAGUCGGAGCGCCACGGCUGUCACCAACCCCUGGGCUGCGGCCUCGGUGUACGUUAAUAGGGACAUUAUUAAAUCAGCCACAAAAACAGGUGCCAGGUUUACUCUGAAUUAUAAAGACGCUUAAAUAUUUUCUCUUUUGAUGUUUCUGCAACAAAUCAAUCCGCCUGCGGUUCGAUAAAAUACAAGAUAAAGAGUUUUGCUUCGUGAGUCGAUGGAGUAAAAGCUCUCUGCGACUGUGUGAAAUCCUUUAAAAGUUUUUUCUCAGGUAAAAUAUGUGCAAGAAAUCUGAUUUGAAGCUUCCCGUCUCCAACUUUUUUGAAGAAGAAUAGUCUCUCAAAUGUGACAGUGGCGUUUUCCUCCCUGAAUAAUGAAACCGUAUAUGUAGGAGCCUCUCGGAGCCCAAACCUGAAAUUAAUUCUGGAUUUGAAAUUCAGACAGGGACAUUGUUUUAUUGAAAUUCGCAGAGGAACGGUGUUGUCUGUCGGAACGGAGAAAACCUCGACAUUACUUUGAUGGAUUGCAUCAAUUUUUGGGAAACUCUGAGGGUGACUCCUUUUAACUGUGGUGGGAUCUGAAAUUUGAUGAAAAAGUGCACCAUAAAGUUUCUACUGACAGGUUUGAACCCAUAUGUUCAUCCUCUGACUUCAAUAUGGGCUCAAAACACUAAUAGUGCCAAACAAGACCGCACAAUAAAAGCUCUGUGUUGUACCAAAUUAUCCAAGGUUGUUUUAGAAAAGUGGAUUUGAGUUACCGUACAGAAACAAGAGGUCAGAGUUAGCCAAAUGUUGUCCAUCAAUAAGUGCUAAAACUUGGUUUGUAAGUUGCAUUAAUAACUACUGGAAUCAGUGAUCUCAUGAAUUAGGAUGCUCAUGUCAUCUUCACAAGUUUUACUUCCUGCGGCAGCAAAAAACUGACUUUGAUUUAUUGUCUAUCGUUGUGCUAAAUGCAGAAAUCUUUAAGCUUGUCACAGUCAGCAAGAAAAUGGUUAUUUUAUUCCGAAAACCUAGUUAGAAGUAGGCUUACUGUGUACUCUUGGAUGUCACAUUUCUAUCAAACUGGCUGUGUAGCCGGAGGAGUUGCCCUCUGCUGGCCAUGGGGGAGAAUGCAGGUUUGAGACGCUUCAGAUUCAGAUUCAGACGACUCUAUUAAUCCCCGAAGGAGAAUUCAUUUCACAGUAACCCACCUUAUUAAACGAUUAAGGAACAGACAAAUAUCAGACAUUCACAGCAGCAUAUGCCCCAAACACUCCACUGUCAGCACCAUAAAUCAGCAAUAAAUAAAUAAAUAGAUAAAUACAUGUGCCUCCAUUUAGGAUUCAGUUUUUCUUGUUUUUUACAAGUGAUUUUAGUCUGAAAUAAUUACCCUGCAGGGGAUCCCAGUCAGAUCUGCACCUUCAUAGAGAAACUGGAGACUGUUAUUGUAGAGGUCAAGUGUGAAGUUUUUACUCGACAGUUUCACAAACGAUCAGAAAGACCGGCACAAACACAAACUUUACAGUCAGGAGGGUUGGUAGACCUUUACUUUUUCAGUCAGGUAGCCACUUAGUCUGAGCUCUACUCACCCAAUCCUUAAAAAAAGGGAACUAACCCUUUAAAAUACCCUUAACAUGACUGUAGAAUCAGGGAUUAUGUCAAAUUUGGUCACUCAAAGCAAAAAUUCAGUGAUCCAAACUGAGUUUACACUACAGUUUAGGACUCCAGUUCCUGGAUUAAUCCCACCGCUUUAAGACUGAUUUUGAGAAGAAGAAAAAAAAAACAAUUUACUGAGCAGGUACAUUUAAAAAUUAGUUUUUGAGCUUGUCGUCUUCUAGCCUUUCCCUCUGUAACACUGGUGACAGUUUAACAGCUGUUUAAGACCUUUGCUGGGUUAAUAACUCAUAAAUCCACCUCAGGUUUUUGUUAACUUGUUCCACUUAUGAUCAAAACUGCGGCACUGUAGAGAUGAGCGACAGCUGGCCUCGGUCAAGGCUGCAGAUAAAUGGCGCCAUUUGAUAAACUGAAGUAUGAUUCAGACGUGUUAAAAAGAAGAAAAAGAACUAAUUUUGGUGCUAAUGAACAUUUUUGAAGAGUCAAAGAUCCUUUUCUGGGUCAUCUCUUUGCAUUCAGAGGCCGCCAACUGCAUCCACAUGCAUAUUAAAUAAACACGUGAACCUUAUAUCAAGCAGUCACCAUCAUGGGACUGUUCAGCAUAAUCACAGGGAGCGCAUGCAAGAGAAAGUCAUGUUCUCGGGUAAAAAGGGUUCACCAAGUAAGUCCAAGUUACUUUGACCUGCAGGUAGCAUGUUUUGAAGAUUACAGCGUGUGGCGAAGCAAAGGCUUUGUGCAUUUAAGACCUUGUGGGAUGAACGGGUCCUUUGUAGCUUUUAGUUGCCAGGUGACAGUGGAAAAAAACGCAUUUUCCUCCGCACAAUUCAGCCAAGGAGGCAGUUACAGACCCUGAGGGUAAGACUCCAGGUGGAGUUAAUAACUAUCAUAAUUGAUUUUUUCAUGCACCGGUAGUUUAGGAGUGGUUUGCCAAGAUUGGCCAACAGCUUCAUCUGCAGCGCAACACAAGUGGGACUUCUCGGGAGAUGAUUAUAAUGGAGCGAACCGUGUUUCUUUAGAUUUGUCGAAAAGGGGGAAAGAAACUUUUCUAACCUGUAGCUUUACAGGAAACAUAUUUCUCCCGUCCAUGCUGAGGGAAGAGGAGUGGCAGACCGAGCUGUUUGAACCCCCUCUGAACUAUCCCUCCCUCUGAUCACUGGAUCAGCAUGGCUCUACAAACACACAGAAACCAACAAAGGAGACAUUUAUCCUGUGUGUGUUUGUCUGUGGUUAGACGUGGCUGCCUGUGCAUACACCCCCAGCAUACCAAACAUGUAAUGGAGCACGCACACUCCCCCUAAUUGUUAUUCUGUUGACUUUGCGGAGUGGGGGUAGAGACUUAGAGGCAGCCCAACAUGCUGAUAGGAGACACGUGUUCAUGCUAUAAAGGUAUGAGCCCUUUUAAACCCCCGAGAGUGUGUGUUUUAAGCUCCUAUUUUGCUCAGUGCGUGCCACCUGCAUACAGAUCCUGCAAAAGUUUGUAAAGAAGAAGAAAGGCGCUGAUUGGAGCAGUUUCUGUGCAAAGACGAGUUAUUCAGUUAUUGGCACAGGACGUACGAGGCUGGCUGAAAUUUUCAGUUUUUGUAUAAAAAAGUAAAAACAUUUAAAAAGUCGCUGAAAAAAAUAGAUGAAAAACUUCUAACAAAUAACAUGAAUUUUAAAAAGAUAGUAACAUGACAGGGAAUAAAAAGUGCACCACUUUGUGAGAGACUGUGUGUUCAAAAAGCGCAAUAAUUUCAAAGUGUUUAGAGUAAAAUUGUGAAAAAUUGAGGAUUUCAUCACAUACGUAUAAUUUUGCGAUAUUUUGUCUGGUGAUAUAUCGUAUCGCCUCAUUAACCAAGUGUCGAUUUUUUCAAAUUAAUUCCUCAUAUGAAGUCAAAUAUAUGAUAAUGGAGAAAAUAAAAUCAACUGUUUGUCCAAAGUCAGUACAACAAAUAUAUAUAUGAGGUUUGCAAGAUGUGCUACAUGAAAAUAAAAUACUGUGUAAAUAAGACAAACAUAGAGGAAAAACAAAUGCUAAAUUAGCUCAACAGUGUAAAGUUAAAAUGUGUAAAAAAAAAAAAGUGUAAAUACUGCAGUACUCGCUGUUUUGCAAAAUGUUAAAAAUCGCAAUAAUAUCGUAUCGUGGGGCUAAUGGUGAUUCCCACCCCAAAUGCGUAUUAUAUAGUUCAAAAUAUCCUUAAAAGAUCUGGAAAAUCUUGAUGUUUGUUCUGGAUGACUGUGAUCUUUGGCCUUUAGGUGGAACAGCAUCAAAAACAGGCACAACUCUGCAGUGGAAGUCACCGCAUGGGCUCAAAUUCGCUCCCACAAACCACUACAUGUGAACACAGUUUGUAAAACUUUUUAUCUUUUUACUGUAACGGUACAGUGUCUUUCAAAUCACAUUGUUGUUUCAAAUGAUCCCAUACUUCGACCCUAUUGGCUGCUCUAACUGCCAAUCAACACCAAAGAGAAGCCCCGCCUUUGUUCUCACUUUGAAAAUCUGUGGAGUGAAACUCUUUCCAGGGUUCUCUGAGGUGAACGAGGUCAGGGAAAAACAGAUUUGAUGCUUCUGGCUGAACCGACUCUUGAGUGGGAUGUUAUUUUUCAUUUGGCGUAACAUGUUUUUCUUUCUUUUUGCUUCAUGCCUUCAUGUUUGCUGUAUGUAAAUAAUUAAGCAGGAAUAACCCAGCAGACAGACGACAUAUAAAAGCAUUAAAUAUUCAGUCUUUCCAUGUUCUGCGUUCAUUUGUGUUUGCUGCUUGCGUCGGUCAUAACAUAUGUGGUCCCCUUUUAAUUCCUACUUCAAAAGUUACUUUAGUCUUUCAUUUAUGAUUCAGCAGACAGGGUCACAGGCGGAGAGAAGGGGGUUAUGGGGAAUGACAGGACGGGGAGGGGUAAAUAUCAGAGCACGGCACACUGUUUCUGAGGUUUGUGGUCCUGCUGCUCAGAGGCCCCCACGUCUCCUCAGCUCCUGUCAGCUCAUCAAGGCCAAGUCCCUGCCUAUCCCCGGUGGAAAACCGCAUCAAACAGCCGGGGGAGCCUUUUAUCCCAAACAGAACGCCGCCCCUCGUCACAGCGGAGGCUCUGCAACAAGCUGCACGCGCACGCCAAGGAGUUUAACACGAUGGAGUGAAAGUCGAUACCCUGCCGAGGUGGCGAAGCUCCGACACAAGAGGGGGAAGCGGUGGAAAGGUCACCGGGAAAAGGGGAUCUUGAAAGACACAGCUUGUCUGAGACAAGCGGGGAAGCCAGAUGAUACCAGGCAGGCAGUUAAUGUCACGGUUCACUCUUUCGACCUUGUGCCAAUUCCGAUGUCUCACAAUUAAGGCCAAACAUCUUCUUUUAGUCGUCUCCACCAAUUACUGCAAAGGUUACCGCUGCAGAUGCUUGGGUAUACAACCCCCCUUUUACAUGUGUGCAAUGACAUCCCCAUCUUAUUUGGCUUCAUUUUUCAACCUGUAGCCAAACUUCGACAUGAAAAGGCUUGACUGCGCACGCCCAGAGACACAGAAGAGCUCUUUGUACUCAGGCUUGUUCUGCUCCAUGCCAUUUUUAAUCUCGGGCAGAAGGAAAGAGAGCUGCUCCUCUUAUCUUAGAUGACAUGGAGGCUUUGCUCCCCCCCCCUCUCUCUCCGCCGCUCCCUCUUCAUCUCCUUCUUCUGAAACAUAACCCUCUUUCAUGCUUUCCCCUAGUGGUGGUUGUGGUGGCGAAGUGAUACACUGGAUGAGUUUUUGUUGAGGUUAUCUAGUCUGAAGGCGGUUUCUUGAUAAGUCAGGGUGAAGAAGACAAGAUGAGGAGAGGAGUAUUACCUUCAUGGGCUGGUUUUUCAUUAAGGCUGCUGCUGCACCGAGCUGUUGUCAUUAUUUUUAAUUACCUUGGAUUGGAUGCACAGCACUAUGAAGAGCUUAUUUAACUUUCACUCUAAGGAGAGAGAGAGAGAGAAAGUGGACAACGUGGAGAAAUCUUUUCUUUCUCUGAAAUCUUCACGGCAGUAAAACAGUGACCCGGACGGUGUUUGAAGUAUUUUACAACAAAUGCCUCUUUACUUUUACAUCGCACCACACAGCGGCGUUACAUUGGAGUCCCAGUGUGUGACUUUACGGUGUCGUAGGAGCGUUAAUGGUGCUGUGGGAAAACAAACAGGCUCAGCUUCACAUGGACACACACUCAGGGACUCUGGUGAGACAUUUUCACCAUUUAGGACAACUUCGCCUCACACUAUCAACAUUUCACUCCGUCUACUCACUUAUUUGUAGAUAUUUUUGCCUUCGUUGGGAUAGCCAGGCUAGGUUUUCUUCAAGUAAACUGAACAGCUUGUGUAAAUUGACUAAGAGUAGCAGUAAUUCAGCUUUAACAGUACACAUGUAGAGGUAGUAUGCAGGGGUUAACCCUCCAACCACCGGCGUAGGUACCAGAUGUGUUCAUGCUGCCAGAUUGGCCCGACGCCGAUCGAUAACGUCACGUUAUAGGCCCUUUGGAUGUCCCUGCCCGGCCCUUCGUGAGGUCCAUCAAUCAAAUCAUCAACAUGCUAUAAAAGUGUGUUGCUUUCAUUUUGAAAAACUAACCGUUGUUUUAUUUUCGUUUGGACGCACGUGCAAAUGCCGAGUGGAAUUGCCGUAGUGUGACGUCUUUAACUGGCGCAGGGCCCCGGGCCAAUCUGGCAGCCCGAACACAUCUAGUACCAGCAUAGGGUUCGGUACACAGGUAGGCAGUCACACAGGCAAAACUCAGUCCAUAAACACAAUCAAAUUUAAAACAAGAAGACAAACAAAAGGGAAACGUUUGACACAAAGGAACAAGAUCAAGUGGCACAGAAGUGAAAGAAGGCGGAGCUUUAAUACACACAGGGAGUGGAGAUAAUUAGACACAGGUGGACCAGAUUAGGGCGAUCAGGGAGCAGGAAGUCACAGACCUGAAACAAGAGACACUGGUAGGUUUCAAAAUAAAACAGGAGGGACAUAACAAGAAACAAUAAAUUAACUGAACUAAACCAAAGACAUGACAGGUGCUCAAUUUGAAAAUAAAAAUUCAACACAAGAAAGUUUUGAUCGUCUGCUUUUCUGUGUCUGGAUCGGAUAUGAUCAGUUCAGGCGGAUAGAGAGGUUGUCUGUUACUUUCUAGGUUAAAAAAAAAAACAGCUUAUGUUACUCUUAAGACGGUCAUGGUUUAAUUGAGAGGAUCUACGUCAAGAGAGAGGACAUGUAGCUCCUAACAGCCAUGAAAUCUGCUUCCUAAUGAAGACCUGAACGGCGUGGUGGAACAAGGUGACAGAACAAGCCUCGGCCUUUAUAAACCCACAGCCCUCAACGUUAAAGAAGGCGUGUUUGAUCCGAUGCGUGAAAGCACCGUGUCCCUAUAACAUGCUCCAUAUUAUCGCCAAACUAAAGUCCAGCAAGCACGCAGAACAUAACUGUAUCCAAUCUAUUUCUACGCCGGAUCUGGGUCUUUGUAAAGGGACCCGUUGGGACUUGUUUUCCAGACCUUAAACUCAGACAGAAGCCCUAUAGGUUCAAUUUGUUCUGCCAAUUAUUAUCCCCAGCUCUGCCACAGUGAUGGAAGGUGCCGUUCAAUGGGUCUGAAUGCCACCGUCUCUACGGCCCGCCCCGACAAAGAGGGAGCCCCCUGCCCUUUUUUUUUUCAGGGGUCCAGUCAAGCAUUCGCUGACAGAUCGGCUGGGGCGCUAACCAGUCAGGUCUUCAAAGAGACAAAGAAGACAGGGGGAGACGGGGGGCGGCGGCGAAGAAGAAUGACCUGCCAAAUGAGAAAGAAGACAUAUUGAAAGGGACAGAGAGGGAGAAAGAAAAAAACAUAUUGAACCGAUGGAAAAGUGCAACCUUUUGACCAUCUGGCUCAGUGGGUGACAACAGCCCCUCAUCUGUAUUUUUAGAGCUGUACAACUCACCAAAUUACUCUGUCAGGAAGAUUAAGGAGAGUCAAAAGGCUGUCGAGUGGAAAAAAAAAGGGCUGUGGAGAGAAGAGAAACUUAAAGUCUGGAGCCAAGUCACUUUAUUUUGACGAAAUACGAAAUGUGACAAGUUGGAAAAAAAAAAAAACAUUUUAAUGAAGCUAACAGCAAAGAUGGUGAAGUGAUGGAGUUCAAACUUUUAUGUGGACUGAUACAGAUUGCUUAAAUGUGUAUUUAAGGCGUUUGACUCCAGUUGCAGUUCCUUAAGUGUCCACUGGGGCUGGUUCUAAAAGUCAAAAAAUCCCCAUUAGGUCCCACAUUAAAAUGUUGAUUUUUACACAUGUUUACACAAGAUUUCCACACGUUAAAAGCUGAGUACAAAAAAUAAUUUGGGGUAUGAUGCUCACACUUAAAGGGAUAUUACGGCGUAAAAUUAAGUUAGGGUCAAAAACACACUGGACUGGCCUGAGGUCUCGCUACAAUCAAACAGCUGCUGGAAGAGAGUAGGUGAGUUGUGUUUAUUCUCUAUGCUAAAGAAAUUAGGCAAAGUUAAAAAGAUGUUUGGUGGCUAGUACUAUGGCUGUGACCCUAUAUGUCCUGUUGAUGAAGUUAGGUGCUGUUCUGAGCAUUAUUUGUGGCUAUAGAGUGGCGUUUUGGUUGAGCGCGUGGCUCUCUGUAUUGCUAUCUGCGGUCAUUACUAAAGUUGGUAUAACUAGAGAAGCAAGCGGUCGGCAACAUUCAUCUCUCGACGGGGUGUCUAACUCGAUGCUACAGUGUGUUUGACCCUAAAAAAACUGCAGUUCCUUAAGUGUCCACUAGAGGCUGACUCUCAAAGUCAAAGAAUCCCCAUUAGAUCCCAUAUUAAAAUAUUGAUUCUUUACUGAAGAAUUUUACAUGUUGACAGCUUCAUACUAAAAAUAGUUUUGGAUAUGAUGCUCACACUUAACUCGUUCAAAACAUGGAGGUGAAUAUGAGCGGAGCCCCUGCUUGACCGCUAAGAAAACCCCCUAGCUCGCCCAGGUGACAUUAUCUAUCGAGUUAAUUCUACGGACAUUAUCUAACUUGAAAAAAGGGAACUCAAAUCUUUUUACAUUUCAGUUCAUGCAUCGAUGAGUAGAAUAAAGUCGCCUCCCUAUCACCAUUUUUCAGGAUUGUAAAAAAAAAAAAAACUCUAUAAAAUGAAAAAACAGAAAAUAAGAAGCGGCGCAGCGGCCCAGAACCUUUCUUGUUUCUGUGUAAUAUAUUCUCAUUUCUGUUUAAACAUGCUUCACUUCAUCUCCAAUAUGAUUUCACUCUCCCACUCCUUCUCCUCCUGGGGAGAAAUAUGCAAGAGACUGAACUCUGAAAAGCUCUUUUUGCUGCAUUAAUUCUGUGAUUGCUUAAAUGAAACACUGCUAUUUUCUCACUCGCUGCUAAACAGGGAUCAGAUCUGCGUGACCAUGACUAAUCUGCCGCUGCGCUUUUUGUGCGUAUUGGCGUGCACCUAAUUUUUCAAGAUCUUUUUGCCAAUUUGGGAAACUAAUUGCUUUGACUCUUACUGGGCAAGCGGGGGGAAUAUAAUGCAGUUUAAAGCUUCAUCUUUUGUGCCCAUAAAUCCCCGCGCAGAUCCAGCCGUGUACGACGCCGGCUCAUUAAAAUGCAUUAGGGCAGGUUCUCCGGCCUUACAGGGAAGGUGGUUUUUUCCCCCUUCAGCCUUUGCGUUUUCUACUUGGCUGGUCAGUGAUCCAAGCACCCUGCACCCCCAGCAAUUUCAACACCCACACUCCAGAGUUUUCCUCACCGUGCUGGUCACUUUAUUCAUUUGCAAAUACCCAGAGAUGAAAUGAAUUGCUUCUGCGGUGCGUGCAGGCGCCUUUUCCUCCACUGCUUCCUAUCCACUUCUUCUGCUCUCAUUCCUCCACGCUUUACUUGCUUCCACCCCCUCCAACGCUGUAAUUUCACCCCCAAUACUGCUGUCAAUCUACCCCCCUACAACUCCCCCUCUCUGCUCUCCUCAUUUCUCCACCUCUUUGCCUUCACAUGCCAGCGGUUGUAGCUGGAGGAGGCCGUCCCACUGAUUGUAAAGAGAGGGACAAUUGCUCCUUUAGCCUGAUUGAGCCCCGAGAUAGGCAACACAUUGGAUGAAGAGAGCGCAGACGGCAAAGAGAGGCAGGAAACUCCAGGAACAGAUAGAGAAGACAUAAAUAUAUGUGUAUUUUUUUACAGAUUCAGAGAGAGGGGAAAACUUUACAAAGAGGACAGUGAGAGAGCAAGGUGACUUUAGGGAAGCUGAUGCACUGCAGGCAGUCGCUUUCACAACUUUUACAAGGCAAAUUUAGCAAGCGUGCAGGGAAAAGAAGAACAAAGAGAUAAAAGAGGAGGAAGAACGAGUAUUUUUCACAGAAGAAGAAGAAGAAGGGAGGAAAUGGAAUAAAGUUGAAAAGGAAAAAAAAGGUAAGGAGGGGAAUUUCCUGCUUAAAAAUGAUCCUUGACUUUCACCAGUCAUGUUUUGAAAAACAACCGUGAAACGCCAAUGAGAGUCUCGGGCUGCAAACAGGAAACAGUGAGGAUGAUUUAAGCGUGGCUGGGGAUUUGUCACCUGGAAGUGAGCGCAGACACGUGGUGGGAGCGGCAUUUCCCCACUGAGCUGAAUCAAUGCUUGAUUUUUCAUGUGUUAAUUGGUAAACAGUGUUCAGGAGGACAAACGCUGCACAUCAGGCUGUCAAAAGUAGGGCACGGCGGUGAUUCAGGAGGGGGUUUUGUGGCACGCUAAGAAACUUUUGUGAGCAGGAGAUCCGAUUCUCGGCACGUCUGCUCUGUCACUACUUCAAACAAGUCAUGCUGAAGGAGAGGAAUGCCUAUCUGCCUUUUACGGACCUCUGUUUGGCAUUCAGACCUCGCUCCUCAGCCCCAGCCAAGGUUCUGGUUUCUCGAGAUGAGGACAGAUUCAUUUUUUUUCCCCGCUGUAAAACCCAUUAAGCUAUCGCCUGUCUUGUAAGCUCAGCCCGCGGUAUAAGACGGCAGAUUGGCAGGUGUGCUCUCGCCGGGGCAGACAGACUUUUCUUGCUAUUAUCAGUGUCAGCAUGAGGCGCUGAAGGAUCCUGUGAAAGAUGAGCGUUGUGAACAGGCCUCCGUUUUAACAACACCUUUCAGCUUUCUCUGCUGCCUCUUGUAGGCUGAGAUAACUUAAAUGACACUCCGGCUCGGGAUGCAGGUUUUAAAAAAAGACCAGCUGAAUCCACGUGAGGAGGGGAAACUCUACGUCCAGACUUUCAUAAAAGACGAGGCUGCUGGGUGACACUGAUUGCAAACUUCUUACUCAUGAUGCUCAUGCGUAGUGACAUAAUUUCCAUGCACCAGUGCUUGGGAUGAAUGCCAGUUUGUGUGAUUCAAUUUCUCCCUAAAUGACGAGGCUGCUUUUAUCGAUGAAUGUGCAUCCAAGGCGGAGGCGAAGGGCAGCGAAAUGAGUGCAAAGUUGGAGCAGGAAGAAGGAGUGUGUUUGUUGUGGGUUGCAGGAACGGGAGUAGAGCAAAACUUCUGAAGCUCAGCCAGCCCAUGAAGGCAGAUAGGGAGCAGAGGGAGGGAGGGACGAGUAAUUAAAAGCACCUUACAGUAAAAUGAGCCGCAGGGAGGGAGACGCUCGUCACGGCACAGCGGUGGCGGCGCACACAGCGGUGCAUGCAGCUGCACACGCCACGGCCCAGGGAGCUCCCCACAAUUAAAGAGCUCGGCGUAGGCAGGUUCAAAGCCUGCACCAUGCCAGCGUCCCUGUCCUGAGGGGGGGCGAGGACGGAGGAACGAGGACGAAUAGAGGAUAGCACUGACAACCCAGUGUGCAGGCAUGCUGUGUGUACACAGAGGGCUCGUAUUUAUACACACACACACACACACAUACACACACACAAACAGCUGUGUGAUGUUGAGAGUUCAGCCAGAAAACUCACCUCACUUUCAGACGGUCUGGUUCUUUGAAGGCUGCCUCCGCUCGCUGAGAAUCGGCUCAUGAAACCGGGUCUUUGCUCCGGGCGGCGAUGAUAUAGAAACGAGAAGACCUGGCUAUCUCAUUUUAUCUGUUACAAACAUAAAACAAACCAGAGACCAAGACUUGAUUAAAAACAAGUUCACAAAGCAGCAGAGCCUGAGUUUAAUCACACAAACAGGCAGGUAGAUAAAGAUUUGUAGAAACUUCAGGUUUAGUUCCUCUGUUGCUCCUGGAUUAUUUGGAGCUUCUGUGGAGAUAGUUUAGUUUAAAGACAAGUGUUGCACUGUGUCGUAUAAUUUUGCACCUUAUUGAACCACAUCAUUUUCAUGUAUCGUAUCAUAUGAUUCAAUACAAUAUCAAACCAAUCCUUCUGUAUCUGUCUGUAUUAUAUCUUAUUAUACCAAAUCCUAACAAACGGGUUUACAGCAUAUCCAAUCUUACUGAAUCAUAUUGUAAACAUAGACUGCAUAUAGAAUGGACGCCAUCUGCCUCCUUUCUGGGUGAAGCUACCGCAAGAACAGCACCCUCUGGUGACGGGCUGCAGUAUAUGUCAUAAAUCCCGCCUCCUCCAGCAAUCCCUAUGGAGCUGUAGGCAAACUUUAUAAAUUAAUUACGUGUUUUCUAUGAUUGAAACUUGAUACAGCCUAUGGGCGUACGAAGAUUGCGUAGCUCACCCGGGGCACUUUCGGCGACUCUCCUGCCGAAUGCGCACAAUGUUACUGCGCAAGUGGUGGUCCCAGGAAGUGGAGAAAAUCCCAGAAUUCGGGAGCGAUUCGGCUUUAAAUCCGUAAAAUGACGUAAGUUGGAGCCAAGUUGUCCAUAGUGUACAGUAUACAGUCUACGAUUGUAUCCAAUGAUCAUCACAUGGUAUUGUACUGUAUUCUCACUGUAUCGUAUAGUACAGCAAUGUGUCACAUGGUAUUGUAUCCUGUUAUAUUGUAUUUUUUUUGUUUUGCAUCAUAAUGUAUCAUAUCAGAAAGUAUCUUAACGUAGCACAUUGUUGCAUCGUACCGUAUCUCACUGUAUCGUAUAGUACGGCAGUGAGUCACAUGGUAUUGUAUCCUGUUACAUUGUAUUUUAUCAAAGGGCUUUGUAUUGUAUCAUAAUGUAUCUUAAUAUAUCAUAUCAGAACGUAUCGUAACGUAACACAAUGUUACAUUGUAGCGUAUCUCAUUAUACGUUACAGUCGUACUUUAUUCUGUUUUGCAACUUUUUUCAACGGUUUGUUUUACUAAAAAAAAACUUAAGUUGGCAUUACUUUAAAACUUUCAAGUCCUAAUUUCACGCUACAGAUAACUUAUUUUCCUGCAAAACUAAGUUUAUUCAGCGUCUAACAUGAGCUAGACUUUUCAAUAAGUGUUUUCAAUAACAGCUCAUAUACAGGUAGCAAAGACUCAAGACGCUAGACCAGUAAAAUUCGAGGACCUCUUUGUUCUGAACAUCCCCCUCAUGUUCAUAAAAAGCACAUGCUGUACAAACCAGAGGCCAAGCCCUGUUUUGAAGAAGUUGGAGCAGCAGCAGCAGAGUCUAAUUUAAUUAUCUGAAAAUAAACAGAAAUUAAAAAUACACUCUUGGUGCGGGGAUGCUGCUCGUCACGCUCAGCUCUUGACCCGGGAAGAGAAAUUAGAUUCAGCUCUGACUCUCCUACAUUUUGCAACAGGCUUAUUGUGCUCGGCUUAUUUGGAGACACUUUCUCAGGCGGGGGGAUUCUGCUUCUUAAAAAAAAAGUAGUCAAAGUGCAGCCAUGCGAGUUCUCAGCCGCCGGGGUCGGAGAUAUGCGCAGCCUUGGUGGUGGCGUCACUUUCCAGCGUGCAUAAUCAAUUGUGGUUAACAAAUUGGCCGUGACGUUUUGCCCUGCUGGGGUGGGAGGAUCCCUUUUUCAUGCUUCCACCCAGUUUUUAAGGACCUUUUCCACAGUCUGGGAGGCCUCCUUUAACAGAGGAGGUGAGUGGAGCACAGACAUGGCCACUGUGAAAUUAACACUUAAUAAUGCUCCACAUAGCACCUAAACAGGGCUGAACCAUGCUAAUGUACCACACACCGAGAUAGCCCUCGGUAACCUCUCUCAGGAAAUGGAAGUUUUCAGGAGCAAGAGGUCUGAGCGAGGCGCAUUAAAACUUGAAGACUGGAACUAAUGGUGACAAUCAAGUAAUCAUUUGGUCAAUUAAAGGUCAGACAGAGGUGGAAAACAUCUUGACAUUUUCCCAAAGCCUCGGAUGACGUCUGAUUUUUGGCGCCAACCUGUAAAAAUCCAAAACUCUUGAAGUGUGUAGUAAUCAAAGUCACAGAAAUGAAAGAUAAUCAAAGUCUGGAGAAGAUAAAAUGAGAUAUUACAUGAGAGAUCAAAAAGUACGUAGCAGUAGUUUGUUUGUUUCUGGUGCAUAAACAUGGUGUUUACCAAAUCUUACAUUUUCACUGCCCACACAACAACCAUUAAGCUGUUCUUUUCAAAAACCUCCAUCCUCCAUAAACUCUGAUACAUGUUGACUAGAACCACUAAGCAAUAGACGGCUAUAAGACGUCUAUUAAACCGUCUAGAUUCUUAGAAUUUAGACGUUGCACUUUAAUCCAUUAUUUGAUAACUAUUUAUUUCAAAAAGCAAAUGUGAGUUGCAUAACUGAACUUUGUCCAAAUUUAGAUGUCUCAAAAAACUUUCAUUUUUAGACCAGUCGUCAAGGCUACAUUAAGAUAUCUUUUAGACCAAAAAAUGCUCAGUGAGGAGGUCAACUAUAUUUCCUAAAUUAGCCUCAAACAUGUGGACGCAGUCUUUUUUAAAAACUUCAAAACAAGGCCAUAAAUGUGUCUGUUUGUUGCUGUAGAAAUAAACAUUUUAACAUAGGUGUCAAUGGAGAUGUGUGACUUUUGGGACCUGCCUCAAGUGGACACUCAAGGAACUGCAGUUUUAAAUACUUUGUGCACCAUAUUUCUACAACAAACAAAGAUCCUGGACAGCACUUAAACUAAUCACGCUAAUGCCAAUGUGUGAAUUAAGACCACAAGAGGCCUCCAUGUAGGACCCGGGUAUCACUUUUUCGUGGAUCAGGGUUUGAAGGACCUUACAAAGCGUCUUAAAGUCCAAGUUUGACGUUUUUAAGUGAAGUAAAUUAGUCAUGAAACAGAAAUGAAAAAUCUGUUUCUGACUCGAUCUGUGAAUCUCCGGCUCAUUAAUCCGAGCAGGUGGAUUCAGCGAGGUCGCGCCCGCCGCCUCAGCCCAGUGGCGGUUCGGUCAGUCGUGCCGUCGCAGGUGUUUCUUGUUUGUUUUAGAAAGACACAUCCACCUCUCUCUCUCUUUUUGCGUGGGAGCGGUUUGAUUUAGUCUGUUGUUGUCAGAUCACAGUUAAUGGAGCAGCAGGUGGACUUGGAGUAAGAUGAUACAACAAUAUGGACUAUCAUUUUGUCACACCAGCUGCUCCCCCUGACAAUCACCGGCUCUUCCUCUGUCACUCAAUUUCCUCUUCUGUCUCAGCAAACACAUUUUCUUUCAAGAUUUUUUUUCCUUCUUCCAACAAACAUAAAAAUCGUCUGUUUCCGCACCUGUUUUCUCCUCACUUUGACAAACUAACAUCUAAUUUUGUCAUUUUUACUGCAAACAAAAGCAGAUUUUCAGCCAGAGGAGAGUGCUGUGGGAAAAUACCUCUCAGCUUAAAGUCUGGCAAAUCUUCCUCAUAUGAUUCCUCCUCCUCCUCCUCCUCCUCCCCGUCUAUAUCCGCCUUUUCGCAGCUUGUGUGGCAAACACCAGCUGCUUUUCUCUUUAAACAAGCAGAAUGCCAUAAGAUUAGCCAAAGAAAGAUGGGUGAAAUGUUUAGCCAGCACAAUUACGUAGCAUGUCACCUCAUUAGUUUCGACAAAAUGCGAGUAAAAAGCUCGGGUGCAAGCUGUGACCUCUGAGGGGCGGGGCUGGAGAGGCGAGAACGGGGGUUUGUGAGCGGAGAACAGGGAGCUAAUUUUACUUCAUAAUGGCAACCAGGCGGCUUGAAUGGGCAGAAAAGAGGGGAGCAGGGAGGUCAAGUGUCACCCCUCCUGCCAAGCAGCUCCCCUGACAGGAGGAGGAGGCCCAGAAACACACACUCCAACACACACAUCCACACACACACACGGCCUCCUGUUGACAAUGCAGCCACGCCCCCCACCCUUCCCUGCCUUUUGUGCCUCUUCAACAAUGAUUAACUGAGUUUGGCGAUUCAGAGAGAGUCUACAGCGCACAAUGCACUCUCUCUUACAAAACAUAAUGGAGUCAGCCGCGAGUCAAACAGUCUCUCUUUCUUCCGCUGUUUUCUUCUUCUUCUUUUUUUUUGUGUCAGCUUUAAAAUUUCCAUCUCCCCCUGCUAACAGCCUCUCUGCUUUUAUUUUCUUUUCACUAUGCUCCCCUUGUUGCCUUUUGACCAUAAAUCCGUCUAUUUUACCCCCCGAGCUAGUUAAUGCAGGAAGAGCGAGCAGAUGCCGGCGUCCUCCUGAUACAUAAAAAUAAGAUGCAGAUGGAGAAAGGCGGCGUGGGGGCCAUGCGCUGCAUCGGAAAAGGCAUCGACUGUCUUGAAUAGAUGUGUAACUUUAAAAAUCAUCUCCUGCAGGAUUGACCUCGUUGAUCGCAUAGAUCUAAAUGAUGUAUGAAUGGAAACAGAGCGAUGCACAGGGAGACGGUGUUCAGAGAAACCUUACACUUGUAAUGAGCGGUGCGCAGCGCUGACGGGAACUUGUAGAACAUGGUGUGAGUAAAGCUGAGCAGGGGUGUUAACAGAAACACAACAGUCUCAGAACAUCACACCCCCGAGCCUUUUACAGGAGGUGUGAAGGAGCUCACCUCUCCUCAUGACAGGAGGAGGAGGAGGAGGAGGAGGAAGAGUGCAGUUACACUUGUUUUUUUUUACGGAUGUGAAACGCCUGAUUGUCCCGAGCUGGAGGGAGAAAAGCUGCUGAAGCUGGUGGAUUCAAGGCGUGCAACUUGUUUUUUUUCUCCACCUGCAGGAUACUAAAACGACUGUAAACGCUGUAAUUGCAAGCUAGGCCAGUAGUUGGCGGUAUAUUUAUGUGCACAAACACAACAGUGCAUACAAACGAAAUAAAUAUGUACAAUCAAAAUGGAUAUGUUAGUUUGGAGAAUAGGGAAGGAUGUCGAGAACAUGUAGAUCAGUAUCUAGAUGUGUAGUCGGUUGAUAUCCAAAUAGCUGUUGCUCUUAUUCUAAUAAAGUAGUUGUAAUAUCAGCAUACCCAAAUAAAAAGUAUAAAGUAUCAGAACCGGUAUAAACAUGAUCUUAAAAACAGUUUAGUCAGCAGGAUAAACGCAGCUCUGGAGUCCACUAUUGUUAUUAUUGUUCCUCUUCUCGCUCAUGGCUGUGCUAGCCUCAUGCUAACGAGGCUGUCACUUUUAUACAGAUGAUGCACAGAUGAGGUGCAUUUUCAAAAAGUUCCAUUCAGAACAGAGCCGAAGCUUGUCAACAGGCGAGACAGGCAAAACAACCAGUGGUCAAAUUGCAAUGACAUCUUUGAUGGAUACCCUGUCGCAUUGCUACAUGACCUACGUCCAUCUUUAUCAAAGUAUUGUCAAAAUCAGCCGUGAAGUGGAGAUACUUAUCAUGAAGCGAGAACAGAAAGAGAAAUAAAGAGAAAGAAAUAAGGAGAAAGAAAGACAGCGGUAAGUGAAGCAGAUAGCGAAGUGUAGCAAACACUUAAACUAGCAUUAGGUGUCAGGCUGGCUGUUAAUUGUUUGGUAGUUAGUUAGCCGUGUUAGCGAAGCAGGAAACGUUAGCAUGUGGUUCCUGUUUUGGGAGGAAAAAGAACAUGAACUUAUCUCUGAAACACGUCAAAAGUUCAUGUUUUGGUUGCCAGUUCGUCAUUUUUGCAUAAACAAACAACAUAACCAACAGUAACUUACCGUUUUCUUGUCACAUUAGUGUAUAAAUCUCAGUCUGUUUUGAGGCAUCUCAAAAUAUUUCGUUUUUUUUUCAACUGUGUUCUUGCGCAAAGAUUUCUAUGACGUUCAGCAAUGUGCAGAUUUCAUACAGACGCGUAGCUCUUUCUAGAACUGCCUCUUAUCCCCACCCUGCCUUUAAGUAAACACUGCACUUCAAACUGCACAACAAACCAGACGCCUUGUCCAAUCCACAAAACACUGAAUUGUAGAUUCCCAAUCCUAGAAGCCAGUGAGUUUGUCCUGAUGUCUGACUAACUCAUGUGAACAAGAAGCACUCCUUGCACAAACUUCAAUCUAUAGCCACAUUUCCCUAUCAGUGACAUUACAGUUUCAUAUACUCUUGACAUUUCCUGUCUUUGCUCCUCAUAUCUCCUCCCUCUGGUGUUAGAGCAACGCUGAAUGGCAGCGUGACAUAUUUUGUUUCGUACCUAUUGUCCCCGUCUUUUUCUCCACAUGUAUUACCUCCUCCAUGAGACCUCAUUGGCAGAGGAAAAAUAACCCCAGCAUUCAGCAGUGACACACACACACACACACACACACACACACACACACACACACACACACACACACACACACACACACACACACACACACACACACACACACACACACACACAGACUCGGCUCAUUAUAACUCAACAAAAACUCAGUAGUGGAGGGCUAAUGUGAAGGCAGAAGAAAGGAUGUGGAGGACAUGUGAUCUGCAGGUCUCUCGCAGUGCAACACAGACUGUGACCCGGCUCAUAACAAAAGGAUGAUGGCGCCUAAAAGAACAUAAACCUGAGACUCAUCUGCCUUUUUUUUCUCUUCGCAGGACGCCAACUGUUGCAAAAAAUAAGGGAACAAGCCAACAACUCUGCUAGUGAAGGAAGAAGAUCUUCAAAACACCGCUCUGUGCUUAACAAUGGGAGACGGUUCAUCCUUUUCAGCAGUUUCCAGAACCUUCCUCACAGUGGCCCUUUGCGUAUUGACCCUCCUGCCUCAAAGCCUUCUGGGUAAACCUGCAGAGGAGGAACAUGCGGGCAGCUCGGCGCUCCUCCAGAGAGUAAAACGAGGCUGGGUGUGGAACCAGUUCUUUGUCCUGGAGGAGUACACCGGACUGGAACCUCUUUAUAUCGGAAAGGUCAGUGUCGACAGCAGAUGAUGCCGCAUUAGCAUGCACACAUACAUGCACACACACAUGAAGGUGUAACCUGAAGAAAUGCAAACUGUACAUGUUCAAGGCCCGGUGGGGGAGCAGCUUCAAUGCCUGACCUUUUUGCUCGGUGUAUCUCGAGUUAGGCGCUCCGCUCUUCGAGAUUUCAAACCAAACUUUUUCAAACAGAGCCAAAGAAGUGAGCUAUAGGAGAGCUCAGCAGCCUGGAGGUCAUCAACCAGAGCCGAGUGCAUGAAUGCAAAAGACGAGAUCAUAGGUAGGCAGAAGCAAACUUCAACCACCAACCCCAAUUUAAUCCCUGCAUGAGCACACGUCCACACGAAGACAGCCUCUUCUGUCCACUUUGAACCACAGCCAGACAGCAGUGAUUGAGUUAAUUGACUUAAACCCAGUCUUCACUCAGGAGUGGAUGGUUCAUCUGCAGCACAACAGACAUGCUCUGAAAAGAGGCUGCUCACAAAGGAGCACUUUGAUCGGUCAGUCACUAAAGUGAAUUGAACAGUUGAUCAAUAGUUGUAAGGACAGUCAUCAGAGAGAGAGAGAGAGAGAGAGAGAGAGAGAGAGCGAGAGAGAGAGAGAGGAUUACUAAUACCUCACUCAAAUGGUGAAGUUUGGAGCCGUCUGAACAAAACUGACGCCAUGAAAAAUUGUGUUUUCUGUUCCCAUGUGGUCAUGAAAUAAUGUAAAUGUCCUCCAUUAAUUCCCGCGUAUGACAACUGCUAUCAGCAAGCUUGUAUUGUUUCGAUGUUAUCAGCUGUAGUCAAUUAAAAUUAUCUGUGUGAGUAAACUGCAAAUGAAACUGUCGCCUGGCAGCGUUGUUAUCACUCACUGUAUACUCAACUGUCGCUUCUCAGCUGGUUGAACCAAAGGAAGAAAACGGAUUUCUUUACUUUUAAACAUUUAUUUGUGCAUCACUAUCAGAAAAUCAUUAGUAUAUUAUUAUUAUUAUUAAAAUACUACAUUUCCUAAAUAUCCUGAAAGUAUUUGUGUAAAAUCAAACAAGUGUACAGACUUUACAGUAAUGCUAAUGCCCUCCUUAAAUCAGCAGUUAAAUUAAGACUUGGUACAUUUACACGCACAGUUAAGAGCACAGUUAAAUUCUAGAAAGAAGCAUGUCUUUGUAUGCUUUCCCAAUUGACCCAUUAGUUACCAAAACAAUCAACAAAACAUGUCGGACAACUCUGACGCCUGUUUUCUUACAUUCUUUCUUCAUCUGUCAAAGUUUUGUUUCUAAUUUAUACUGUUUAACUUCCUGUGUGCAAACUCUUGAGUGUUUCCAGCAUCCAGGUACACCAAGCUGGCAAAGUUCGAUAUAACGCAAUUUUGUGUUCACACAUAUUCUAAAAGUCUUGUUUCUGUCGACCGAAUGCAACUGAUUUUUUUAGCAGCAUAUAAACUUACAUAGUGUAGUCAAUUACUGGACUGACAACCCCAGGUGUUUAAAAGUAAGUGUAAAAAAACUGCAGUUCCUCGAGUGUCCACUUGAGGCAGACUCCAAAUCAGCAAAGACCUCCCAUCAGGUCCCAUAUUAAAAAUGAUCACAGCCUGGAACAGGGUCUGAAAUAAACUUCAUCUGCUGGGUCAGCAGGUGCAUAAAAAAGUUUGUUUAGCUGAGCAAAUUUUUCACCUGCAAAAAUAAUUAAUCUGUUUUUUUUGUGAAACUUGUAUUUGUUACAGUUCUUUCUACUAUGACAUUUAAGUCAGGUUGAGUCAGCAUUUCCAGUAGAGUAAACUCCGUCAUCAGACUGUAAAUGUCCAUGAGUCACACCGUCUGUUGUGUCACAUUUCAGUUGUGAGCCUGAUAAGAAAUCGUAGGAGAGUAUUCAGGAUCUCAGUUCCCAUAAAUUAAAACACAUUUCCUAGAAAUAUCCUCAUCCACUUAUCCAAACACUUAACAGAACUCGUAUAAGCCUGGGUCAGCUUUUUAAAACACUGCGGUACCAUUUAUCCUUCCAAAUCUCCCUUUGAGAACAAAGUAAACCCUCCUAAUUAGAGUAAAAGACUAAUUUCGCUCAAAUCACAUGGGAGUAGUGAGGAAAAAGUCAGGGUCGAGGAAGUCACAUGCUUUGAAAAGACAGGACUGUAAUUGCUUAUGCUGUAUCCCUGAGUUUCUAUAGCGAAUUCACCUCAAACUUACCUCCUCUACUUUCUCUUUUGAGUUUUUCUCCUUUGAUUCGGCUCAAGCCGCCCACCCUAAUUUUUCCGAGCUGAAUGAAAUAAGUGAGUCUGACAGGCCCUGGUACUUCCCAGGGAGCAGGAGGCAUUGUAGGACAUGACAAGGCAGGAGAAACAUGGGCUGUAGCCUCCCUCUGGAGCGUUUUCCCCCCUCAGCUUAGUAUUCUUAGUAUGCAAAGCCGUUGGGAUGUUUGAGGUUCGGGCUUUGGGGACGGGGCUGAAAUCGAGCAGGUAAUUGAUAGCCCGAGUGUCAGAGUCCUUCUUUUCAUCGGCAUGGUUGGAGAGGACGGAUAAGUGUAAGAGAAUGCAGAUAAGGUGGCAUGGAGGCAGCGCUCUGAGAUAUAUCACCACAAAACUGACAAUGGGGUGUUGAUUAAAAAAUGUAUCCUGUGUCGAGCUUCAGGUGUGGAGCUUUGCAGGAGGAAAUGCAGGUGGGCACGUUGUCCGACAAGAUAGGGAAAGAGGUAUUGUCUGCUUCUCAGAGAAUGAUGUUGCUGUUUUGAAGAUUGCUUUUGAAUCGUCACCAGAGGAAUAACAAUGAAUGCUGCACAAACUCGAGUUCGACAACCCAAGUUUGGUCAUUUCACUUUGCGGGGAAUAGACGGUCAAAGGCCAAACGGCAAAUCUGGAAAGCGUUUCUACCGCCAGCGGGAGGGAUUUUCACCGCCUCUGUGUUGUUUGUGCUCAGUGCUGUUGGUUUUAUGUAAGACAAACAUCAAUAGGGGCAUUUAAUUUCGCUCCGCCAAUGUGAUGGGAGUCGGUACUCAUCAUACACAGAGACCCUUUAAGUACGAAGUAAGCAGUGAUUGCACAUCAGCAGGCUGGAAUUUGCACUUAGAGGCCACAAAAGGCUCCUGAUUGCACUGCAGGGCCCAAAGCAACAAUCAGGCAGCGAGCUGUGAUUAGACGUCUACUCGCAGCUACAGUAUUAAGGUAAACCACACACCACCUGUGAGUGUCUAGUGUUAACUCAUCUACAGGCUUAAAAAAUACUCAUUUUACAAUUUUAGGAGACAAAGCAGAACAAGACAGGAUUUAUGACUUGGUACAAAACCAAAUUUUGGGGGUUUGGUGAGCCGGUUUAUAAGCAGAGCUGAAACUGUCUCUGUUAGCUAUGUAGGCAUGAUAUAGAGCUAAUUAUUAACAAUUUUAUACACAUUUAGUCUUUGUUCAUCUUUUAAUAAAUGUCUCCAAUACAAGACAAAAUACGGGGUCCACUUUCGUUUGUCUGGAUUAGGUAAAGUUUGUUCCAUGUAAGUUUGACUUUAUGCUGCCUCCGUAGAUCUUUCAUAUGUAUGCUAACGCUAAACCUAACCCCCAAUUUUCACCACAUCUGGAAUGGCUUCGAUCUGGAACAGCGGUGAUUUUCGCUGUCCACCAGUUCCUACCAGAUCCGUCUGAGAGGCGAAUUGCGUCGCGGAUUACAGACAGCAGAAAUUGCAAGAACUCACAAGAACCCGCGAUUCACGUGCAAUCGUGCGAUAACAAGUUGUCUCUAGCCACAUAGGCUAACCAUAUAAGCAGUAGAUUGUGUCCUUCCAAAGGAGGAAAUCCACUUCUUGACUUCUAGAAUCAGCAUCUCCUCAUCCAUGGUGUCUUUGGGUGAAAUGUUGUCUAUAAACCUUUCACUUGUUCAUCCCCGCCUGUUACAUGGCCUUUCCAGCACGGGUUAAUCUGUGCUGAAUUUACCUGGCAUGCUCCAACAUCCGGAAAAAAUAAAACUCUUGCGAUCAGCUGCAGAGUCCGGCGAUCCGCAGCGGAAUGGAAAGAAGCCGGUGGAAAUUGACACGUUAACUUGAAUGGUUACGAUCAGCUACGAUUGGCAGAUACAACCCUUUCGUAGCCGUUUCAGAUGUGGUGGAAACUGGAGGUAACUGGUACCAGGAAAGCUAAGUCAGAAUCACAGACUUCCACUUUGUUUUCUGAAAAUCCCUGUAAAUAUCCCCACAGCUUCACUCCGACAUGGACAAAGGCGACGGCUCCAUCAAGUACAUCCUGACAGGCGAUGGCGCAGGUUCCACCUUCACCAUCGACGACAGCACCGGCGACAUCCACGCCAUCCAGAGGCUGGACCGGGAGGUGAAGUCCCAGUAUGUCCUGAGAGCUCAGGCUAGAAACCGGCUGACGGACAGACCUCUGGAGCCAGAGUCCGAGUUCAUCGUAAAGAUCCAGGACAUCAACGACAACGAGCCGAGGUUUCUGGAUGGACCGUAUCAGGCGAGCGUCCCGGAAAUGUCCAAAAUAGGUGAGUAGAGGAGCAGAGAGCGGACAGAUGGUCAGAGACAUGAACUUAAAGUGUUUCUGGGUAUUUUAAGGUGUUUGUUUUUAAGGGAGUAGCUUCCACCUGAACUUCAGUGAAGUGCAUAAUAGUGUUGUGCCGCCAUCUGUUUCAUUCAGUAUUCAUAAACCUGUUUGUGGUUACUUUGAACUACAAAAGCGUGGAUAAUUCAUGUAGCUGCCCAAGCCACAGAUGGACCAACUCCACCCAAACUCUGUGCUGAUAUUAGCAGACCUCACUGACAUCUUUCUUUUCACUCCUCAUCAGCCCACCUGUAGUCAGAAAAACUUCACUUAAUCUUUAAUAAAGUAAAAGCACAGAAGUUCAAAAAGAAAAAGAAGCUGGAAAAAAGAUAAGGUCAACUUGUUAAAUGAAGUUAGAUUAAAAAGUUCACACAAUAAGAGAAAAAGUAACCUGCUGAAGGCCAUGUCUACAAGCUGGAAAACUCAAUGACCUUAAUAUGGUAUAUAAAAGACUGUAACAAUAAUAAAAAUAACUUAAUUUAUGUUGCAGCUUUAAAAGCAAGGGUUAAAAAGAGUUUAGACGGGUGAGAAAGUAAAUAUAAGAGCUAAAAACGAAAGACUUUAUAAACACGUAUUGGGAAAUAAUCCAAACAAUUGAGUUAAGCUGCUAAAAUUGUCUUUACAUGACAGUAUGGUGCCCUCCUUCAAUUGGGAUAAGCCCCCAAUGGUCACCACAGCUGACCAGAGCCUCAGUCCAAAAAGUCUGUCCCUGCCAAUGGCUUCAAGAUCUACCUUUAUCUCAGAGGUCAUGAUUGUCCCUCUCCUAUGUGCCAUGUCCUCUCUAAUCAAUGGAGGUUAAAGGUUUGGAAAAGACGAUUUCUUGACGAUAUAUGGCGCACAUUAAGAAGAGGGAUCUAAGCGAUUUGAUGGAUCAUAGACAUUCAAAGUUAAUCAUUGCAUCAGACCACCUGUGGUAGCAGGCGGUUAGAAUCAAAUAUGAUCGUCACCUGACCAUCGCAUAACACUGUUGACCUCUGCAAAUUAGCAAUGCAGCUCAUACAUAAAGUCUAAUCUCGUUCCCAUCAUUCCCAUUUCUUCUACCCAGGAACAUCUGUAAUCCAGCUGACUGCGACAGACGCAGACGACCCCACCUAUGGCAACAGCGCUCGAGUGGUCUACAGCAUCCUGGAGGGUCAGCCUUACUUCUCAGUGGACGCCAAGACUGGUAGGACUGCACGCAUGCUGCAGAGACUCCCUCUGAAACACAGCUUUUUAUCUGUUACAUGAGGUGUUUGAUGUUUUUCAAACCUCUCCAGGAAAGUUUAAGCAUUCAUGAGCUGGGUAUGAAUUGGUAAUGAUGUUAGAUAACCUGAUAAAGCCCUGACUUCUGGGAUUUGCUAACACUCAUCUGACAGCUUGUGUUAAAUCUCCACCUUGUUUCUCACUCCAUAUCCCACUAUAAUUGCACCAAAGUCUGAUUUUAGCAGUCCGCAUUGUAAGCCCCCGAGUAUACCAACCAACUCUGAAUGUGGGAAGCUCAGCGGGGUUUCUGUUGUUGCUACGAGACUGCCAAACACUUUUUCUGAAACACUUUUUCUCUCUUAUUGCAACUUGCAGAAACUCAAAAUCUUUUCUCUUGACAAAAAAGAAGUGCUAGGCUCAAAGUGUGAACUCUUUGUUGAAAAGUGUGGACAAAAUAAGACAGGCAGCCCCACAUGGUGAGGUGCUUUGUGGAGGAAACUACCAGAUAAAUCCGCUAAAAAUAUUUCCACUUUUCAUUUUUCGUCACUAAGGGAGCAAGACAAAGAUUCAGCAACAAUACAGAUGAUACAUCCCAGUUCAUUUGUACCAGUGUAGCCACAUUUUUCAUUUACUAACAGCCCCUAAAAUCCACAUAAGACAAGGUUGAUGUUAAUGUUGAUAUUUCCAGUUUUAUUUAGCUCUCCUUCUUCUGGAGCUUUGCAUAAUUUAGGUAAUCAUCUCAGUGAUUGUGGCCAUCAUCACUGCGUGCAGUUUAUGUUGCUUUGCAGCAGUCGGUAAACACAGGCCCUAAUGAUGCAUUCUGGUUACCUCGAAAGUCAGAAGUCUGAGCUGGGAAUUAGGUCACACCCGAGUUACCAGUGUAAGUUGGAAGAAAGUAAAAUUGGAGGCAGAAACAAGAUGGUUACAUCUACGAAAGUUAUUUUAGCGCUUGACUUGUCUGGAUACAUGCAAGGACAAGGCAAGGUUGCCAUGAUAGGCAACCUCUGCUACAGGUUGUUGCUCCACCUUUCCAGACGUGGUCCAGCAGCUCCUCAGACUGCUCUUACAGCCGUUCCUUCUACCUCAAUUAGAUCAUUUCUUCACUCUUAGGACCAGUCUGAGAUGGAAAACUAAGAGGCAACUGAAAAUGGGAAUGAAAAGUUCUCUAUCGUUGCGUUUUGACGGGUCUGAAAAUGCGAAACCUUUUAAACCAGGUGCACUGGUUUUGCAGUUGCUGCUGUUAUGUGGUUUUAACCAAUAGGAAUCAAGUAUUGAACACAGUAAAGUAAGAGCGACUGAGCUAAUCACCUCUUUUCUGUAUUUCUUCACUUAAGAAACAAACCCCGAAGUGUAAAUUAUCUUCUCACAUAACUGUCAGUUUGAUUUUAAAUUGAUGAAUUGGAAAGAAUAUUUACCCUGACAACUUUAAUGACCUCUGUAAUCUUUUAUUUAUUCAGAAAAAACAUCAUAAUACAUGAUAUUUAUGAUGCAACUCCAAAGUAAGAGCAAAGGAUAAGGAGGAAAUUGAUACCACCCAAAGUAAAGUGGGUAUUUACUCGAGUUUCUCGUAUGUUUUUCUCCUGGUUUGGACUUAACCCAGUCCAACAAAAGAUAAACUUGAUAAUACAGAAAGCAAGGUCUACCUGUCCUUGUAGUGGCGUAUAGAAAAAGAGACAAGCAAUAAAAAAUCUUGUGCAUAAGGAGCUGAAACACUUGAGUGCAGCUCUGCUUCGUCUAAAAAAAUGCAUCAGUCUCCUAAAAGCUGAGUGUCCAUUGUUUUAGCACAGCCGCCUCAUUUCCUUGUUUGUCAGCACAGAAAUCUGUUGCCAAACCUCUCAGGCAGCCCGGCCAUCAGCAGCCUCUCAGGCGGCCUCUGUUGUACGGUCAUCCAUCACUGAAACACGAGUGGCUCUACAGCUAUCAAUCAGCCUCCCUGACCGGACUAUAAGCGCAGCACUGACGGUUUUUAUUGGAGGCAACACGAUGUAAAACCUCAACACAUACCCACAGCGCUGUAACACUCGCUUCUUUUCUCACUCCUCAGCACAUCUCUUGACCUUGGUUUGAUUCUGCUGCUUCUGGCAAAACUGUCCGUCUUCUGUGGUCAUAAUGUGUAGUAUAUAAUGGUCUGAAGACAAUAGAAAGAGAGGACAGAGAGUGCGGUGCUUUUUUAUAGUUCACACAAUGUUUUUAACUCAUUUUCCUUCAGGGCGUUUUGCACUUUGGGUGCUGAGUGCUAAAUUUGCUGAGGAGGAUUGAUUUUGCAUUGAAAAAAGUUGGCAAAAAUGCUGCUGGUGGACACAGGCCCUUUAUCAAAGUGUAGGUUAGGGAAAAGAUACUUAUUUGACAAAAAAAUUAAACAAGCAGAUGCAGUAAAAUUACCUCUAGCCUUGUUAUUGAUGGAGCUGAUAUUAGAAGAUGCUGUGAAUGGACACAUGCCCUAAAAUAUUUUUAAAUUAGGGCCAAAAUAGUUACGAGUUUCAUAGCAGGUGUAGCAAAAUGACCUUUAGCAUUGCUAUCACCAAAGUUGUGCCAGAUCUAAGUCCCGCCCCUUCUUCUUUUUGAUUGGCUAUAAAUGAAAAUGUGACAUCAAAGAUUGUGGCGGUGCUAUUUUCAACUUGAAGCUUAAACACAGAUUAUACAAAAGGCACUUCACAUUCGGGCAAAAGGGUACUUAUUACUAUUUACAGGUUCUUAAGAUUUCCAAAUAUGGACAAAAUGGUAAAACAAGCAGGUUUUUCAAAACAAUCUCUGGCUUUGUAGAAAGAUAUGUCGAUAUAAGAUGAUGCUGUGAAUGGACACAGGCCCUAAAAUAUCUCUUAAACUAAGGCCAAAAUAGUUAUGAUUAACAAGUUUCUGUGGUUCAAAUAUGGCAAAAAGAAAAAGCAUAGCAGGUGUAGCAAAAUGACCUUUAGCAUUGCUAUCACCAAAGUUGUACCAGAUCUAAGUCCCACCCCUUCUUCUUUUUGAUUGGCUGUUAAUGGAAAUGUGACAUUAAAGAUGGUGGUGUUACUAAAGUUGUACUAUUUUCAACUUGAAGCAAAAACACACAGAUUAUACAAAAGGUAUUUUGCACUUUGAGGAACCGAACAAAUAGUUAAUUGAAAAAAAAACUGGCAAAAAAUGCGGUUAGUGGACACAGGCCCUAAAUCAUACUUCACAUCAGGGCAAAGGGUACUUAUUAUUUACAGGUUCUUAUUACAUUUUUCCAAAUAUGAACAAAAUGGUAAAACAAGCAGGUGUAUCAAAACUAUCUCUGGUUUUGUAGUAAGAUAUGUCAAUAUAAGAUGAUGCUGUGAGUGGACACAGGCCCUUAACCAUGUUAAAUUUUGGGGCUAAGACACUUGACAGGUUGCUAUAACUGUUCAACACAAAACAUCAUCAUAACUUAAACCUAAUCUGAGAAGAGGAAGGCAUAUCUAGUUGAAAAUCUCCCUUGUGGCCUUUUGUCUGGUCCAGUGAAGACAUUGAUGUAGCAGGACUCCAUCGGUCGGACACAUGACCCUAAUCUGUGUCACCAGCUCUCUGAGGCUGACCCGUACUUCACCUCCCCACUCUCUCUCCCUCCUUUUAUCUUCCCUCAGGCGUGGUGCGAGUGUCUCUGGCAGACAUGGACCGUGAGACCAGAGAAAACUACACUGUGGUCAUCCAAGCCAAGGACAUGGGGGGCCAGCUGGGGGGACUGGCAGGCACCACGACUGUCAACAUCACACUCGGCGACAUCAACGACAACCCGCCCAUGUUUGACCAGAGUAAGAGGCGCACAAAAACAAACUUUUAGACAGUUUCCAACCUCAGUGGGGAGAACUUUGCAGACUUUGGGUGUAACUUUACGACUUAAAAUGUAAUAAUGCAUUAUUGAUUUGCCGUUUGUCAACAGCUGUUUAGUUUGACCAGCUAUAUUGAUCUUUUAACACAUUUUCAGGGUGUAAUUUAAGAAAACAAAGACAGAAUCUGCCAACUAGAACUUCUUGAAUGAAAUAUCUGCUUUUUAUGGGGUUUAAACGAGGAUAAGGGAAGAAGACUGGCCUUUUAGAAACAGUGAUCGUACUGGUGUCCUCAAACUCGAUAUACAAAAGCCAGAAUGUUAUCUUGAAAAGCACAUGAAUGUCUUGCACUGAUCGUAUAAACGAAUGUGCUCCUAGACGUCUAGUUUGAAACCAGAUGCAUUAUGGGGCUCAGUUUUAGAGGCGUGAAAUACUCACUGAGAGUUCACCUGAACCUCAAACACAUUACUGUGUUUUGUGGUUCAGUGUUUCAGCUGCAGAGUGGCGUGAAUGCAAUAAAACGUGAAGCAGCAGCUUUCAUAUUCACCCUGACACACACACACACACACACACACACACACACACACACACACACACACACACACACACACACACACACACACACACACACACACACACACACACACACACACACUGCUCUGUAUGUGUGCCUCCACCUCCUCUCUCUCAGGCCUCCGAGCUGUUAGCCCCUCUGCCCUUCUCCCUCCGUCCACGUCUGGCCACCAGUCCCUGGGCAUUUACCCCUUGGCCUCCUCCUCUCUCUCCUUUUGCCACCAGUCUCCCCUCGCUGUCUCUCCGAUUAUCCCUGUUCCUGCUCCUCUCAUUACCGUCCUCCUGGGGUCAGGGGUUGUCUAGCUGUCCGUGGUCGCUCUUCCUUGCUAGACAAAGAAAAACACCCGCCUCUGCCGCCACCAACACCCGCCCACCUCCAUCACAGUCCCCCCCACCAAUUAGCGCCAUCACUUGGAUGGAACUUUGAUCGUUUGUGAAGAGCUUCAGGGAUUCCCCUCUGUCAAGCACAAUGUGCCGGCAUUUCACUUCAGACUGCAGGGAGCGCCACAAAUUGGGCAGCUGUCACCUCUUCUUUGAGGUUAAACGGUAGAUGAAAUUGAGGCUGACCCAUGAGACUGUAUGUAACCCAAUUGUAAGGCGUUUAUGGACCCAUUUAUUCUAACCUAUCUAGGAGGGAUGGAAGAGGUUUGGCGCCCUCUAGAGGGGGAAAAAAAAUGUGGAAAAGGUGCAGAAGAGUGAUCUCUCUGUUUGUUUACCUCCUCAGGGUUGUACCAGAUGAGCAUCCCGGAGUCAGCUCCCGUGGGUUCAGUAGUAGGUCGGAUCUGGGCGAAAGACAGGGACAUCGGGGUCAACGCCGAGAUGAGGUACAGCAUCAUUGAUGGAGACGGGAGGGACACGUUUGACAUCAGCACCGACCCUACCAACCUGUUUGGCAUCAUCACAGUGAAAAAGGUACAAAUGAGGACAAGACAGUGAACAGAUUUGCAUUUUUAAAGUUGCAGAGAAAAGAUAGAAACGUCACUGAUCUUUUUGAAAACCUUUAAAAAUGGAUGUUUGACAAAUAUUACCCGAGCUGUAUUGAUUUAGCUCCUUUAGAUUGAGCUUUUUAUGCUUUUCCAUGCAUUUACAACUUGGAGAAGCAGCUCAGGAUUGUGCAUUUCUGUUUCCUUGCAGCACUGAUAUCAACAAAAAUCUCCUUAAACAUGCUGGAAAAGUUACAAAACCCCAUUUAAAAAUAUGGCACUUUAAGAAAGAGUCCUUAAACUUUAAUAAGAUGCUAAUUUUUCACAAAUUUUGGGGUAUAAAUAACUAGUUUGUAUAAAAAGUUCAUAACAGCUUGCAAAAAUAGCUUUACAGUCUCUCUUGGAAGCACUAAUCAAACACUUUCUUCAUAAAUAGUGGCAUGAUUUAUUAAAACUAAAAACUUCCUUUGUUAUUCUCCUUAAAGUUGCAGCACUCCAUUGACAAAAACACCCGGUUAUCCUCACUGAGCACCAUACUUGCUUGUCUGCUGCCCCCUAGUGUUCAGUGAGUUGAAAUGACCGUUUUUUUAUCAAUGGAGUCUGCUGACUUUGAAGAUAAUACUAAUUUUAUUAAAACAACUGAAAAGAGUCAAUGGAACAAAAGUCAAACACAAAGCAGACAGUUCACCAACAAACAAGGAUUCAAAUAAACAACUUCUAACGCAGCAGAUAAUAAAAUCCGACUCUUUGAUAAUGAUUAAAGGCUGCAGACAAAUGGAUAACAAAGCUCAGAGGAGGAACAGCCAAAUAUUCAGACUGCAGAUCUUUUAUUUUUCUUUGUCAGCCUGUUUUAAGAGCUGCAGUCUUUAAAAGUGCGUCUUUGUUCGUCCUCCUCCAGCCACUGAACUUUGAGAACAAACCCAGCUACACUCUGAAGGUGGAGGGCGCCAACACCCACCUGGACCAGGCUCUGCGUCACCGUGGACCCUUCAAGGACGUCACCAUCGUGCAUGUGAGCGUGGAGGACGUGGACGAGCCCCCGCAGUUCGACUCGCCGGCGUACCUUAUUGAGCUGCCAGAGGACGCGGAGAUCGGGACGGUGGUGAAGACGGUGUCGGCGAGGGACCCGGACGCUGCCAACAACACUGUGAGGUGAGGACAACAAACACAGAUGACAAACACUCACUCUGAGUCAUGGUGUUUGAAGAUCUUCUUCUUGUUUUAAACUUGCUGUGUCGAUCCAAAUGUCCUUCAGUCUUCUGUAUCAUCACGUUAUUCUGCAGCCUGCAAACACCUGAACUUUAAAGUCACUUAAGAGGACUUGAGCAUAACUUUGUGUGCCAUCAUAAACAGCCAAGACCCUCAUAUACCCAAAACAAGGAGAUUUUAAAGCUGUAAUUCAUUACUAGGGCAGGACAGGAUACUAAAUCUCAAUAAAAUUUAUUAAUAUAGACAGAAAAAUAGGACAAGAGAAUAGUGAAAUAAAAAUUUACAGUGUGAAAAUAUUUAAAAUUUGCAAACUGUUGCACUGAAAUGUGCAGAAACUGUCAGAUCUUUAAAACAAUCUGAAUAAAAAGACAACUAUGGACAGUUGAUCAUUAUAAAUACAAAUGCAUGGAUAACAACUAGCAUAGAUAACUAGUCCUGCACUUUCUUCCUGUUACUACAGCUGCUCCAUGUGGUAGAACCAGUCUAGUUUAUGGUCCAGCUGAACCCCCAGAUACCUACAACUGGAGAGAAGUUCCACAUCUGUACUGUGUACUAGUGAGCGCUGCUCCAACAACCAUCUCCUCUGUUAUUUUUACUAAGUUCUCCUAAAACGUCCUGAGAACAGACAGAAUUACUGCUGUUUCAUUGUCCCCAACUCCUAAAAUUCAACUUAUUUAGCAAAGUAUGAUUCCUUAGAUAACAGCAACAUGUGGGUUUAAAAGUCAAACAAGAUUACAAAGUUUUAAUUAUUAAUAGAAAUCAGUUAUUUUCAUUGUUUAAUACAGCAUCAAACAAAGUGGUACAGACUAAAGCAGACUUUUACUUUUCAGUUUGAAUCGUCAUUAAAAUCAGAUUUGAAUUUUCAUCUUUAAGUUUAAAUCGUUCAACAUUUUUUGGAUUAAGAAUUAAAGACUAAUUUUAUUAACUUAUUGUGCGUUCAAGUGCAGCUGAGACACUACAAUCUAUGAUGUGAGAGUUUUCUUCCUGGUGCAAACGCUUUAGUGAACGUUCUGUCGUGAAUCAGAGUUAAACAAAAAGGAAAGGACCCAAAUGCAGAACAAAAAUUAUUUAUUUAAAAUGAAUUCAAUAAAAAGAAACUUACUCAAAGUGUCCGACAGAAAAACUCCCAAAGGCAAAAAACACAAGAGGCAAAAUCCAAAGAACAAAAAAUGAGCAACAAGAGGAAGGUGAGACACUGAGACACAGGUGAAGACAAUUACAGAGGAGGGAAAACUGAGGAAGUAAAACAAGACAAGAAACACAAGGAAUCAACUACUACAAAAUAAAACAGGAAAUAAACACUGAAAAAUGAUCUGUAGAAUAAAACACUAAGAACAGGAGGGCAACAGGGUCAGACAUUAACUAAAAACUCACAAGACAGGACUACAGGGUAAGGAAAUAAACUCAGAUAACCAAAACUAGGGGAAAACUAAAUACCAGAACAUAUCAUGGCACAUUAACAUGUUAUGUAGACUCGGUAUUCAAUUACCAAUAAUAGUAUUGAUCAAAAAUUACUCAAUUUUAUUUAAGAAGAUAGAUUAUUAUAAAGUGUGUCUCAGUUUACUCUAAUGAAGGAGUGCAAACAGCAAAACUCGUGAAUUAAAACCCGUAAAAGUCCUAAAAGUAGGUUUAAGGGUCAUGAUUUAUGAUAUUUAUAGAGUGAGUCUCAUUUCUAGUGUAUUUCUCAAUGCAUGCUGGGAAAGGUUGCAGCACUAGUACUGAAAAUAUCCCUUUCAAACUUACAUUUACCCCCCUCCAGCUGUUUUUAUGGAUUUCAAACAGUGGUUUUCCAGGGUUGCGAUGUUACCCGAUAGCCAGCGGGGGGCAGCAUCACACCAUGACUCCUCAGAGCAGGUGCUGCUAGUCUGUGUUUUUGUGCUCCCCAGAAGCACAAAGUGACGAUGACAAAGGCGAGGAAGACGAGCCCAAACACCAUCACAUUAAAAACAAACCUGACAAGUUUUAACAUCCAGCAAUUAGCCCGAUCCCACUGAAAGAGGGGUUGAGGACUCGUCUCGUUAUUGCAGAGAGUGUUUUUGUGCUGUGACAGAGCAGAUGUUGUGUGGCGGGUUUUACUGUCCAGACUGCACCUCUCAUAAACUAAUUAGACAUAAAGCCUUUAAUUAGCUCGUUAAUCAUGUGAGCGAAUCAAUGAGUGCGGAGGAGGAAGAGGAGGAAGAGGAGGCGGAGGUGGCGCUCAGGCUGCAGCUCGUCCCAGCUGUCUGUUUUUACAACCUCGAUAGGGGCUGAAAGGAGGGCACGAGAAAUGGAUGUAGGUGACAAGGUGGCUGCUCAUCAGUGUGUGUGUGUGUGUGUGUGUGUGUGUGUGUGUGUGUGUGUGUGUGUGUGUGUGUGUGUGUGUGUGUGUGUGUGUGUGUGCGUCUGCAUGGAUACUCAGCAGUUUAUCCUCAGUGCUGCGUCCGAAUUUUUCCCCUCAUUCUCCACAGUCAAUAAGGAGCAGGAGCACUUAUGGAUCCUCAUUAUUUCCCCAUCCCUGACAAGUAAAGUGUUUUAUAAUAACGCUUCAUCUCAAACAAAUCACGGUGCCAUGUGUUUUUUUAAGCUAAAUAAGCAAAGGCGCUGCUUUUUUGCUGCAUGUGGGAUUUUUUUUUAACAUUAAAAUAGACCCUUAAGGCUUUUUGUUUUGUCACAUUUUAAGGUUUAAGCGAAGUGUCGGAAGUUUUCGACUUGUUGGUCAGUAAGUGUAGAAAAACAUCAGGAGGUUUUUCAUGAGAGAAACACACAGCAAAGACCAAAUGUGGUGCUUUGUUGGAAAUCGAGUUGAAAAAUAAAUCCAUCUUUGUACUACGAUACAGUUUUCCCCAAUUUUAUAUCAAACAAGAAAACCCUGAAAUUGAUUUGUCCUCAAGAGCCAACCAUCAGCCAAACAACCCACUUGACUUUGGCCAUCUACGUUUUCCAUUGUUUAUUUCAGCGAAACACUUCAAAUAAAAAGCCACGGUCCACUUUUGAUGUACAUUUUAAAAGCACAAGCCUCCUCCCACAGAAACAGAAAAUUAGUAACAAGAGUCAACAAGUUCAGCAUGGAUAUGGAAGGAGCUUCUCAUCGUUCUGGCCUCUUCUACCUUUAUACCAAACAUCAGAUUGAUAGGAGGAGUCGACCUCAGACAGAUCAGCCCAUUUAUGUCAAAAGUUAAAAAUUGUGUACUUCCUGUUGGUUUUACAAAAUGAGGCCAAGAGACUUUUGGCGCUUGCUUUGUCUGAAUAUAAGACACGUGCUAAAAUAACUUUCGUAGCUGUAGACAUCAUGUUUCCGCUUUUGCUUUUUUUCAACUUGGUAACUGAAACGCUGAUAACUCGGGUGUGACGUCAUUUUCAGUUCCAACAUCUGACUUCCAAGGAAACUCGAACGCAGCGUAAGCCUCUGGAAAAGUGACUUCCUGUUUAAGGUAAACAAUAGGUCGCCAUGGCAUCAGUGUAGGGGAUCUACACAGCCCAUAGAGUCUAACUUCUCAUUAAUUCCUUAAUGGUUGACUAAAGAUUUGUCUUUUUCAGACAUAUGAACUCCUCCUCUGUAAACUCUUUGGUGCUUCUGAAACCUCCUAUGAUGACAACUCUCUCAUUCCUGGAGAGAGUUGGAACCAGGGCCAGCAUUGCUGCUGAAUCCUCUGAGUUGGCGUUAAAUUCUGGCGCCGAAUCAGGUUGAGAUUUUUCCUAAAAGCCUGUUUGUAGAAUGAGCAGCGUUUCAGCUCAUGUAGCAGAAAGCAGAGGAACGAUUCGAGGAUGACUCAGUGAGAACGAGAAGAGUCCAAAAAUCUGCAGCUGCAGCAGCAGCAACAUCAGACGUCAGAUAAGAACAACCUUCAGUCUGUCUCACUUCGGUCUCACAGCUCUCUGUCCUCUACGGCGUGACUGGCAGAUAAUUCUGAACACACACAGACACCAGGAACACACACACGCUCUUUUCACCUGCUAUGACACUCACACAGUCUCCCCUCCUUACAGCUGGAGCAGUCAUAUUAUUAGAGGUCCUUAUUAUUAGAGGCCUGCCAAUAACAAACAUGGUGGUCUUUCUCUGCUUUAGAGCGAGGAUGCAGAGUCACCAUGGUUUUGAAAUCAUGACUAAAUAUAAUUUCAUUUUUACACAGUUCAGUUUUGUACGGAGGAGGAUUAGGUCCACAUGAAGAGAAAAAAUAAUAAUUACAGGAAGGAGUUAAAGCCAAAAUUUUGAGGUUUAAGUCGAAAAUUAGAGAUGAAGAAAAUUGAAAUUAUGUCUGUAAAGUCAAAAUUUCAAGAUCAAAAAUUUAAAUUUCAAGAUUAAAGGUCAAAAUGUUGAGAUUACAAAAUGUCAUGAAUAAAGUCGAAAUUUUGAGAUUAAAGUCGACAAGAAUAAAGUUGACAUUUCAAGAUUAAAAAAAUGAUUCUAUGUCAAUAAAGUUGAAAUUACAAGAUCAAAAAUUGAAAUUUUAAGAUUAAAGUCAAAAUUUCAAGAUUGAAGUCAACAUUAACAAAGUCGAAAUUUCGAGAAUAAAAAUCUAAAUUAUACCUAUAAAGUCGAAAUUGCCAGAUUAAAGUCGACAUGAAUAAAGUCGACAUUUCGACUUUUUUAAAUUUCAACUUUAAUCUCGAAAUGGAAAUGAAAAUAAUCUUCCUCCUGUAAUUGCUUUUUUCUUCUCGUGGCCCUAAUCCUCUCAUAGUUUUGAUCUGUGUUGUUUUUGGAUGCUGGGCCAAACUGUGUUGCUUUGGGAAGUGAUUUGAACCUUAUGCGGUUAUUUCCACUCAAGAGUCGUGUCUGUUUUUAUGCAGAGAUACCCAAGGACCUAAAAAUAUGUGCAAUCCAGAUUAAAUCUCCGUUCUUUCCCUUUUUGUCCAGAGAUUUCCCCUUAACCUUCUGAUGAUAUUACAUACUGUAGAUGAAUUUUCACACUUUAGCGCUAAAGUCGAUCAUUUUUAAAUUUAGAAAUAUUCUGGACUCACACUUUAACUUUAAUUCAACUUUGAUGACUCAUUUAGAUCCACUCUGAACAUUUCAAUAAUUCAUGACUGCGCUCAUUUCACACAGACUCUCCUUCUCACCCGUUUAUCACAUUUUCAAUCGACAUGUUUGAGGGUUUUAUGGUAUCCUCCUCUUCUUCCUCUUUUCUGCGUGUGUGUUUGGCUGCUCUGUGUCGCUCUCAGAGGAGCGUUUUGGAAAUCAUCCCGCCGUGGCAGCACACGAGCCAAAGCGCCGCGCUGCAGGUCUGUGUUUCCCCGCUGCGGUUUGGCAGUCGAGGCAGACUCUCUGAUGAAGUCUUAUCUCCUUCUCUGUGAGACUUCAGACGCUGCCAGCCUGACGCCUUAUCUCACACACACACCCCGACACACACACACACACAGGCUCCUGAAAACUCUUUACAUAACGCAGAUUUUUCCCUCUCCUGUGUUCCUCGUGUCACCAGGUAUUCCAUCGAGAGGUUGAGUGACCCCGAAAAGUUCUUCUACAUCGAUAUCACUUCUGGGUCGCUGAUGACGGUGCGGGCGCUGGACCGAGAGGAGCGAGGCUGGCACAACAUCACCGUCCUCGCCAUGGAGAUGAGUAAGUCACAGUCACACUAGCCCCGUUUACAUGGGUCCAAAAAUCCUAUUUACAAUCAGAUUCAAAAUGUCUCAUAGCCAAUCUGAUCCACCCAGAUCUGAUUGUAUUUCGGGUCAGAUUGUAAGAGGUAGUCUACGCCGAUUGAUAAUCCGCUCUAUGCUCCAUAUAUAUGGCUGAGUGGAACGGGUUCACAGAGAGGCUUGUUGGGUCUGCGCAGGCGCUCCGUAGUCUGUAAGAGGCACGUAGUGACAUACGCAGAGCGCGCCCAAACGAAAACAAACAUGGAGAACAAACAGAAAAACUGGACGGUGGAGGAAACAAACUUAUACCGCAAAUAAAUGUAACCACGACACAAUAAGCGUCCCCAACAAAACACGACGCCGAUCCAUCUUUCUACAGGUAAACAGGAAGUGCACCUCUUCUUCUCUUACACAUUUGCAGGUAGUGGCAGAGUGACCUUCUGCGCAUGUAAAAAAAAACACGUGAAUCUCUUUACUUAAAGUUCAUGUAUGCAGAUGGAAUCAGAUUCACUUAAUCCGAUUGAUUUCAAUCAGAUUGAGGAAAACUACUCAUAUAAACGGGUCUACUGACACACACAAACGAGCUGGAAAGCCAUCGCCACUUCCCUUCCGUUAGGCCGCUGACCUCGCCGAGAGGUACUGAGGUGUUGCAGAGACUGAAAUUCAGCUUAUUUUAGAGUCGAAACAUCCAGCGAACGAAAAUGAAAUCACCGCUUUGGCUGUUCUCGACUUAUUUAUGGGAAGCGGAGGCCCCCCGUGAGAUCUGUGUUUACUGCUCAGUAAUUUCCUCUUCGCUGCAACAAUCAGCUCAAGAUGAGUUAAGUACCGUUUAAGUACGAUCAAAUCCGAAGUGCCCUUUCUAAUUUCUCAUAUUUCAGAGGACGCACUGUGCUCCAGAUCAGAAAAUUGAAGCUGAUAAAUUAGUUUUCACCCAGUAAGUUGAAACUACUUUGCAAAACUCUGAACUUUGAAUAAACUUUAACUAAACUUCUUUGUUUUAGAGCUGCAGAACAAUUAUAGAAAUGUACUUACAGGUUUCUGAGAGAGAGAAAAAGUUCAUUAUGAGGGGCUUUAAGUUUCAGACAGAGUGACUCAGCAGAAAAAAAAAGACAUUGAAGGAGAUAAAGAGCCCAGACAAACAGAUGGUUGGACAUAUUUGCAGAAGUACAGAGGCAGUGAUUUUGGAAAACAUCUCCUGCAGAGUUACAGAACGUGGAGCAGAGAAACCCUGCAGAUCUGAACACAGCUGGUGGCUCUGAAAGUCACCUUCAUCCUCCUCCCUCUGCUCUGUUUGUCCGGGUGUGUGCGUGUGUGUCUCUGUUUGGUCGACAAACACAAUUAAAUUAAUGACUAAUUAAAUACGUUUCCACAUGGAGGCUAAUUAAAGAGGUCAGAGAGGGCGCAGGUAAGACGGGACAUGAACAAUGAAGUGGUGACGCAAACAGGCAGCGCACUAAACUCACCACGACAACCUUCUCUUCAUUAAAAAAUGUACUUUGCAUACUGCCAAGAAGUUUUUAAUUCCAUAAAAUCAUUUUUAAUGUGCUGUAAAACGCUAAAGAACUAGUUUUAAGCAUAAAUUAUGACUCAUAUCCACAGCAACAACAUCAUUUUAAAAAGUUAGAUAUAGUUUUGAGAGCUCCCUGUCCUCUGAGUGGUAAAGUCUGAGGAACACAUCAUCUCUUUUCUAUGUGCAAAAAUGAAAAGCAAAUUCAGGGCAGACAGAACAGAGCAGGCAUCAGCAACAAUACAUCUGACACCAGCAGGGUUCCUACACAAGUAUGGAAAUAAAUUUGAUCAGUUUCAAGGUCUUAAAAAAGUAUGGAAAAAUAUUUGUUUCCAGACGAUAAUACGCUUCUAAAAUGAUGUUUUCUAAAAUAGAGAAGUAGGUAUUUCCACAAAUAAUCCUAAAAAGUAAGGUAGGGAAAAGUAGGAAAAUUCCAACAGUCUACCAAAGGAAGUGUCUCAGGAGUGCAGUUACCCUCCACACGUGAACUCACUGCAAACUGGUGUAGACGACAGUGCCCCUCCACUGCACUGUAGGGGACAAGAGAGGAAAAGUUAGACAAAGAAAUGAUCAAAACUAUCAAAAAAAAGAGUUGGUUCUACUAAAAUGGUUCUUUAAUCACAAUCAAAUGACUAAAAUGCUGACCAAACAAAAACAAAACAUAAAUAAAUCAAACUCUAAACAGCAGCUUAUGCCGUCGUCUUCCUGUUAACAAAAAGCAGCCGCUCAUACCUGUUCAGGUCCAUUUCUCCAGGUUUCCUCCGUCUCGCUUAACAUGACUUGAUUCGGUGGACGCAGACGGGCUGGAAGUGAACAAUCUAAAAGGACAAACACAACUCAGCCGCUGAGAAAAGGACUCAAAAUAAAUGAUCGAAUUCAAUGAACUCAUUACCUCUGUUCAGAGCGUGUGGCAGCUCUACUGACACAGGUGCUUUAAAUAGGAGGGGGAGGGAAAAGGGGGAGGAGUUGACCUCAUUUUGGAGAGGCUGCAACGACUCAAAUAAAUUCAGAAACCCUGAUUUUUGAUUAUUAGAUCAAUCAAAAGAAAACCCAAACACUUAAAUAUAUUCACAUUUUAUUUAAUCGACUUUAAAGUGAACAGAAACUCAACUCAACCUUCUCUUGAGUUCAGUAAAACACCAUCAGAGUCAAGUAUAAGCUCCCCCCCGACCCUCUCACACACACAUUUACAGUAUACACACACAUACAGUAACACAACCCCAUUGAGCUUCAAGCUCCGGAGUCAAAGUCACCUCAUUGAUCGAUCGAUCAUGUGAUGAAACCUGAGAAAGUAGUUACCAGCGGCUAAUUGCGUUUCCACUGCCUAUUACAUUACACAGCUGGUUAAGAAAUGCAAAUGUGAGCUUGUUAAUGGAGAAUAAUAGAAUCGUAAUGUAAGCGUGAGGAGCUCUAAUGUGCCGCCGGCUCACUGGAAAUGAGCUGAAGAUUAAGAGAGGCACAAACUGCGCUCAGCAGGAUCCUCGGAGUCAUUUAUUUGAAGCCAUCCAUGCGUUGUACAGCCUCUGACCUCCUCUGGAUGUGUGUGUGUUCGUGUGUGUGUUCUCCUGCAGAAGAUCCCAAAAAGGUGGCGAGUGUUUCUGUGGCUGUGAGAGUCCUGGAUGUGAACGAUAACCCUCCCUCCUUGAUGCAUUACCUCGAGCCUUAUGUGUGUGAACACGCCAAAGCAGGACAGGUAAGACGACGCUUUAGAAACUGCUGAAAAAUCAGAGGUCAUUCUCUGGUGUCUCUAACUCUGACUCUGUUGGUGUAAUCCAGCUGAUCCAGACUGUAACGGCGGUGGAUCCAGACGAGCCGCUGGGUGGACAACACUUCAGCUACAGUCUGGCCCCAGAGGCUGCAAACAACCCCAACUUCACUCUGAGAGAUAACCAAGGUGAGGAAGAGUCUGAGUGUUUGGUGGAGAGUUUUAUAGCUGAGCUGUAAAAGAUUCAGGUUUCAGGUCCAGUAGAAAGUCCAGCUGAUAUUAUUGCAGAGCUGCAGUGAAUACCAUGAUAUGAACAUGUCCCAUAUGGUCUAGCGGUCAGGAUUCCUGGUUUUCACCCAGGCGGCCCGGGUUCAACUCCCGGUAUGGGAAUAGAGUUAACCUUUCCCUGGUUAGCUUGCAAAGGUUCUCUAGUCUGUGUUGUUCUGCCUCUUGUUGCAUGAUGGGAAUUAAUUGUCAAUGUCCAUUAAUCUGCCUCAAUUAAGCAGUACAAAGUAGCAUCUUGGGCCUCCAGUUCAGAGCUCAUGGAUGAGUGAUAACGAGGUGUUUUUAAAGGGAUAUUCUGGCGUAAAAUUAAGUUAGGGUCAAACACACUGUAACCAGAGUCAGACACCCCGUCGAGAGAUAAAUGUUGCCGACCGCUCGCUUCUCUAGUUAUACCAACUUUAGUAACGACCGCAGGAUAGCAAUACAGAGAGGUCUGAGGACUCUAUAGCCACAAAUAAUGCUCAGAACAGCACCUAACUUCAUCAACAGGACAUAUAGGGUCACAGCCAUAGUACUAGAAACCAAACAUCUUUUUAACUUUGCCUAAUUUCAUGAACAAAGAGACUAAGCACAACUCACCCACUCUCUUCCAGCAGCCGCUUGUUUGUAGCGAGACCUCAGGCCAGUCCAUUAGAGACUACAGCGGGGUUCCGCAGCUCAAGAAAGAACAUUUAUGAUUAUUUCUUUAUCAUUUCCUUGAAGUAAUAAUUAUCAUAUUUAUCAUUUUGCACUGCAGACGUGGUAGUUCUUCUGCCUUAGCAUCUUAGUCUGAUUGUAUUUCCAUGAAGAAAUGAUCAUAAAUGUUCUUCGUUGAGCUUAAGAUGUCGUCCCAUAUGGUCUAGCGGUCAGGAUUCCUGGUUUUCACCCAGGCGGCCCGGGUUCAACUCCCGGUAUGGGAAUGGAACUCUCGCCUUUCUUUGUCCACUCUGUGUGGACAGCACUACUUGAAGUCAUGUCUCAAUUUCUACAGUUGCACCCAACUGAACUAUGAGUGUGUCUUAGUUUCUUACACCAGAGAGACUCAUCUCUUCUGCUGGACUCUCAUGUAAAUGAUAACACUGAUUAAGCAGUUACAGUACAGUAAGGUGCAGCUGCAGGGAACUGAGACAUGUUUCCAAGCAGAGCUGUCUCCACAGAUGGGAGGAAGAAAGGUGAGAGUUACAUUCCCAUACCGGGAGUUGAACCCGGGCCGCCUGGGUGAAAACCAGGAAUCCUGACCACUAGACCAUAUGGGACAUAUUCACAGAGAAGACCUGUCCAGAUUAAGAUUAGAGUUUAAUCCAGUCAGACAACACACUUAAAAACCCUCUUCCAGCUGCACUUGUGCUACGAUUCCAGCAGAAUGAAUAUUUCACAGUGUUAUAUGUUGGUUUUGUUCCAGUUUAAAGCACAUUAAGUUAAGGGUAAAGUCGUGUCUGAGUCUGAUCAAUUCUGAAAUGAUAGUGCUUGGAUGUAGAAGAGGGUAAAGGGUCUUCAAGAAUUAGUGGAAGUCCAGUACUUCUCUCAAGUAAUCAGAACUCCUCACAAAGCGCCGGCCAGCAUAUUUAAAGAACCCAUUCCCAUACCGGGAGUUGAACCCGGGCCGCCUGGGUGAAAACCAGGAAUCCUGACCGCUAGACCAUAUGGGACAUGUAUGUUAACCUUCAGAACCCUACUCAGAUAAACUGAUUUGUUUAAAAACCUCACACUUAAGUCUGUUUUCUGAAAACUUCAGCUGUUGAAGAGAAAAACACCUCAGUCUGAAACCUCCUCUCUGUGACCUAACCCGACCUUUUCCUCUCACCUUUCCAUCUCUGACCAGACAACACAGCGUGGAUCCUGACUCGGCGAGGAGGCUGGUCCCAGCAGGACCAGACUGUCUUCUACCUGCCCAUCUUCAUCUCCGACGGCGAGGAGCCGGUCAAGACCAGCACGAGCACGCUGACCAUCCGAGUGUGCAGCUGCGACAAGGAGGGGAACCUCAUGUCAUGUAACGCAGAGGCAUACAGUCUGCCUGCGAGCCUCAGCAGAGGAGCGCUCAUCGCCAUUCUGGCCUGCAUCCUGGUCCUGCUAGGUGAGCCUGAAACACAGUCAGAAAAAACUACUGCUCAUCUCAGACGACUAUAAAUCACCUGGAAGUCCUUGUGCACAAAUUUACUGUCGUGUAAAUACUCUAAAUUAGACCCACAUUUGUGUCUUAGACUCCUGAUCAGUGAGGCAGACAGAGGAUCGCUUAGUAAAAGUAUUUUCUUAACUGGAGUUGAACCCAGGCCGCCUGGGAGCCAACAUUUGGGAUGUGGCUCCUCAGAUUUGAUCUUCAUGUUUUGACAGAAAUUAUAGCUAAUCAUAUCUAGGAGCAAAAAAGAAACAUUUAUACUCAAGAUUACUGAAGAGGUUAAUAUUUUGACAUGAGAAAAUGGAGAUGACUUGCCUGUGAACCCACCAGGAGCUUGUUUAAAUCAAAGUUAAAGCUCCCUAGAAAAGUAUUUUUUACCUCUUUGAAAUAGACUGAAAUUCAUGUCAAUGUUUUUUUUUAAAUUAUAUAUAAAAGCGAACAACACAAUCAGUAACAGGAUCUAUAGCUGGGUGCCUUUUUGUGAUAGUUAUUCAGUGCAAAAUUUCACCAUAAUUGACGAAUAUAGGAAGUCAGAAAGUCAGACUUUGGCGCCCCCCUGUGGAGAAAUCAAUCUUUACUUAUUUUGCUAUUUGUUAUCUGCAGUUUAAAUAGUGUGUUCUUACAAAAAAUAAAUGUAAUUUUUCUGCACCUACCUCCUCACACUGGUUUCAGGCAUUAAAGUGAUCAUAUAGAAAUCACUCAUGGUCUUGUUUGCCUUUAAAUAUCAUAAAGAGGAAUCUACAUGAAUUUCAGUUUAUUCUAAAAAAAGGGGACAAAAAUUCUCAGAGGAGCUUUAAAGUCAUUAAGUUUUGAGAAAGUUCCUUACUGGUGCUUUAAUUUACAGUUUAAACGACAUCCUCUUUGUGGAAAUGUGACAAGUUCACACCCAAAAUCACAAAUAAUCAUCACUAAAAUCUUGACAUUUAUAAUCUGACUUCUGGAUAAACGGUAUUUGAUGACAAACUGCCUCCUGUAAAACUCUGAAUUAAGACGUCUGUUCAAACAGUGAGAUCACAGCUGCAGAUGUUAGAUCUAAAUUUAUCGCUUCCUCUGGUUAGAGCCGAGUGAGUCACCGUGCUGACUCUGGUGUUCACACUCACAGGUCUGCAGGGAGAGAUAAAGAGGGUCCGUAUCAGGCUGCAGGGAGACGACAGAGCGAUGAUGUUACAGGGCUGAAAAAAGAAACUCAAGUCAGGUUGUUGAAAGAUCCGUCAUCUACCACCUGAUUCUUACACUUCAAUAAAAAGUGACCAGACUUUAAGUUCUCAAAAAUAACUCCUUAACAACUUUAUUCACCUGCUUGAUCCAGAUUCAACCCAAAGCUGCAAAGUUACAAGCAGAAAGGUCAGGAAUUGAAAAUGCUGCAGUGAUUUUUAUGGAGUCUUCCUGCUGCCUCCAGGCUCGCCUCUGGUCAGUGUUCUAACUCUGGACUGAUGAAGUUUUUAAUGUGAUCGGAUCAGGAAAUAAAAGUUAUUCCAGGUGAUGGUGGCUGCUCAAUAGCUUUAAAGAUUUAUAGGCAUUCAUGUUGGAACAGAAAGAAACUUUUGUGCCUGAAAUUUUAAGUUUGAAAACAAAGAAAUUCACUUAUUUUUGAUCAAUAAAGUCAUAAGUUUUAUCAGCCCUAAAAGGUUUGCAUCGAAGUAAAUAAAUCUGCACCAAGUGACGAUGUCGGGUUAAAAAGCCGAACACAAACUAUGUUCUACUGCUUCUGCAAAAACUGAAUUAAAGUGUAAAAAUCGAAAAACCUGCAAAUCUUUAAUUUUCAAAAAGAAAAAUCUGAUUUUUGUUUCUCAUCUUUUCUUUCCACCAGUGAUGAUCCUGCUCAUGCUCUCCCUGCGUACUCAUCGGAAGAAGCCGUACCUGUGUGACGAGGAGGAGAACGUCCACGAGAACAUCGUGCGAUACGACGAUGAAGGCGGCGGCGAGGAGGAUACCGAGGCCUUCGAUAUCGCCGCCAUGUGGAACCCACGUGAGGCUCACCACCACCUGGGCAAGAUGAGACAGGACAUGCUGCCAGAGAUCGAGAGCCUGUCCCGCUACGUCCCUCAGGCGUGCGUGAUGGGCGGCGGCAGCGGGAAUAGCAACGUUCACGGAUACGUGCUCGCGAAGCUCCUCGAGGCGGACAUGGACCCGUGCGCCCCGCCGUACGACUCCCUGCAGACCUACGCCUACGAAGGGGAGGGUUCGGUCGCUGAGUCGCUCAGCUCGCUCCAAUCAGGGGCGUCAAACACGGACCACGAGUACGACUAUCUGAACGACUGGGGCCCCCGCUUUAAAAAACUCGCCGAGAUGUACGGCGUGCUGGAAACAAACACUCCCCCCAUGUGGUAGAACAGCCGAACCUUUUGCCUUUUUAAUCGAAAAACGAAUAAAAUGAAGAAGAAAGAGACAAAAAAAAAAUCAGAGACAGACACAAACUGUGUGUGAGGACGACACAGCAGAGCCGGGGAGUGCUCACGCUCUCAUCCAUGACUGUUAGCACUUGAAUUCCUGCCGAAAGCCUCGAUUCUCCACGGCGGCGGCGGCGGCGGCAGCCCUGGAUGCCCACAGAAAGCAGUGUGAGCUGGUUUUUAAAUCUCCCCCUGAGACGGGCUGCAGAGCCGGGCUGGAUUGGCAGCCCUGUGAGGCCUGAAAGAGGAACGGCUUCAAAGCACAUGUUAACUCUCCUGCCUGACCCCGCCACAGGCAGAGCUGCUCGCUUCAAAGUGGCGACUGAUUUAUGCCUGAGAAGAGGGACUACUUUUCUUACAGAGGAGAUAAAACUCUGACAGCUGAGGUUUUUUUAUACGGCUCAGACACAUCACGAGGAAAGAUAGAGUCAGCGCUGCAAACGGAGAUGCGUCCUUUUUCGUCCCAUCUGUGGCAGGUCUUAAUUUAUUCCUUUGUUUCACGUGCUGUAUUUAUAUUUUGUUGCUAAAUUAUUCGGGAACUCCAAACCAACACUGUACUUAAGUCCUGCAGCUUUGUGAUGAAAUCUUCAAAAGAUCACUUCUAUGUUGUAACAUACAUGAUGUAACGCCCUUGUUUUCGUCCGUACGUGUUUUUCAUGCACAGGAGAUGAUGUGUAAUCCCAUGUGUUUGUUGUAUUCUGGGUUUUUGUUCCAUUUGAGAGCGUUUCGUAUUGUAACAUAAAACAGUUCUGCAUCCACAAAGAAAAGAAGGAAGCCAUUUUUUUGAAAAUCUUUUGAUGGGACUGGAGAUUUCCCAGCAGGGGGGCGAGUUUCACACGGACUUGGAGUCGCCUUUCAUUUCCUUGGAUCCACCACCGUGCCAGCCAGCGUCGGACGGCAAAGCAGGCUUGUUCUGUCCUUUUUGAGAUACUGUGUUGCUUUUCUGCCGCCACACAAAUGUGGCUUAAUCCUCCAACCCUGUGGACUUCAGAGACGUUGAUAAUCUGAAUCAAGUGCCAAAUGUACAAAAGAUGAAAAAAUGGAGAAAAAGGACGUUUGGAUGAAAAAGAAAAAACACAAAAACCAAAAGAUAAAAAAGGAUUUUUCAAACUUUAAAGAACUGAAAGGUACAUUUUGAUAAUUUGAAUUUUACUUGAAUCCAUGUGGUCAGUCAUGCUACAGUAAGUGGUAUGUGAAUGUAGAUACUUUUUGUAUUCUUGCUAAUAAAAAUCUGAAAAAUAA